AGUGCACAGUAGUUGCUGCUUCCAACAACUGCAGAGCAGGCUUGUUCGCUGACAGUCACUGAAACCAGGGCAUUCAGCGUGCCAAGCAAUCCGGGAAGGCUAGGGUAACUGAGGGACCAGCCUCCCAGCAUCUGUGAAAGAAGAACCCAGCAAUCUUCAGCGAGAAGAUGAUGGCAUGUACAGAGAUGCUGACAAUGUGCUUGCUCUCUGCCAAGCACGCGUACAGCCCUGAAGCCAAAGACAGCCUGCAGAACUAUGGCAAGGGACUAGCAAUCUUCCACGAUGUAAGUAGCUGCAUGGCACAUGUUUUCCCCAUGUAGUAAAUGGAGAGUGAUUUGUAGAGAAGUACUAUGAAUGUUUGAUUUACCCCUUGCUUUACCUCCCAUUUCAAGCUUUCUGGAUCUCAUAAUUUCCUGCUUCCACCUCCCCUUGGUAUGCUCAGAGGUCUGGUUUGAAAAACUUGCCAAGUCCCAAGGAGCAAGGCAAAUACAAAGCCCUUGAGUUUCUGCCCUGAAAGCCUUCAUGCUACACUUUUGCAGAGAAAUGUGUAUGUGUGUGUCUUGGAGAGCCAGGGAUGUAGUAGAGAGAAAAUUGUUUCAUGGUAUGAUUUCAGAACAAGAUUAGAAAGAGUUGGGCUCUUGUCCCACCUCCGCAAAGGUAUCCCCUGAUCUCCGGCAAAUUGUGGUGGAUCAGUAAGUUACCCAACUCUAGUAUGGGAAUAAGAGUGCACUGCAUGCAGACCAGUACUUGCAGUAAUAUUUCUGCUCCAUUCACUUUUCAGCCCUCUUCCCAUCCUCAAACUAAUUUGUAUGUAUUUCUUCCUUCUGGAAUUGUGAGCUUAGUUUUCAAGCUUGCCAAAGUUGAAAUUUCACCUGUGCACCCUUAAUCUCACCAAUAAAUUAUAUAGAAGAUGUAAAAAGGGAAGGAUCUUAUACAGGCCAUGAAGUAACCCGGUGCAGUUUAUUCUUAAGAAAUUAGCAGUUGAAAAUUAACAAAAUGUCCAGGUGAAUGAAUGUUUUGCACAUUGACUAAAGGGUCUACUGGUGAAAGAGAAAGAGACCGCAGAAUGGCAAGGAAGAAAAGGAGUGUGAAAUUUCUGCCUAGAGAAAUCGUGGAAUAGUUUCCAGAGCACCAUUAGUCUGUUGCAGCAAAAUGAAGGGAGAAUCUUGCAGCAUGUUAAUAAUAAUAAUAAUAAUAAUAAUAAUAAUAAUAAUUCAUUAUUUAUACCCAUCUGGCUGAGUUUCCCCAACCACUCUGGGUGGCUCCCAAUCAAGUGUUAAAAACAAUACAGCAUUAAAUAUUAAAAACUUCCCUAAACAGGGUUUAAAUACAAACUUUCCUAUUUUUUAAUAAACAUUUAAACUGCUUUUAAAAAAAAAGUCUUUAAUAUAAAAUAUUUCAUUUUUUGUAAAUAUAUAUAUAUAUAUAUAAAGAACCAGAAUUGUAACUCCAUUUUUAAAAAAGGAACUCCUCUUCAUUGGUUUUUCCUAUAUCAAUAAAAAGAGGCAAGGGAAGGGUGGCUGUUAAGGCAUUAAGGCCAGAUCCUAAGUUUUGCUAUGCUGGUGAAUAAGUGUGCAAGAUGGAACGUACUGACUGCUGCAUCCAAACACCACUAACAAUGUUUAUUUUGGCAUAAGGUUUUGUGGACUAGAGUCCACUUCAAGCUAAUAAUAUUUCCUUAAUGAAGGACAAGUAAUUUCAUGGAAAAUGGAGCCUGAUCUCCCUGUGCUCACACUGCGAUCAGUGGCAUUUGGGGGGGGGGGUAUUGUUGGUCUGGAGACACUCUAAAUGGAACAAAUAAUAUCUUACCUGAUCAAUGUGCAAAGUAUGAAGGAGAGUUAAUGCAAUGCCACUUCAAGGCUGUGAAAAGCAAGGUGUAUUUUCAAGUUUGCAAGUUUGCUCAUUCCUGGAAGUUGCUGUCAAAGGACAGCUCAUGCUGCCUCAGGAGUUCCCAUCUCAGCUGCUACACUUUUCCAGCAAAUUGAUCACCUGCAGAAGCAGCUGUUGACAGGGUUACCUCCAACUCAGUCCUACUCAGAGUAGACCAAUUGAAAUUAAUUGAUGUAAAUUAAUCACGCCCAUUAAUUUCAAUGGGUUUGAUUCGCGUGGGAUACAAUCCGAGGAAUGCAUCAAGGUUUAACUGGGGUUAAGCAUCCAAAAAGAGGAAAUGCACAAGGUGGGGGUGGGGACAAAAGAUGUCAGUGCUUUCGAUUAAAUUUGUAUAUACCAAUCUAUAUGUAUGGAUGCAAAUUUAGAAAGGAUUGCUAUAAUUUAAAUGGAAUUGCAAUACAUUUCACCAUAGUGGGGAAGACUGUGACUGUGUGCCUGCUCAGUUUCCCGUCCGGGUGCUAAGCGUUGGUGGGCAACUUCAAGGCCCCUUGGGCUCUUCCCAUCUUGUAGUUUUUUUAAUCUUUAAAGUAGUCUUGAAUCAGACAGCCCUCCAAACCGAGGACUCUGUCGGACAGAUGACUGUCUUCUGUAAAGUCAGAUCCCUGGACGGUAUAGCUCUAACAAAGGCCUCUUCUUCUGGGUUGCUGUGAUCUUUGUUUUUAACUUUUUAUGCUUUCGUUGUAUUGUUUCAUCUUGUUUUUACUGUUACACACCGCUUUGAUAGAUUUUUGUGAUAUGGUGGUACAAAAAUAUUUUUAUAAAUAAAAUGCAAUGGAAAUUGUAUCACGCUUUGAAAAUGUUCAAUGCACUAUGUUUGUCUGAUACCAUUGAUAUGAUUAAUUUAUUUAUAACUUUUGCAUACCACCUUUCAGUAAAAAAAAAACCACCCAUCACCUGAAGUAAUUCAUAAUAAAUUUAAAAGAAAAUUUAAAUUUAAAAGAAACAUAAGCCCAAGCAACUGAAAACUACUAAUAAGUAAUAGCAAGACAGUUCUGAAAGCGUGCACUUCAAAACAGUGGCCUAUGAGAUACCAAAAUGCAUGAGUUUGGAAGCCUGGAUCAGUGGAUCCCAAUUAGCAAAGUACCAUGGACCCCCUGUUUUUCAAAAAACAAAGCAAUGGUCUCCUUAUUUUUGAAAAAAAAAAUUGAUAUUUCUGUGGUAGUUUUUGUUGUGUUAAUGGUGGCACCAACAGACCCCCUGGGUGGGUUACGCAGACCCCCUGGGUUCUGCGGACCACGAAUUGGGAACCACUGGCCUAGAUGAUAUUAAUAUACACACUUAGGGGUGGGUUGGUUUGUUUUUAUGUGGGGGGUGAAGUCUCCAUCACCUAGACUUGGAAAAACCUUUUCCCAAAGAAAAGGAAGGAAUUUUAUUUGUUUGAUACACUUUCUCUUUAACAAUGUAGCCUGGCCACUGUGUUUUUCCAUACUGCAAGGUGGUUCUGACUGGCUCAUCUGAAACUAAGUGUCCUUCUGAAAUGCAAUCAAAAAUAGAUUAUUUCGUUAUCAGUCAUCAGCAAUAACAGAUAGGGAGGGCCUUGGGCAUGUUGUAUCUGCGGGAAAUUAUGACUGGAAAAUGUUCUAGCUACUAGCCUGAGAGUUUUAAGAUAACAACAAAAUGAGACAGAAAUGGUGGUCUUAAAAUGAAUUAUAAAGUGCCUCUGUUUCCCUGCAGUUAUAUUUAAAACAGCGACUGGCAGAUGGGGAAUAUUUGAAAACAUUUGCUUUCCAAAUUUAUCACUGAUUUGCAGGGAUUACCCAGCCAUGAUUGCACACACUGCAUGUCUCAUAAGCUUAAGAACUGGAGACGGUUCUAGAUGAGGACUGGAGGGCUGUGGUUUUCUGCACGCUUCUCUUGAGAGGACAUCCCAUUGAGCGCAAAGGGAUUUCCUUUCAAGCCAAUGUGCACAAGGUUUCAUAAGAACUGAAUGAUCCAGACAGCUCAGAGCAUCUAUUAACACUUCCUCCACUCGUGGGCACAGAGAAGAAGGCUUCUGAUUUAAAGGAGUUUAAGCAUUCGAAACGGUCUUUUGUGUUUGAUCCUCUAUUCCUACAAUGCAAUACAGACACUAGCUAAAAGCCCUGUAGCUUCCUGUGCAAAAGCAAAGCUCAUAAAAAUUUAAGGAGUCAAAUAUUUCAGCCUAGUUGUGUCAGUGCUGUAAUGAAGCACAAAUCUUAUUCUACAAUAGAUUGCCUUUUGGAAAUGCCUAGAGCUCAUUAUUAUUACAUGUCUACUCAGAAGUAAGUCCAAGUUCAGUGCGGCUUACUCCCAGGUAAGAGGGUAUAGGAUUUACAGCCUUAAAUAUAGUUGAAUUAACAAAUCAAGUGCCAGUUGCUGCAAAGAUGCUAUCAUAAGCAUGUUGCCAUGUAAACAAUUGUUUGCCCCAGGGAAAAUUGCUUUUUUCAUAGAAGCUGGAUUGGUAUACUCAGCGUAAGCAAAAAGAGAGGAUGAAAUCAUCCAGUAAUUAACCAUUUUACUUAUGACAAUGGCCAUAAAUCUUAUGAGUGUCUGUUGGAAAUGACGUAGAUAUUUGCUCGACUCAAAGAAUAAUAAUUCAAAGUAGGUCCAAAAUUAGCCCUGAAAUAUGGUGCAUUAAAAUGUGGAGAAAUAUAGUUCUAAGUGGGUGUUUUUAAAGAAAAGAAUGGGUAACAAUUUUAUUAUUUUUAAUUGUUAUUAUUUAUUAAUUUAUAGGCUACUUGAUUCUGUCUUAUUGGGGGUUUUCUUUUGAAAGGGAGGUUCCUAAAUAGUUUUAUUUUCAUAGUUGUGCAAAUCUUCUGCUUCCCCAUAGCCUAUGGACAUCUCCCUCUUAUUUCCUGGUGACUCUGUUUCGGCUGCAAUUCCAUGGUCAAUCAUUAGCAGAGUUCCCUAGUAGAGCGAGUGAUGUCUUCUCAAGACAUCAGGUGAAAGUGAUGGAAGCUAAACCAUUUUGUGAUACCUUCACUAUGAUAAAAAGUAACACGGAGACAAGACUCCAACAAGCCUUCAGCAGUAUGGCCAUACAGCUGCAACUUUCCCCCAAUCGCCUUAAGAUACCCGAUACCAUUUUUGACAACUGAGCAGGGGGAGCCUUGCUUUGUUGUGCCACUUUCUUUGUUUUCUCGUAAUCUGGUGAACCGGGUUCGCUUCCCCGCUCCUCCACAUGCAGCUGCUGGGUGACCUUGGGCCAGUCACACUUCUCUGAAGUCUCUCAGCCCCACUCACCUCACAGAGUGUUUGUUGUGGGGGAGGAAGGGAAAGGAGAUUGUUAGCCGCUUUGAGACUCCUCAAGGGGAGUGAAAGGUGGGAUAUCAAGUCCAAACACUUCUUCUUCUUCUUUCUUUAUUGGUAUGGCAUUGUGUGCCAGCGGUAUUGUGGAGAUGGGUGGUAAAUGUCACCAUAUGUGGAUGUUUUUUUCUGGCAACAAUGCAUGAAACCUCAUUUACUGUGACAUCUCCUUCUAGGCAACUUUUAAAGGAGCAGGCGUGCCAGCUGGGAAGUCAAGAGGGGAUGACCAUGCUUUGAGUUUAAAAACACUAGUCCCUGGGACUGGUACCAUACAAAAGGGUAGCUGUGCCUCCUACUUUGCACCAUGCCUCCCAGCUCGAGGUGUUUGGGCAUUCAAUGGUGUGCUGUCCCUCCUGGUUCUAGCGUGCAACAUUAUUUUUAUCUGCUGAGAAGAAUAAUCUGCACACAGGGUAAGGUGGCUGUUGGCACUUCAGCAAAAAAAAGAUGAACUGCAUCACCAAAAAGAGGAGAAAAUGACAUUUGCAGGUCCUAAUGUAUAUGUAUAGAUGCAAAUUACUAUAAUUUAAAUAAAAGUUACAAUACAUCUCACAGUAGUGAGGGAAACUGACAGGGUGACCUGUGCGUCUCCUGAGUCUAUUGCCCUGGUGGUAACUGUUGAUGGAGCCCUUCAUCUUUUAACUAGACUUGGACCAAACAGCCCUUCAAAUAGAAAACGGUCUUCUGUAAAUAUAGGACAGCUGCCCACCCCCAUAUGGUUGCUGAAGAAGAAGAAGAAGAAGAAGAAUAGGAGGAGGAGGAGGAGUUUGGAUUUGAUAUUCCGCUUUAUCACUACCCGAAGGAGUCUCAAAGUGGCUAACAUUCUCCUUUCCCUUCCUCCCCCACAAGAAACACUCUUUGAGGUGAGUGGGGCUUAGAGACUUCAAAGAAGUGUGACUAGCCCAAGGUCACCCAGCAGCUGUAUGUAGUGGAGCGGAGAUGCGAACCCGGUUCACCAGAUUACGAGUCUACCGCUCUUAACCACUACACCACACUAAAGGGAUAUAGGCCACUGGAUUAUCCUGGGUGAGGUGUGUGGGAGGACCUUGGUAAGAUGGAAUGGCCAGUCCAGAUUGCAGUGCAUGCUGCAGAGCUGUGGCAUUCCCAGCGUGGGUGAGAUAUGGGGUGGGGAGAAGGGAAGAUUUGACAGGAAGAGUAAAUACUCAGCGCCAUUAGAUUGCACCACAGCUCAUCAGCUUGGUUCAGACAUAGUUAAUGAAGCUUGUACAAUGAAAGCACUCUACUUUGUAGCAAUUAAUCAGUCUACAGAAUUAUCUUGCUAAUUAGUGCCGAACAUCUUGGAUUUUGGCUAACUUCCCUGCCAUAAUGCAAAUUAUAUUUGCUAUUUGAGGAGUUAAGACAUUCUAGGAAAGUAAAGCCACCAUUCUGGACUAAGUGUGUGUGUGUGUGUGUGUGUGUGUGUGUGUGUGAGAGAGAGAGAGAGAGAGAGAGAGUACGUAUGUUUUGUAUGGGUAUAUGACACAUUUGCACACGUGUGCACAUAUGUUUGACAAGGCAGAGAUGAAGAUGUUGAUGUGUAAAGAGCACUGUAAGUGUGAAAGAAAUGAGAAUGUUUAUUGCAUAGUUCCUUUGCAAGGCUCAACACAUAUGCCCAACAAUGCAUGGAAAUAAGUCAGGUCUCCAAGUUUAGUACUACAGCCAAGGGACUAAACACAAAGUCAGGCCUGCUUCUUCUUUUGUAGUUUAGAUACUAACAUAUUUGCAUAUACCCUGGUCUAUUUGAAUGAUGCAAAUUAUUGCUGCAUUGCAGGGGGAUGGACUAGAUGACUUUUGGGGUACCUUUAUAUAAUUUAUGAUUCAAUAUGUUUAUGAAAUUUAUGAAAUUGUUGUUAGAACACUGUAUAGCCAGGAGACUAAGAAGUGUGUCUAUCUGUGUGUGAUUUGGGGGGGGUUUUUGUAUUAUUAUCUGUUGCUUGCAAGCUGCCAUGGUAAAUUAUUUGAUUGAAAAGCAGGGUCUAAAAUUCCAAAACAAACAAACAAAAGAGAGAUCACCUCUUAUGGUGUAUAAGCACAAAACAGGUAAUGUGAGGAAUGUAUGCACGUGAAUGAAACUGACACACUGGAAGACCAGGGACAAUAAGAUUGCAGUAGUCAAUCAGGGCAUUUACCAGAGUUUUAUCUGAGGGAACAAAGAGGAAGCCUGUAUUUUUGUAAUAGAGAGCAAUAUGAUUUAAUAAUGGACAAAGGGGGGGGAGGGUACAAAGGAGGGGAGGAAAGUCAAAGAGAAAGCCAUGACUUUCUGUGUGAUCAAUAGUGUUGCUGGUCUUGUUGUCAAUGGAUAAGAAGACAGGAAUGUGAUCUUAAGACAUCUAGAUGGUUGUAGAGCAUGGGGAAAAUCUUGUCCAAAGCAGCAAAUCGGUGAGAAAAUUGAGAAUUUGCAGUACCUUACUCUUCUUAACAGAACUUGACACUAGAUCACACCACUGUUCACUCUUUUAACUAGGACACCAUCUAAAAUUAAUCUACAGCUUUGGUAAUAUAAAGACUACCAAGUUUCUCAUUAUUUCCUCCCACUGCCUCACGAUGGAUCUGUGUGUUCCUCUUAGUCCUGGAGACAGAUCUGAGUAACUGCUACAUUUUAUUUUGGGGGGGAAACAAAGAAAUGUCGGGAACAGCCAUUAUGGUUUCUUUGCUCCAGAAAUCCUAGGUGCAAUUUAAAUACUUUUUGCACCUACCUGGUCUUAUCUAAAUCUGUCUGACACAUCAAAUGCUCUGUCUUAAGUUGUUUACAAACUCUAGACUUUCAGGUGUCAAUGCCAUGCCUGUCUCAUCCCACCUGUACUCUACUUCUGAUUGAAAAAAUAAUAAUAAUUUUAUUGUAGGGUCCAAGGGGUAAACUGAAAGUAGCUGCUAAUAAAAUGUUAAAACAAUAGAUUUGGCUCAACAGGGUGCAGAUGACAGCUUGGUCCAUCAACUCUUAGCUCUUUUUGUCAUUUACUGAGCUAAGAAAAGUUGCCAGCUCAUAAUCCUGAAGAGCCUGUUUCUUUAAGAACCUCGUAAAAGAGAGAGAAUCUCAUCAGGUAUGGAUUCUUUUAUCAUUGCACUUCUCCAUGGGGUUGUGGGGCAAGACACUGCAAAUUUCUCUCUUCUAUGCAAUAGUUAAACGUGCAGGAGCUCAUUCAAGGUUGCAGCCAACGAUCCUAGGGGCAGUUGAUGAAAUACACCGACUGACUCACUUUUACGAUAAUGCACCUUAGACUUUUUCCUUAGCUCUUGCUACCUACCUGAUCCUACUUGACCUUGCCACUUCCAUGGUAACUUCCUCUGUGCUUUCCCGUAAUUGUGGACAAGAUGCUCCUUAUGCCCAGAAGCAUCUGCCUGUCAUCCCUUGAUGCAUCUGUGCUGCUUUGUGGAGAACAUUAUAUAUAGCAAACAAAAACAGCCUUAUUGCUGGCAGCAGGUGUUACUACUAAGCAGCAGGAAGGUUUAGAAGAGGUAGCAGGGUUGCCAGGGGACAAAGGCAGAGGUGUCUGUAUUAUUUAAACCUGAUCUACAUUGUGCUUGUAGCUUCACCAUUAUCGGAGUGUAAAAUGCAUCCUGGUCUUCUUUGUGCCAGUUUGGCAAUCUAGGUGGGUCAGAAUGGGAUGCCAGACUGAAUAUGGCUCAGAGCCCCUGUUUUGCAGGAGGAUCCCCCCCCCCCCGCCCCCAGACAGGUGAAAUUUCUACCAUCAUGGUACAAUGUCUGGGAAAAUCAGACCUGUCAAAGGUCCUCCCUUCUUCGUAGCUAUUAAAGUAUCCUGGUAAAUAGUCCACAGAAGUUACUAGACUGCAAAACAUAAAAUAAAAAUAAAAUCACUAGCUUGCUGGAAGCUACAUACCAGAGGAAGGAUGGAGGACAUUAUUCCUCCUCUAGCAACCCAAUUGGUUUCUACUGUGGUAAGAAUUUACCUCUAUACCACAGGUCCUUGCCCAGGUGAGGGAAUAAACUUUUUAAUAAUAAUAAUAAUAGGUUUCCAGCAAAAUAUUAAAAAAUAAUAAUUCAUCAAAUAUUAAAAGCUUCCCUAAACAGGGCUGCCUUCAGAUGUCAGCUAGUUGUUUAUUUCCUUGACAUCUGAUGGGAGGGCGUUCAACAGGGCGGGCGCCACUACUGAGAAGGCCCUCUGCCUGGUUCCCUGUAACCUCACUUCUCGCAGGGAGGGAACCACCAGAAGGCCCUCGGGGCUGGACCUCAGUCUCCAGGCUGAACAAUGGGGGUGGAGACGCUCCUUCAGGUAUACUGGGCCGAGGCCAUUUAGGGCUUUGAAGGUCAGCACCAACACUUUGAAUUGUGCUUGGAAACGUACUGGGAGCCAAUGUAGGUCUUUAAGUACCAGUUUAAAAUAAGCACGAAACCAAGAGAAUAGCAAGUAAAGUGUCCUGUAGGGACCCUGUUUAUACCGCAUGCAGAGGAGGGAUGGAGUGCUCUGCCCUUUCUCUCCUAGCCCAUUUAGUCACAUGCAGUAUUCAGAGGCAGUUCCUGGGAGUUACAUAUGGGCAGAGCUCUCAGGGCUCGCUUGUGUGCUUCCCACAAACAUCUGGUUGGCUAUAUGAGAACAGGAUGGUGGACUAGAUGGGCCAUUGGCCUUAUCUAGCAGGGUCUUAUGGUCUUGUGCAUGCAAUUCCUCCACACGCACCCUACCCACCGUGCCGCGAUUGCUGGAGAAGUGAGGAGGUCUUGUCGCUGCCGCUGCUUCUCCUCACUUCUCCAGAGUUGAUCCUGUAAAGCGAGGUUUUGGUGGUGGUGGUUUACUGGGAUGACACCUUCUCAUUUUGCCCCAGGCUGCGAAAUGGAACAGGUCACACACACCCCUUACCUGUUACUGUUUUCACAGCCUCACAAAGCUAUGCUCUCCCAAGGAUUUGCCCAAACUCUCAACUCAGCCAUGAACUUAUUGCACAGCCUUUGGCCUCAAACCUUCCACCCACUCUUUCUGCAAUAUGGGGUGGAUAAUAACGCUGGCCUAUUUUGCAGGGGUGUCGAAAGGGUUACGGAGACAAUAUAUGGUGAGAACUUUGAGCACCUAGGAAAAAAACAUUCUGUGAAUGCUAAAUGCCAUUGUAAAUGUGUUCUGCUCUUUUUGUUUUGUUUUGUUUUAACGUAUUUUUUUUAUUAAACAUUUCUCGGUUUACAAAAGUGUGUGCAGUGUCUCUUUUUUCAAGUUACAUUUUCUACAGGUCAGUUUCGUUUGUCGAGACAUUAGUGUUACAUUAGGAAGAAAAGGGGGAAAGAGGUGGAGGGGGCCAUGGUGGGUGGGUGGGGAGUCGGGUGGCGAUGUUUCUAUUUUACUUAAUGUAUAUGUGGGGUUUUGUGCCAGUGUCGCUUGUGCAGGUUCUCUUUACUAUUCGCUUGCGUUCCUUUGGUAGUGAGAGAGGUUGGGGUUGGCUUCUGCUCUUUUUGUUAACAAGAAAGCUGAACGUCUUCCUUUUAUGCAACAAAAUAGUUUCCAAACAGCUAGCAUAAUGCCAUUAAAAACCUGAUGCCAAAGAAAUAAACAAACCCUGGGUUUCCCAUGCAUAUCUAAGAUGCUGUUGUAUUUUGAAAUUCUGCCACCUCAUUAACCUAGCCUGGUGUGAAUGAGCCCUUGGGAAUAGCUGUCCCAAUGUGCUCAGCAUGAAUCCUUUUGUUUCUGCCUUACUGUGUUCACUCUGCUCAGGGUGAUUUUGUUAGUACUCUGCGCCAUAGAGGCAAAGAGAACAAAUGUGCAGGUGUAAGGCUCUGUCUUUAUCGAAUUGCUGUUCUGAUCAUUGCUACAUUUUAAGGUCAGCCUUUUUUGAUGGCCCCAGUGUUUGCUUUGUAGUUCUAAGAAACCUGCGCUUUUACAAGAAAAAUGUGAAAGGUGCCAACAGAUGGAAUAUUUCUGCUGCUGUCUUUGAAUGCUUUCAGGGUUUUCUUUUUCUUUUCUUUUUUUAAAAAAAGUGUUCAGUACAUUUGAGCUAAAAAGACUCAAAAUGAUAAUGCAAAGCAGGAGCUUGCAGCAACAGAGUAUGGAAUGAAUGUAAAAUUAUGGAAUUUUAGAGUUAGAAGGGAUGCCAAGGGUCAUCUAUUCCAACCCCAUGCAAUGCAGGAAUCUCCACGCAUGGUUUUCCCCAUCCAAUUUGAAACCAUACCGGACCCUGCUUAGCUUUGCAAAUGUGCUGGCAGUUUUAUAUGAAGGGUUGCCCUGUAGAAGCUGAGAAAGAAAAUGGGGGCAGGAGAAAGGUUUCUGUAUAAAGAGCUCUAAUGUGCACGAUGUGCGAUUAUGCCAUGCAGGCAGAGAAAUUGCACAGAAUGCAGCAUCCUAAAAAAUAUCAACUUUCCACUCGCAAAAGGAUUAGAAAGUUCUGGACAAUGCCUAGCUCUUCAAUAGCUAGUUAUUUGAUAUAAAUAUAUUAACUGCUACAGGUCUCAUAAUUCAGUUUCUCUUAGAGUAUUAUUUACAUUCAUUUGCUUCUUUUAUCAUAGAAUGAGCAUAGUCUUGCCUCUAAGGUUACAGUGACUCCUCCCAGCCUAGAAAUAUGGCUUUGGUUUAAUCCAAUGCCAGUCCUACUCAGAGAAAACCUAUUGAAAAUAAUGAACAUGACUAACCUGGGUCCAUUAAUUUUACUGGGUCUACACAGAGUAAAACUUAGUUGGAUACCACCCACUGCUUCACUGGAUGUGUUUGACUUUCAUUUAGAUAUCACAUUAGCUUGGGAAAUAAAAACUUAGCCAGGUGAUAGAAAAGCUGGGCAGCUUUGCUUAAAACAAGCCAAAUGUCAGCCCUAUAUGAUAUCUGGCUUUGGAAAAUAUUCCCACUUCUGCUCAGCCAGGAACUCAUUAGGGUAAUAGCAUAUUGUAGGCCAAAUUCUUAAAAGGGAUUCUCAAAUUACUAGAUGUUCUGCAGCUUGUGUCCAAAAUAAUUUAUGACACCUGGAAAAUAUGCAUGCAGAAACUGUUGAUCCAUAAAGUGUUUUGUAGAAAGAAAAAUGAGAUCCAGGUGCCUUGUGCCUUUCCCCAUGUAUUUAUGUGCACAUUUGCUUAUUUUAGCAAGACCUACUUCCAACAACAUCCUUUCUUCAGAGUUCAAAGAUGGCAAAGCGAGUGCCAGGGUCAUGAGGAUAAAUCACAGCGGCAUUCCAAAAAUAAUGCUGGGGUGGGAUGGAACUGGUGCCCCAUUCCACCCCCACCCACCCCCCAAUGCACAUUCAUUGAACUUAAAAAAAAAACACUUUGAAAAGGGCUUGUGAUGAGGAUUUAAUUUAAAAACAAUUAAAUAAAGAUGUGCAUCUUUUCCGUUUUUAAAAGUAUGUGAAUGGAUGAUAUCCCCAUUUGCAGUUUUUAUCUUUUAUAUUGCAAGCCUCUGCUGUGUUGCGUCUCACACUCAUAGGCCUUUUUUGUAUGGUGUUGUCCCAGGGCACAGCUUAAAGAUUUUCUCCUGCUGUUAACUUGGCAAACUGAGCCUAGGAACAGAGAGUCAUGCUGGGUUCUCACUGACUCAUCCACCAUUAUCCGUACCAAUAAUUCUGUCUUUUGAACAACUGCACUGAUGAUGAAGGGAGCUGAAUAGAAUCCAGCUCAUCAUCCCUGAGACGCGUUGGCUUCUUAGGAAGGGAAAUAGCAGGAGGGAGCUAUGAGAUGAGAAUAUUUGACCCAACUUAGACAGGGAAGCAGCACUUUUCAAAUAAUUUCCAAGGGCAUUUUGGCAGUGCCUGCUUUCUUAACUGGUCGGCAAGUGAAUGAACACUGUCAGAAUGGAAAUUCUAGGUCUUAGGGACAAAUACAAAAAGCAGUAGGAGGACAAAGGGUUAAUCACCUCUUCCCCCUGUUGCUUCUCAGCUCGAAAUAGCCCCCUCCCGCAGUUGCUUUUCUUCACCUUGUCAGUAUAUUGCUACUUGUGUGAGGGGGCAAUUUUGACUAGAGAAGCGAGGGGUGGAUAACCCUUUCCCCUCCUCCUGUUUUUGUGCUUGAAAUUGUCCCCAUUCCAGAAGCACUGCUUGCUUGGAAAUCCUGUAAGGGGAAUUUGAAUCCCGAAAAACAGCUUUUGGGUCAACUUGGAGCAGAAAUUACAACCUGAAAAAGACACAAUGCAUGUACUUUUGUAAACCAAGAAAAUCUUUAAUAAAAACUAUUUUUUUUUAAAAAAAUGGAACAGAAAUCUAGCAGGAAGAGGAAAGAUUAAGCACCCCUUGCUACUCCUAUGUUCAAAACAGUCCCCUUCCAUAGCUGCGUUUGAAGGCACUGAACAUCAUUAAACAACUUUCUGUGUGAAAUGAAUUUGCUUCUUCUAUUAGUAAAAUAAAAGUUGUCAGCAUUUUAAUAUGAAUUUCUCCAAAAAAUACAUUUUUUGGUGUGUGCAGCAUUGCCUUAACACACACAUUUUUUGCAAGCAAUUUCUCCUAAUAUAUUGCACUUUUGUAUUUUCACUACUAUGUCUUUUUAUGCACACUUUUAACAUACACAUUUUGACGCGCGUUAUUUGACUGACAAGAUGUGGCACAAAAUAUGCAGAAGGAAAAAAAUUGAAGGAUAACUAUGUUUCAGUCAGCAUAUUAUUUUGGGAAGUGCAGAUUAGGUAGGCUUACUACGAAAUAUGAACCAGACUGAAUUCCCAGCCCCUCCCCCAACCUGGUGAUCGAACAGGAGUAGUCCAAUGCUUUGAUUGGCUGGCCAGCAAACGGAAAAGUUAAUUUUUAGGAAAUACAUUUAGCGACUUGUUGCUUUUUUAAAAGAAGCUACUGCAAAAUCUUGGCUCUUAUCAUCACACAGAAAGCUAAUACAGUAUAUUGCAACUAUGUGCAAAUAUUUAAUUGUGUAGCCAAGGGGCUAACAUUGGCUGCUGUAGAGAGAGGAUUGCAGCUGUCAUUCAGUUGUCCAUUCUUAGGCAUCAAGAUAGUACUAAUUGAGAUUGCUAUUAUUAGCAUUCUUCAUUCUAAGGAAUCUAGAUAAGAUAGGAUGGCAGGUUAUCAUUUCACACGUCGAAAUUUAUGCUUGCAUUAACUCAAGCCAUGACAGCUUCCUUCUUGUUAAACUUUUCUUUUUCUCCUUGUGUCACCCAGUCUAACACAACUGGAAAUUAGUCAGAGGGGAAAUGGUAAAAAAUGAGAGGCACAUGAGAAGGGGAACUUUUUCCCAAUAGACUGAUAUAUGCAGUCCUCCAAACACUUGGCACAGAAUCAGAAAAUGUGUCUUUUCCAAAAUUUGACAACGCUACAGUCCACCACGACUUCUACCUCUCACAGCGGUGCACAAUGUAUCUCUCAUAGAUUUAUGAGGUUGAGCAAGUAACUACAUUCAUCCACUAGGUGCUCAUGGUUUGAAUGGCACUGGGGAGCUUUGAGAAUAAGGCUGGAUCUAGACACAUCAAAAAACUGUUUCAGUUAAACACAUUGUAAACUUUAUUAUGGGAAAUCACGUUGGCGAAAGACAGGUGCCAUCUGGUGUCACAGUGUUAUAACAUAUAUACAGUCAAACCUCAGUUCCCGAACGCCUCUGUUUUGGAACGUUUCGGCUCCCGAACGCCAAAAACCCGGAAGUAACUGUUGCGGUUUUCAAACAAUUUUCAGAAGCCAAACAUGCUACGCGACUUCCAUUUUGAGUUUCCCUAUUGUAUUGAGGCUUCCGCUUUCAGUUUCUGGUUGUCAAACGUUUCAGAAGUCGAACUGUCUUCCAGAACGGAUUAUGUUCGACUUCCGAGGUUUGACUGUACAACGCUUUUUCUGUACAAAUGUUGUUGUUGUUUAGUCGUUUAGUCGUGUCCGACUCUUCGUGACCCCAUGGACCAGAGGACGCCAGGCACUCCUGUCUUCCACUGCCUCCCACAGUUUGGUCAAAUUCAUGCUGGUAGCUUCGAGAACAAUGUCCAACCAUCUCGUCUUCUGUCGUUCCCUUCUCCUUGUGCCCUCCAUCUUUCCCAACAUCAAGGUCUUUUCCAGGGAGUCUUCUCUUCUCAUGAGGUGGCCAAAGUAUUGGAGCCUCAGCUUCAGGAUCUGUCCUUCCAGUGAGCACUGAGGGCUGAUUUCCUUAAGAAUGGAUAGGUUUGAUCUUCUUGCAGUCCAUGGGACUCUCAAGAAUCUCCUCCAGCACCAUAAUUCAAAAGCAUCGAUUCUUCAGCGAUUAGCUUUCCUUAUGGUCCAGCUCUCACUUCCAUACAUGUAGCUGAGUCCUAAAUCUGCAAUUCAUUUAGCCAAGCAGGAUGGGAGAGGUGGCAGAGCAGAGUCUUCACUGGGCAAUGCUACCUGCUUCACAGCCCCUCAGCCACCAGUCUGUCCUGGCUUGACAGAUGGUGCUUCCUCAAGAAUUUACAGCACAAGUAGGUCAGAGGGCCUUUUUCUACAAGUUGCUCAGGCUCUUAGCACAGCAACCUUGACUAGUAGCCUUGCUAUUUCAAGGAUUGUGAAUCAAAAGAAAGAGCAGCUGUCAGGCCAAUUCAUAUUUAAUAAGAGGAUGCGUGCUGCGAAUGUAAAGGACAAGCGGGAGUUUGUAAGGAAAUGCCAUCUCUCUGCCAUGUACAGCUGUAAGUGCUUCCUUUUUUGUGUAUAUGUGUUGCUCUUGGACACCUCAGCCUAGCCAGACAGUGUACAAUAGACAGGGGUUUUUAAAUUAGCAAAUGAGGGAUAAUACAUCCCCCCAGUGUACCCACACAGGGGAUAUGAAAUGCCAACAUACUGCAAGAUACUAUUAUUGCCCUGCCAACAGCUGCUCUUGCAGAAAAACAACCGAGGAGCAGUAAUUGUACACAGGAAGAAAACAAAUUCAGUGCAUGAAACACUCCCUUUUUUGCAUUCAUUAUUACAUAUUCGGCUACCUGCAAAGGAAGUUGAAUCACCAUUCAGGUAAUGAACUUUUGUGCUAGGAGACACAUUUGUAAAGAGUUAUUUGAAAGACUGAAGAGAAUUGCACCAAAGUCUGGGUCACUUUUGAGCUUGUGAAAGUUCCAGAAUCAAGGGAAAGCAAAUCCUCAUCGGAUAACAGUCCUCUUAAAAGCAUUCACAGAAGCUGCAGUCCUAUUCACACUUACUAGGAAGGAAAGCUGAGAUCCUAACCCUCAUUACCUGGCCUUAAGCCCUAUUAAAUAGGACUUCAGAGUAUGCAUGAUUAAGAUUGCACUGUUAAGUUCCAUUGAACUCAGUAGGGGCUUAUUUCUGGGUAAGCAUUCAUCAGAUUGCACUGCAAAGGCAUACUAUCCAUGUUAUGUAACAAAUUGUUUUCAGCUGGCCAGCAAAUAACCCUGGGAAUUCUAGUUUGGUAAAAUGCUGAGAAUUCGUAUUUAGAGAUUCUUCUCCCUCCAACCUGUACAACUGAACUAACAUUCACAGGCUUUCAUUAGAUGAAAUUAACUUCAUAGUUAAAGACCAGUUAUUAAGUCUGUAGUUAAGAUAUGCUUUGCAGAAGAUAUUCUUUGAAUACUUUAAAAAAUAUUUAAAAAAUCAACGACUAUAGUGAGAAGCAAAAUGCAAGACCCCCACCCCCACCCCCACCCCUCUGGGGACAGAAGUUUAUAACUACCAGAAAUAGGGUUGCCAUAUUCCGAAGAGCAAAAAAGAGGACAUAUUUGUAGGUGGGCUGGGGGGGGGGGGAGGAGAGAAAACUAGUCGUAAUAGUGUGUGUGCAGUAAAAGACAAACGGUGUAUUGAAAUAUUUAAUAAUGGUAAUUAAAAAUGAAAAUGACAUGCCCGCCAACAUUUUGUGAGAAAAAUUCGGGGCGCACCCCCCAUCCCACAUCUCAGUCAUUUACCCCCUCCCUGCUGCUGACCCCUUCCUCACCUGCCUGCUUACCCCCUCUUCCCUCCCCUCUCUUACCUUUGCGGUCUUUGGCCUUCUGCUCAUGAGAUGCUGCUUCUCCAGACGACGUGAGGCUGAGCGGCCAUUCGAAGGCCACGCCAGGCCUGGUGGCCGCUGGACACAAUCCAAAACCUAACACAGCGCCUGGAAAGCCACUCCAGGCCUUGGGGCCGCCGGAGACAACACAAGGCCUAGCGCAGCCCCCUGCCAGCUGCCCAAAAUACAGACGGAUGAAGGUGGGGAAGGGGUGACAUGGCUGAACUGGCAUGGGGUCUGCUGGAUCCUGAGCCAUUCUUACUGCCAUUGUGUGAAGUCAUUGGACCUGAUUCAGGCCUGAUAGCUGUGCCAGUGAUUAAACCCAGAUUGGGCCCAGUCACUUUGCCUCCCUCACCUUCUGCCAUGGAUGCCCUGCAGAUGCCACAGUGGGCCCACCAUUCCACAAAGCCCUGGUGGCAGUGAGAGAAGGUUAGGAUUGUGUCCUAAUACUGCAAUCUCAUGCAUAGCUACUCAGAAGUAACUUCUGUUGAUUUCAGAGGGGUUUACUGUCAAGAGGUAGGGAUAGGAUUGCAGCCUAAAUGAGUGAAUGGCAGUUAUAGUGACUCCCAAGGUGCUUUGGUUUAGUUUUGUUUGUUUGUUUGUUUUAAACCCAUUUCCUAUUAGAACAAUGUAAGUCUUAAAUCUAGAAACUGACAGGGGAAAAGUUCUAACCAAACAGCACUAACAGCAGGGCAAUUGAAGCACAAUGUCAGAGAAAGCUAUACGACAACGAAAGAGCAAAAAUAAAUUGCUGAAUCUAAUGAUGGCGCUGAGAAAAUUGUAGACUUGUAUCGUCCACUAAUUUAUUUCAAAGAUUUGUAACCUGUCUUUCAGUAUUUCUAUUCCCAGGCUGGCUCACAUUUUAGCACAACUGCAAAUAGUUGAAACUAAUUUGAAACAAAUUAAAACUGCAAAAGCAAUAAAAAAGUAGGAUAGCAGCAGGAUAAAAGCAAUUUCAACAGUCCUGGGAAAAUUAAAAAAGGUAUUUACUUUGUGCCCCAAAGGCAACUGAGCUGGCGGCAGGCAAGCCUCCUUGGGAGGGAGGCGGCAGGUAUUUCAGAGGUGGGUUCUGCACAACCUUAUUUCCUCUUUGGUGAUCACUCGUAGCUGAGUAAGCUUGUCUUCCAUGAACACGGUAACAGUGAGUCCAUAAGUGACUGUGGAGGCCAAUUCUGGAUCCACACGACCUUCCACAUUGGGGCCAUAGAUUUCUGGGCAGGAGUUGAUCAUGGUGAGGGUUUGCCAAAUGUGCCUUCCUCUUUGCUCAUUUCUCCCUUUCGUCCUGAGUUCAAGCAUCUUCAAAGUCCAUGACACCUUUGGUAAAGGCUGUUUUCCAACUGGAGCUCUUGCAGGCCAGUGUUUCCCAGUUGUCAGUGUUUAUUCUACAUUUUUUUAGAUUUGCCUUGAGAGAGUCUUUAAACCUCUUUUGCUGACCACCAGCAUUAUGCUUUCCAUGUUUAAGUUCGGAAUAGAGUAGUUGCUUUGGAAUACGAUAAUCAGGCACCUGAACAUGACCAGUCUAAUGAAGUUGAUGUUGAAGAAUCAUUGCUUUGACACUGGUGAUCUUUGCUUCUUCCAGUACACUGGCAUUAGUUCACCUGUCUUCCCAAGUGAUAUGUAGAAUUUUUCAGAGACACCGUUGAUGGAAUAUUUCGAGGAGUUGGAGAUGGUGUUUAUAAGUGGUCCAUGUUUCACAAGUGUACAGUAAGGUUGGUAGUACAAUAGCUUUGUAAACAAGCAUUUUGGUUUCCCUUGAAUGUCCUGGUCCUCUCCUUAAACACUCUACACUUCAAUUGGGAGACAACUGUACUCGCAGAGCUCAGGUGAUGCUGGAUUUUGGCAUCAAUGUUGGCCCUUGUGGAAAGAUAAUUGCCCAGGUAGGAGAAGUGAUUGACACUUUCCAAUGUUACACCAUUGAAUUGGAUUUGUGGUGCUGCAGAGGGGUUGUUUUGUGCUUGUUGGAUGUUGAGCAAUAGGCCAAGCUUUUCAUAAGCUUCUGCGAAUAUAUUUAGGAUGGUUUGGAGGUCAUCCUCUGAGUGUGCACACACUACGUUGUCCUCAGCAUACUGAAGCUCUAUGAUGGAAGUUAUGAAUGAUAACCUCACUCUUUGCUUUCAGCCUACUCAGAUGAAAGAGCUUUCCAUCUGUUCGAUAUAUGAUAUCUAAUUCAGUGGGACAAUGUGUAGGAUCAUGGCAAUGAAAAUAAUGAAUAGAGUUGGGGCGAUAACACAACCCUGUUUAACACCUGAUCCCACUGUGAAUGGUUCACUUUGGGAGCCAUUGUUAUCUGCGAUUGUUGCUGUCAUAGUAUCAUGGAGGAGCUGAAUGAUGUUCACAAAUUUAUCUGGGCAGCCGAUUUUCAGAAGGACAGUCCACAGGGCAUAGCUGUCAACUUUUCCCUUUUCUUGCAAGGAAUCCUAUUUGGAAUAAGGGAAUUUCCCUUUAAAAAAGGGAAACGUUGACAGCUAUGCCACAUGGCAUUAUGAUCUACAGUGUUGAAGGCCUUAGUCAGGCCAAUAAAUGGUUUUGCUUUCUGCAUUUUUCUUGAAGCUGGGAAAAUCAUGUCCAGUGUCCCCUUUGAAAACCAUUUUGGGAUUCAAGAAGGGUAGCCUCGGAUAUACAUAGUUAGGAGACGGUUUGCUAAGAUCCUUGCAAGAAUUUUGCCAGCCACAGUUAAUAAAGAGAUGCAUCAAUAGUUUCUGCAAUCCAUUCUAUCACCUUUUAAAAAAGAGAUUCAUAAUUUUGUCACCCCUAAAGUCUGUUGGGAUCUCCUCUCUCUCCCAGAUUUCCCCCCGAUGAGCUUGUAAAGUUGUUGUGUAAGUUCAAUUCCGCCCACUUUGAAGACUUUGGCAGGUAUCCCAUCAGUCCUCUGGCUUUGUUGUUUUUCAGUUGGUUAAUAGCUGAACACAACUCUCCCAGAUUUAGUGAUACUGCAAGCUCAUCUCUGAUUUGUUCUUGCGGAAUUUGUGAGAGGACCUCGGCAGCUAUGGGGGAGUUGCUGUUAAGGAGAUGCUGGCAAUGUUCUUUCCAGCGCAAUGCAUUAGCUUCUUUAUCUUUGGCAUCACUCAGUGAUAUCUACCUUUGUCCACUUGUGGAUGUCAUGAUGGGGCUAACAGGACUCACCUGACCACCUGAUUGCAGUCAUGCCAUAAUACCCCUCUUGAAGCAUUCUUCUUUGGAGUUAAUGCAUUGCUGCUGCUUACUGGGAUUGGGAGGGGAAGGUUAAUGCAAAUGCACUAGUGGAGCCAAUCCAAUGCUCCCACCAUUUGCUACCCAAUGAUCUGACCACCACCUUGUCCUCCCCCUCCGCCUCCCAUUAAGCAAUAACAUGGCUGAUUGGAGGUCAGGUGAGCACUGCCACUCCCUAAUUAAAGUGUUUCCAGCUACGAAUCUCUGCUUAAAUAAAAAAAAAUUAGUAUGUUCCAGGAUGGGCUUUGUUAAUUGUUCAAUGACUGCACUACCUAAUGAAUUUAAGAGUUUUUAAAUCACAGGUGCUUUAAGUGAGCAGAUAUAUGCAACAAUGAGCAGACCACGACUAAAAGCAUAACAGAGCAGGGAAAGAAUUAAACUAAAAGGGGGAGGGGAGACUUUGAUACACCAAAAAACUGUCACUGAAGAAUCCCCAACCAAUCCAUACCUCAUUAAAACCUCUGAAACUGCAGAAACUGCAGUGACCCACUUAGUAUCACCCCCUCCUUGCUAAGCACGUCUUAGUAGCUGAUGUCCCACGAAGUUUUUUGCGUGGUUCUUCACAAAAGGAGAAAGGGAGCUUUGAAAAGAUCAAACAUGGGGACAGGGUGGCUGUGUGCUGUGUUCCUGUGCCAUUCGCUUACCCCCUGUUUCCUGACCAUAUUUCUCAACAUUAAAGCUACACUUUUGAUUCACCUCAAGCUCAGGACAUUCAUAUCGCUUUCAGUAAUGAACAGUUGUUGCCUCUCUGAGCAAUUUCCUGAAACUUUGUGUUUCUCAUUUAAACACCAACACACAAACGGCUGCAAAAUGCACUACUAGGUAAUGGAAUGUGCUGAGUAAUAAUUACUGGUGAGAAACCAAUCUUGCAGAUAUCCAGAGAUCAGUGGAGAAGAAAUGAACCUGAGAAAGAAAGGGCCUGGUGGAAAGGAGUUUGUUACUGUUGUUUUGAUUGUGAGGAAGCAGGGGAAGAGAAGGAGACACCUUUCAGUGGGCUGCUACUAGCCUCUGCUUGUAGAGUUGUUAUUUGUUCAUAAUGUUGCUUCUGAGCUUGGCUAGCCCAAGGUAUUCUGCUGCCUGAGCCAGAGAAGAAAAUGCACCCCCCAACAAGAUGCAUGGUAUCGAAGGCCAGAUAAACUUAUGUCAGCAACUGAGCCAGAAAAUCCCACAAGCGCCUCUCCUUUUCCCUGGCUGAAACAUUUAAUAACAAUAAAUUAAACAAUUAAAAGUUUGCUGCCACUUCAUGACACUCAAAAUCAGCUGCCUGAAGCAGUCACCUCACCCUGCCUAAUGGGAAGACCAGCCCUGACCAUGUGCAUGUGCGCACACACCACCCCGCACUUCACAGUUCCUAUAAUUGAACUGCAAUCUACCACCCACGCUCGCUUGUCACUGGGGCACCAAAAGGUCCAUGCCUCCCUCUUACACUUGUCACAUACCCUCUAACACUUCCCAAAUGAAAAUGUGACCUGUGUGUCACUCUGCUAUUCUCGUACCAAGGAAUGAUGCGGAAGCUCCACACACACUUCACAUCACAUAUGAUGAAAACGGUCCAUCUGCUCUUUGCUGUCUAAAUUUUCUCAGCAGUAACCUGACCUAUGUGCUCUCUUUAUUUAAAUAGUUUUUUUCUUUUGUAUAAAGAGAUGCUGCUGGGGCUGGGUGGGAGGGAUGUCAUUGUCAUAGGAACGGAGGAAGCUGCCUUAUAUUGAGUCAGACCAUUGGUCUAUUUAGCCCAGUAUUCUUGACCCUGAUUGGCAGUGGCUCUGCAGGGGUUCAGAGAAGACACUCUCCCAGCCUUACCUGGCAAAACAGGGGAUUGGUUACUGAGGAUUGCAAAUCAGGGUUUCCACCACUCGCUGGGAUGUGCACUACAUGCCAUGUUACUAUUGAUUAAUGUACAUAGCAGUGUAUGUGUAUUAGAGUCAAGGUACAUCUUCCUCAGCCUUUGCCCCCAAAUGCAAGAGAUUUACUGUAUUUUUCGCCCCAUAGGAUGCACCGCCCUAUAGGAUGCACCUAGUUUUUUUGGAGGGGGGGGGGAAAUAAAGAGAAAAAAAUUAUUUCCCCCCCAGGCACGGGGCUGGCACGGGGGAAGCCCAAGCUUCCCCCGACCCCAGCCCCCAGAAGAGCCUGCUAUCCGCAAGCCUAGGGAGCCGCGCCGGUCUACCCAGGCUUGCGGACAGCUGUGCGAAGCCCGGGCGUGCUGAGGCUUCCUAAUGCAGGCAGCUCUGCGCAACCCUCCGGAGCCCGGCGCAGUUUGGCGCCGGGCUCCAGAGGGUCGCACAGAGCUGCGCAGACCCUGGGAGGGCAGGCAGCUCUGCGCGAUCCUCCGGAGGCCGGUGCGGUUUGGCGCCGGGCUCAGGAGGGUCGCGCAGGGCUGUGCGGACCCCGGGAGGGCAGGCAGCUCUCCGCGACCCUCCGGAGGCAUGUAAGUCCAGGCACUUGUAUAUUCCUUAGAUCUUGAGAGCAAAUCAUUAAGAAAUAAACACUCAAGGAAGCAAACCCACUGAGAAAUUCAUUUUGCAUGGGGAAUGUUUUCUUCUAAAACUUAGAAAGAUCCCUAGUGGAUAAAAAAGUUUCCUUAUUUAGAUGCAAAACUCUCUUAAAUCUGGCUAAUGGACUCUUUGAGAAUGCAGAUUGAUAUUUUUGUGCUAAGAUAGCAUUGCUGGUUGUCUCCCCCAGGAAGCCAUUACCUAACACUGGCAAGAUGAGAACAGAUUUAUUCUCCUGCAGCAGCUUCAAAGGUUGUGCUGAGUUGUUCCUUGGACUGGAAAAGUCUUUAACUCCGAAUUAAAUAAACCAAUCAGAAGGUAUUUGAAAUGGAGCGCUUCAUGAGUGUCAAGGUGCUAACAAAAGUUCUAGCAUAGGAAACAAAAGCAUUUUGAGGAUAAAACCACUUGCAUCCACCACAAUUUAGAUUCUGUAGUUUUGGCAGUCAGUCUGUGAAGGUGUCCUAAAGCACUGCCUGGUCCUGUGAUGAUGGAUGAACAUCAGCUGAAAGGCCCAAGAAUGUGGACAAAGUGUUUGGAAGGGUUAAUUUGACUGCUUGUAAGCUUGUCCACUCUGAAUCUUUUCCUUCUAGAAGGGAGGGAAUAGCUGGCUAAUAUGUCAACUAUGACUCUUAUCUGAAUGGGGAUAGCCUAACUAUUCUUGUAAGGGAUGGAGGCUAGAUUUGAUCCAGUUCACACUUAAAGCUGAACUUACCUACUUUGCACUUUCUGAUAAACUAUAUGAAUUGGGGGGAAACAGCCAUCCUCUGAAAUUCACACUUUUCUGAACUUUACAAUGCAGUUCUCUAGCCAAAUAAUGUGUACAAAAAUGCAUAUCCUACAGUAAAGCGUGUCUAAGAAUGCUUAUACUCCUAAAAAAUAACAUAUUAAUUCCAUACACAAAUGUGUAUAUUAGGAGAAAUUUGCAAUUGAAUGCUGGUGAAUUUCCAGGAAGACUUAAAGAUACAUAUAUCACAAACAAAUGUAGAAAUGUAGAGAAGUCAAGAUUGGAAAGAUGAGAAACUAAGAGCAACUGAAAUUGACAGAUUUGACUCUGGUAACCUCCCAUCUGGAUUACUAAAGCAUGUUGUAUGUGGGGCUGCUUUUGCAGAUAGCCCAGAAACAUCGUUUAGUGCACAGUAUAAUGGUAAGAGUUCCAGCUGCAGCUGGGCAUUACAAUCAUAUUACACCAAUACUAAAACCUUCACUGCCUCUUGAUCAGUUAAAAGUUAUGGUUCUGACCUAUAAAGCUCAUGACUUGGGAUCUUGCUACAGGGCCGUCUUACCCAUAGGCUCUAGGGGUGGGGGGCACCCGGACACCGGGCUCUCAGGGGUGCCAAGCCGAGAGUCCGGGGCCCGAGAGUUGGUUGGAGCUUUUCUGCCCUCCCGCAUGGCUGGGACUGGGCAACGGGGGGGGGGUGCUGGGCGGAUCUUUGCACCCUGGCGCCGCAUAUGCUACACCUGGGAUUGCCUCCCAUUUCCACAUAAUGCAACUCUUUUGUUGCAUCACGGUCUUGUCUUGCACAUCCCCACAUGGAAAUGGAGUUGUGAAACUGAUACUGUUUUUUUAAGAGCAAUAAAGAAAUAAAAAUAAUAAAUGAAGAGAAGAGAAGAGAAGACCACUUAUCUAGUGAUCUGCUACAGAACACCCCCACGGCAGCUCUUGUGAGUCAUCCCUGAACAACCAUGACUCUGUAGGCUACAAGUCCGUCAGUGCAGCAAACUGAGUCUCUUGAAUGCACACCAGCGAAAAAGCAACUUGGAAGCUUUGUCCAUUAUAAUACUGCAGUGUCUGUGUCAGCUUUUUACAAAUGAGCAUGAUACAUUACUAUCUUUUCAGUGCAACUGAAGAAAGCCAAGUGUGUCCUGAUUAUAUCAGUCCAUACCAGCAAGUGGAGAGAUAAGGGUAGUAUGGUCCAUCCGCUUUGAAGAUGUGAGAGUGAGGGAGGAGAGCCAGCCACCAAAUUAUUUUUAAAUUCCUGCUUCUAAUGAUUCACAUUCUUCUGACAGUCACAAAAGAGAUCAUUAUAGAUUGCAGCAUGUAUCACACACGAAAUGUAGAACUGGAUUCUUCCAUGACCCUCAUUUCUCCAGAAAAUUGGCUUCCUGUAUUGAAUGCUUUUAUCAUUUUUAAAACAAUUUCAUGAAGAUACUUCUGGCAACUGGGACAAAUUCAAAUAUUAGUAUGACCUCGCAAGUGGGGAAUGAGAGCAGCUAAUGAGAGGGAGCUUGUCUCAGCAGGAUAGAUUUACAUGAGGUGCUGUAGAAGAGUGGAUUUUAAUUUACUGUCUCAGUAGCAGCCUAUGCUGGUGGUCUGGGUCUUCCUACCCCAGCAGAAAGUGAAACAUCAGAUGUGAAAUUGUGAUGAAGAGGCAUGGAAAGAAGAAUUUGGGAAGACUCCAGAGAUUCUCCCACCUCCCCAUUUUCACAUUUGCAACUUAAUGAGUCACCAGAUAUAAGGUCAGGUAAGGUAAAUGACCCCUGGCUGGUUAGGUCCAGUCAAAGGCGACUAUGGGAUUGCGGUGCUCAUCUCACUUCAGGCCAAGGGAGCUGGCGUUUGUCCACAGACAGCUUUCCAUGUCAUGUGGCCAGCAUGACUAAACCGCUUCUGGCGCAAUGGAACACCGUGACGGAAACCAGAGCGCACAGAUAUGUUGUUUACCUUCCCGCCACAGCGGUACUUAUUUACCUACUUGCACUGAUAUGCUUUCUAACUGCUUGUUUGGCAAAAGCUAGGACAGAGCAACGGGAGCUCACCCCAUCACGGGGAUUCGAACUGCCGACCUUCCGAUCAGCAAACCCAAGAGGCUCAGUAGAGACCACAGCGGCACCCACGUCCCUUCACCAGAUAUAGGACCUGAAAGUGACAAUACUUCACACAAAAGCUUCAGAGAAAGAUUAGUGCAAAAGCUAAUAGAAAUAUAUAAUAUCUCCAGUGACUGCUGUUGUGAAUUAGUUAUUCUGUUCUUAUAUAUAAUUGGACUCUGCUGCAUAGCUAAAACAAGUGAGUGUGAAUAAUAGACCCCUGCAAACCUUCCCCACUGAACACGGAUCAUUUGGAGACUGCUCAGGGUGGGGGAGUGGCAUACAUUGGCUCCCAGUACAUUUCCAAGCACCAUUCAAAGUGUUGGUGCUGACCUUUAAAGCCCUAAACAGCCUGAGCCCAGUAUACCUGAAGGAGUGUCUCCACCCCCAUCGUUCAGCCUGGACACUGAGAUCCAGCUCUGAGGGCCUUCUGGUGGUUCCCUCACUGCAAGAUGUGAGGUUACAGGGAACCUCACAGAGGGCCUUCUCGGUUGUGGCACCUGCCCUGUGGAACGCCCUCCCAUCAGAUGUCAAGGUGUCAAGGAAAUAAACAACUAGAUGACUUUGGGAAGACAUCUGAAGGCAGCCCUGUUUAGGGAAGUUUUUAAUGACUGAUGUUUUAAUGUAUUUUUAAUAUUUUGUUGGAAGCUGCCCAGAGUGGCUGGGGAAACCCAGCCAGAUGGACGGGGUAUAAAUAACAAAUUAUUAUUAUUAUUAUUAUUAUUAUUAUUAUUAUUAUUAUUAUCAUACAUGAAGAUGUUGGAGGUGGGCACCCUGUGCGUGCCCCCCCAUCCACAUUUUAAGAAUUCACGUGUUCGGGUAAAUGCCAGAGCAUGCCUUGCAUUGCAGGCUAGAGGUCUUUUCACUCAAUCCAUUCCAUUUUUAUUUUAUUUAUUUUUUUGAAAUCUCUACCAGAUUCAAUCCUUCUUCUGCAACUUGAUUGACUGCAUUUACAGCUUCUCCGCUGCUUAAAUCGUAUUAAAGUUAUGAAUAAAGUUGAAGACUGAGGAAAGGGUGAAUUGGAUGUGAGUUUAGAACAUUCAGCCUAUUCUGUGUUGAGGCCAGAAUGGUCUGAGCUAAGCAAGAGUGGUGGCCUCGUACAGAUGUUCUAGGAGGCAGGUACAGGUGCAAAGGGUGAGAAGGGCAGUAUUACGAGAAUGUUAUUUUAUUGUUUAACCAACCAGAUGAUUGCAAUCAGUAGCGUUUGAUGGUACAGGUGUUGCUUUCUGUUCUUCUCAACACUACCAGCUACUGGGAAGGAGGGGGAAAAGGCAAUGGGAUGCUUGGUGUGUCGCAGCUGCGGAGCCAACCCAAUGUUCCUGAUGUUGUGCCUGCAUCAUGCUAAACUACCCACCACCUUGUCUCUUUCCCAGCAGUGAUGCACAGUGAAGCCAGGACAGGAACACAUUCCAACCUGUGCUGCCCUGGCAGCCAUUACUGAUGACAAUAAUAUAACAUGAAAAAAUCAUAACUGAACAAAGUUAUGUAACAAAAUAUGUAUUGAUGCCUACCUACCAAAUGAGGGUAUCACUUUUGUUUCUGAUGAAGUCAGUUGUAGUCUUUGAAACUCUAUGCCAGUUAGCCUCUAAGAUGCUAUAGGAUGAUUUUCCUGUUAAAGGCAUUUAUGUAUGGGGGAAUCUCGUUUCUUUCCUGCUGUCAGAUUCAGGGAUGUGUUCCCCUUUGACAGCAAAAGGCAAUGCACUUAAAAGUUUUGUUCGGGUGUAUUUUAAGCCGAAUCCUCUUUUGUUUAAAGCUGCUGAAAAUUUAAAGACAUGAGCUGUAAUGUAGCAGAGAUGAAGUCUAGGUUUUUCCUUUUUUGUGAGGCUCCCUUGUGCGCUCUUACCUAUAAAGUGUAAAGGAGCGAAAGGAUGCUCCUGAAUGCCUUAUGCUAAAGCACGGGCAAGCCUCCAUGGGGGCCUUGAAAAUUAAAGGCUAGAAACAGCUCUCCGAAUCUGCAGCUAAAAACUCUUUCCCAACCAUCCCUCUAGCCACCGGGCCAUAUUUUUGUGGUCUUUUAAGAUGAACUGUCCCAUGGCAGAGCCGCCCCCCCCCGCCCCCCGUUUAAGUAGAACCAAUCAGCAUGACAUAGGAAUGCCCAGUAACAAAACAGUGGAUAUAUUGGUGCUGAAAUAACACCAGUGAUGAUACCCCACAGCUCAGUUAUUGAUGCAGUAACUUGGAUGAACAUGUGGAACUCCGGUGCCUAUAAAUGUUGCCCAUUGGUUCUGGCUUUGUUCCCUGUUCCUUUACUCCUGCUAAUCUGCUACUUCCAAUGAAAUUAAAUCCUCCACAUGCUUCACCACGGCACACACACUGCACUUGCCCUUCUGCGCCAUGUCCCACAUUUGUGCUAGUGUAACUGUCUAUCAUCCCAAUAUCUGUGGGGGAGUGCGUGGGCUCAGUCUGUACUGACAGUGGAACUCCCAUUUAUGGUUAAAUUAGCCCAGUCCUGAACUGCAAUAAUACAGAAGGGAAAUCAUAUCAUAGAAUCACAGAAUUGUAUAAUUGCAAAGCUGGAAGGGACACAAAGGGCCAUCUAGUCCAGCCGCCUGCAAUGCAGGAAUCACAGCUAAAUAACAAGUAUCAAACUUAAAUAUUUUCAACUAAACCUAACGGGGUGUGGGUGUGUAGUAUAAAAUCAAAGCAUGCAAGUGAUUGCAAUAACUCUCAAUAUUUGCAACAAUCUGGUAUUGCUUUAUAGUGAGAAGCCCAUUAUCAGUAUGAGAGAUUACAAUAUCCAUUUCUCUCAUCCUGUCAGCACAAUGAUUUUUGCUUGCACAAUGGGAUUUUGCCCCUCUUUGCCCCCUAUGUACACUGGUGCGAAUGAACCAAUGGAAGAGGAAUCAGCCUCAUUCUGGGACACUUCACUCAUUUCCUGCUGUAUUUUACAGUGACAAACCAAGAAAGCAGCUAAUAUCUGGAGAUACCUGGUAGCUAGAGCUUAAUUCAUUAGGGCUUGGCAUAUGGAUUGAGCUGGUUGAAGGAGCUACUACUUUUUAUAGACACCCAUGUAUGCAAAAAGAAUUUCCUUCCCAAGUUUGUGUUGCUGAAUGUGAUUUUUUGUUUUUUCAGGUUUUUCGACGAGCUGACAAGAACGGUGAGUGACCUGCCCAUGUGAUUUCCUUGCCCUUCUUUUUUAUGUAUGUAUGUCUCUUCAUUUAAAUAAAUAACGUUACUCCAUCUCAAAGACUAGCCUUAAGCAACCUCUUACCCCACAACCACUAAGCUUACUCAGGCAUCUUUGGUGGAGGACUUUAUCAAAAUCUUUUUAAAAGCCCUGGUACACAAUAUCUAGUGGAUCAUCCCUAUCUAUAUGCUUGUUGACACUCCCAAAGAGUUCUAAAAGAUUAGUUGGAAAAGGCUUACAUCUGUGGAAGCCAUUCUGGUUUUUCUUCAGCAAGACUUGUUCUUCUAGACGCUUUGUAAUUUUAUCUUUAACAAAGCUUUCCACCUGUUUUCCCAGAACAGAACUUAAGCUAAUCAGCCUGUGAUUUCCAAAUCCUCCUGGAUAUAUUUUUUUAAAAAUUGAUGCUACAUUGAUCACUUUCCAGUCCUCAGCUAUGGUGACUGAUCUUAGAGACAAGCUACAUUUGUUUUUGUUAGAAACUCAGCAGCUUUAAAUUUGGAUUCUUAAAGAACUCUUGGGUGGAUGCUAUCCAAACCCAGUAACUUGUCAGCUUUUGUUUUGUCAAUAAGUCCUAGAACUGUGUCUUGUCACCACUCUUUGCCUUAGUUCCUCAGACUCUGUUCUCAAGAAAGUUAGUUAAAGAACAGGGAUCUGCCCUACAUCUUCUGUGCUGAAGACAGAUACAAAUAAUUCAUUCAGCUUCUUUGCAAUCUCCUUUUUUCCCUUUAGCAAACCUUUGGUUCCUUGUUGUCCAGAGGCUUAGCCAGCUUCCUAGCCAGUUUCCUGCUUCUAAUGUUUGAAAGCCAACCAGGAAAACAGAUGAGUGGAAAUUGGGACCUGGUUCUCCCCAUUCCUAGUCCUGUAUUCUACCACUCUAAUAAUAAUAAUAAAUUUUAUUUAUAUCCCGCUCUCCCCAGCCGAAGCCGGGCUCAGGGCGGCUAACAACAAUAAAACAAUACAAAAGUACAGCAUAAACAACACUCUAAAAUCAUUCAUUAUAAAAUUAAUUAAUUCAAGCCACUGGCAACCAUUGGGCCAGAGCUCCGCAAAGACUGCCGAGGGAGGGAGUCAGGCUGUGCCCUGGCCAAAGGCCUGGUGGAACAGCUCUGUCUUGCAGGCCCUGCGGAAAGAUGUCAAGUCCCGCAGGGCCCUGGUUUCUUGUGACAGAGUGUUCCACCAGAUCGGAGCCACAGCCGAAAAGCCCUGGCUCUAGCUGAGGCCAGCCUAACUUCUCUGUGGCCUGGGACCUUCAAGAUGUUUUUAUUUGAAGACCGUAAGUUUCUCUGUGGGGCAUACCAGGAGAGGCGGUCCCGUAGGUACGAGGGUCCUAGGCCGUAUAGGGCUUUAAAGGUUAAAACCAGCACCUUAAACCUGAUCCUGUACUCCACCGGGAGCCAGUGCAGCUGGUAUAGCACCGGGUGAAUGUGAUCUCAUAGCAAAGACCUCGUAAGGAGUCUCGCUGCAGCAUUCUGCACCCACUGGAGUUUCUGGGUCAGUCUCAAGGGCAGCCCCACGUAGAGCGAGUUACAAUAAUCCAGUCUGGAGGUGACCGUCGUGUGGAUCACAGUGGCUAGGUCAGGGCGAGAGAGGUAAGGAGCCAACUGCUUAGCUUGGCGGAGAUGGAAAAAUGCCGCCUUUGUUAUAGCUGCAAUCUGCGCCUCCAUGGAAAGGGAGGUGUCGAAGAUUACACCCAAACUCUUAACGGACAGUGCUGGCACUAAUUGCGCCCCGCAAGAGAUGGGAGUUGCCCCCAAUCCCAUAUCGUCCCGUCCCAGCCACAGGACCUCUGUCUUCGAAGGAUUUAGCUUCAACCGGCUCCCACGUAACCAUCCAGCCACAGCUUCCAAACAUCUGGUCAGUGUGUCUGGGGCCGAGUCAGGAUGGCCAUCCAUCAACAGAUAGAGUUGGGUGUCAUCGGCAUACUGAUGGCAACCCAGCCCAAAACUCCGGACAAGCUGGGCGAGGGGGCGCAUAAAGAUGUUGAAAAGCAUCGGGGAGAGUAUUGCACCCUGAGGUACUCCACACACCAGGGAGUGGCGCAAUGACAAUUCCCCCCCAAGCGCCACCCUCUGUCCCUGACCAGAGAGAAACGAGCGCAGCCAUUGAAGGACUGUGCCCUGGAUCCCCACGUCGGCAAGGCGGUGGACCAGAAGUUCGUGAUCAACCAUGUCGAAAGCUGCUGACAGAUCUAGAAGAAUCAGCAGCCCCGACCCGCCUCGAUCCAGCUGUCUACGAAGAUCAUCUGUUAGGGCAACCAGAGCCGUCUCGGUCCCAUGACCAGCGCGGAAGCCGGACUGGAAUGGAUCCAGAGCCGAUGUUUCAUCCAGAAACCCACCAAGCUGUUCAGCAACCGCUCUCUCAAUCACCUUACCCAGGAAUGGAAGAUUCAAAACUGGGCGGUAAUUGGAUAGAUCUAAAGGAUCUAAUGAUAUUUUCUUUAAGAGCGGGCACACCACUGCCUCCUUCAGUUCCCCUGGGAAUGUCCCUGUGCCAAGGGACAAAUUGAUGAUAUCCCCCAGGAGGGCCCGCACCUCGUCUGGACAUGCUCUAAUCAGCCAAGACGGGCACGGGUCGAGAGGACAGGUGGUGGGCUUUCCAGCUCGGAGGAGUCUGUCCACAUCGGCUGGGGAUAUCCGGUCAAAGUGGUCCAAUACUGGACCUGAGGACAGUCGAGGGGCCUCCAGUUCCUUUAUUGUAUCCAAAUUGGCAGGGAGGUCAUGGCGGAGCAACAAGACCUUCUCCGCAAAAAAGCUCGCAAAUGCCUCGCAGCUGUGUGUCAAAUUGUUAUUUAAAUUUGGCUGUCCCUCAAGGGACGUUAAAGACCUGAUUAUACUAAAUAAUUGCGCUGGGCGAGAGCUAGCGGAUGCAAUGGAGGCCGAGAAGUAUGACUUCUUAGCAGCCUUCACCGCCAUCUCGUAGGUUUUCAUAAAAGCCCUAUAAGAUGUUCUUGAGGCUCCAUCACGGGCACCCCGCCAUACUCGCUCUAGCCGUCUGAGGUCCCGCUUCAUUUUCCGGAGCUCCUCGGUAAACCAGGGAGCCCGGUUUCUGCGGGGUCGCAGAGGGCGCUUAGGUGCGAUCUCAUCGAUGGCUGCCAGGAGCUUGGUAUUCCAGCCCUCAACAAGCUCAGUCAAUGAGUCGCCAGGGGGAGCAAGAUCCCGCAAGGCUUGGCGGAAUCUAUCAGGGUCCAUCAGCCUUUGCGGGCGAGCCCAAAUCGGCUCGCCACCUAAGCAGGGUGGGAUGGAAAGUCAAUCCUGGCUUUCAGAGCGUAGUGAUCAGACCAUGGCACCUUCAUCGAAGGAGACAUGAUCACAUCUAUACCUACGCCAAAGAUCAAAUCCAGCGUGUGGCCUGCUUGAUGUGUGGGGCCCGAAACAAACUGGGAGAGCCCUAGUGUCGCCAUGGAAGACACCAGGUCCAGAGCCUGUGAGGAGGGAGUGGCAUCAGCAUGGAUGUUAAAGUCCCCCAAUACCAAUAGGUUAGGGAACUCCAAGGCCCAGCCGGCCACCGCCUCCAUUAGGCCUGACAGGGUGGCUGCUGGUGCGCUAGGUGGCCGGUACACCAGCCAGACAGCCAAGCUCUCCUCGGAGCCCCACACUAGGCCAACACAUUCAAUGCCGGGGAUCGAUGGCGAUGGUAGAGCCCUGAAAGGACAAUCUUCCCGGAUUAAUAAUGCCCCCCCCCGGCCCACAGUCCGCGACUGGUGGAGGACAGAGAAACCGGGGCGCCAUCUCUCGUAAGGUAACUGUUGCCCCUUCGCGCACCCAGGUCUCCGUCACACAAGCCAGGUCGACCCCCUGCGAGAUAAAGAAAUCUCGCAGGGUGGCGGUUUUAUUGCCUAUAGACCUGGCAUUGCACAGCACCAGUGACGGAGGUGAGUAAUCCUUGCUCACCCUACCCUCGUCCCUCGGGAUGGGGCGCAGAUUGGAAGGGGUACGAGCGUAUCCAUAUCUUGAUCCUCUUCGCCUAUAACAUCUGCCCCCUCCACCAUACCUCCCUCGCCCCUCCACGGUAGCAAUCCCAGGCCUCAUAGUAGCUUCCAUUGAUGGCAAUUAAUGUUAUUCUUUCGCAGCCUAAAACAAUAAAACCUUAAAACAAUAAAAACAAAAACAACCCAGAAAACAAUUAAAAAAUACAAAUAAAAACUGCAAAAAUUACAAAUUCAUCAAAAUCUAACAAAUUCCCAAGCCCACCCAAACAUCCGUCCCACCCCCAUAUAUAAAAAUCAGAAGGGAAAGGAAAAUAUUUAAUAAUAAUAAUAAUAAAAUAAAAAAAUAAAAAAACAAACAUGUUAAAACACUCUAGCUUUCAUAAUUUCUGAGCAACCAUGACAGCUAGAAACUUUAUGAUAAAUGAAGGCCAAUGUUGUCUAGUUUCCAAGUUCUUCAACAGAUAAGCAAACUCCAGGCCUCAUGGGUGAGUGGAUACAUCCAGGCUCUUCCAUAGCCUUGCUGACCCAGUCUGUGGCCUAUGGUUCAAUUUAAUCCCUAGAUGUUUCUGACAUUCCUUGCCCCCUUGCUGUCUAUCACUUUGGCAAUUGCUGUCUAUUAUUUCCCAUAUCCAUGCAUCCUUGCCCUUGUCAUACAAACCUGCAUGUCAAUCAUUCUUCCUACUUAGGCCAAAUCCAUCUAUUAAUGCUGAUCUUUCAUUGCUAUUCGGCUAUCUGCUCUGACCUUUAUAUCCCCCGUGGCUGCUGUGUUCACACUCCUGUCACCCCCAGGAAACAGAUCUGAAAUUUAUUAUUUAUUUAUAUUUUUUGUUUUAUUAUGCACACUUGUUCAUUUGGCAUUUUAUUUUUCUUCCACUUUUAGAGUGUUUUGCAAUUGUUUUCUCAGUGUCUCACAACACUGGCCAUUUUAAGUUUUCCCGUUUACAAGUGGAAAACUGAGUCCAAAUUGUAUUGGCUCACUCAGAUUGCACCCAUGGCUGGAUUUUAACCCUGGUUUCAUAAGUCCAUUCUUUGGGCAGCUUUCUUUAUUCAUAGGAAACGGCAAGCUGAAAAGAAGCAGAAGGUCUGUGCAUUGGCUAACCACCGCUGCCAAGAUAUGACUAGGGAGGAGAUAAUAUGGAUCUGACAGUGAUGUUCAUGUAGACAGACCCCUAGUAUCCUGCACAGACUGUGGAUUGGUUCAUACCUGCAUGUGCUGCUAGAAGCCUCUGUGCAGGUUCAGAAUGAUGUCUUACUUCAGUAGAGCACCUGCACUUCCUCCAUGAUGCAACUUGGCAGUGGUGGUCAGUUAACAUGCAGAACUCUUUAGUUUUCAGUGUCUACAUGUCCUACAGCUGCUCAAUGGAGCAUAAGCGCUUAAGAAAUACCGGCCAGUGACCCAUCUAGUUCAGCAUCCUGUUCACACAUUGGCUACCCAGGUUCCUGUGGGAAACCCUCUGGCAAGACCUGAAUACAAGAGCACACUCCCCUCCUGUAGUUUUCAGCAGCUGGUAUUCAGAAUCACUAUUACCUCCAACCAUGGAGGCAGAGCAGAGUCAUCAUUUUAUUUAUUUAUUUUAUUUAUUUAAUGUCUAUACCACCCUAUACCCGAAGGUCUCAGGGCAGUUCACAUAAAUUAUCAAAUACAUAAAAUCAAAACAAAAAUAACAACCCAAUAAACCCUCCUCCCCAAAAAGCCAGCAUUUAAAAAAGGGUAUAGGAUGUAGAUCAAGUCAGGCAAAGGCCUUGUUAAAAAGGAACGUUUUUGCCUGGCGCCUAAAGGUGUAUAAUGAAGGCGCCAGGCGAACUUCCCUGGGGAGAGCAUUCCACAGACGGGGAGCCACCGCAGAGAAGGCCCGUUCUCGUGUUGCCACCCUCCUGACCUCUCGAGGAGGAGGCACACAAAGAAGAGCCUCACAAGAUGAUCUCAGGGUCCGGGUAGGUUCAUAUGGGAAGAGGCGGUCCUAACUAAUAGCCACUGAUCUCCAAGUGAGUGGGAGUGAUCUCCAAGCAUGAACAGUGUGAUAUGUCAGCCAGGAACCCAUGAAUCUCAUCUGCAUCAGCCUCCGCCAUCUCAGUGAAAACCUGUGUCUUCAGCACUGCUGAUGUUGCUCAGCAGAGACCUAUGAAUUCCUAGCGGAGUAGCCCUGUUAGUCUGUCACACAACAGCAAAGAAUCUUGUGGCACCUUCCUAAAGAUGGCCGUAGCAUAUCUGGUAGUCUUCAAGGCACCACAAGAUUCCUUGUUGUUUUUCUAUGAAUUCCUGGCUCCAGUGUUAUACCAUAAUGUCUUCCUGUUGCACAGCUUGCUGAAUUAGACAAAAUAACAUACAGAGACUCAUGUUGCUCUCAUCUCUGCAAAGGUAUAAUUAUUCCUUCUCUUUCAUUCAAAUGUAGAUGAUGGGAAGUUGUCAUUUGAAGAAUUUAAGAACUGUUGUGCCGAUGGCAUCCUCAACUCUGAAGAACUGUGGGAGUUGUUCAGUGGCAUUGACAGGCGUCAGUCAGGGUAAGGAGACGCCUGUUAAGUUAACAACAAGGAAAUUUCAAGCAGAGUCAAUUCCCCCUCCCAACACCCCAACACCCAUUGCACUAUGUCAGAUUAGCAUGCACUUAAAGCAAAUGGGUGCGAUAACAAAGAUAAUAUUCUAUGUUGGAGUUGCCAGAUAUACAAUGCAGACAUUUGCUGUAGCUCAGAGGCAGAGUAUCUGCUUUGCACACAGAAAAUCCCAUAUUCAGUCCCUGGCAUCUCAAGGUAGGCCUGGGCAAGAUCCUUGUUUGAGACCCUGGUUCAGUUUGUUUUGUUCUCAUGAAAGUACCCUUAAGUAAACUGGACUUAACUGAUGUGGAACCUAAAGCUUUUUCUUGGCAAUACAGACUAUGUAAGCAUGCCAGGAGAGGAUCAAGAAUAUGACUAAAUAGAUGGUGUUGCCUAUUGUGGCCUGGAUUGCAUGUAGUGCCAAGACAAACCAUGGCUUAGUAUGAAUGCACAAAUUUCCGGAGAGGAAAUUGUGGCUGCUUAGCUCCUUCUCUCAUCCUGUUGCUGCGGCACUGCUGUGAGCUACGCUAUUGAUUGACCAUCCCAAGCUGAGCUCGUGGCUUAUUUACAGAGGAGGAGACUAACCACGAGCCUAGGUUUGGAUGACAUGCUAAACUAUGGCUUAGCUCGCAACAGCAGCAGGAUCAGAGGAGGAACAAAGUGGCCACAAUCUCCUCUCCAGGCACUGCCAUGCUGGCAUGUUUUCACUAAAGCAGUUUGGCUUAGUGCUACAUAUGAGCUGAGCCACAUGAGAUUUCAUUCUACUUAAAUUGGUUUAGUCCUAUUCCGUCUUGCUGUAUUUUGAGUUUUGAAGUAUACAAUGACUGGUAUAUGUAGAAUAACCUGCCUUAAGUUUUGGGAUUAGUCUGAAUCAAUCUUCCUCAGCCUGGUGCCCUUCAGUUGACAUCUAAGACUAAUGAAGUUGUAGUCCUAUAUAUAUGGAAGGCACCAGGUUUGGGAAGGCUUGGCUAGAUGACCUUCAGUCAUCCUCCAAAUCAUCAAGGAUUUCAUCCAGUGAGACGGCAGAAUAGUUUGUCUGUGAGCUACAUAAGGAUGCAUUAUGUCGAUAUGGGAGCAUCAUGGAGCUUGAAGAAGGAACUCGGUAAGCCUGGGAAUUAAAAGCUGUUUUAAAAAUAGUCCAGACUCUGAUCAUAAUUAAGAUAGUGUGUUAACUUCACAGCAGUAUGCUUGAAUUGCAUGGAUCAAAAUCUGCUUUGCUAUUUUUGUCCAAGUGCAGAUUUCAAUGGCAUGUAAACCCUCUAUGAAAUAUGCAGGCAAGAUGUUUGUUUGUUGGCUUGCUUUUAAGCACUACAGUGUGGUUUUGUCCAUCACAGCGAAACUUCAAUUACACUGUAAGAUAGAUGGCCUUUCUGCUGCAUUGUCUCAGCUUGGCCCCUUCGCUUAUUUUGAAUAGACAGCAUCCAGACAAGAAACAAACUUCCCAAAGGAAAACAGCUAGAAAUGCUUCAGUCCUCCCUUCAUGUGAGCCAGUAAAUAAACCAGGACAUCUACAGUUAACUUUCAUUUUCCAUUUGGUCCAAACUGGGAAACUGUGGUCAACAGCUUCAGAAGCAACCGGGAUAUUAAACCAUUUUCAAACUUGUUUAAUAUCCUGUUUUGUUCCAAAGCUGGUAAUCACCCCCUGUACGGACAAAAUGGGAAGCUGUGAUUAGUUAGAGAUUUCCUGGUCUUUUUGAUGGCUUGGACGAUUGUCUGAAAGUGGUGCAAUGAACAUGUACAUGGUUAUCAUACCUGGCCAUCUCCUUGCAAAUAGGAUGUUAUAUCUAACAAGGAAAUUCUCCAUGCAGUUUGUGGGGUUAGACUAUACGACAUUCCACAGCAUGCGCUUGCUGUAACUGGUGUCAUUUUACUGAUCUUAACACAGAUCAACUUUUGGUGCUUGAUCCUUUUAAAAAAAGCUACAGUUGUGUUUGGAUGCCCAAACCAAAUCCAUGUGUAUUGCUUACUGUGGCUGUGCUGCUAAACUGAUAACUGGAUAACUGAAAAGUGCCACUGCCGCAGAUAAUAAAAAAAGACAAGUCAUGUGAAUUGACCCUGAGUGAUCACCAACAUGUGCCAUCUGAGAUGAAGGACUCAUGAGCCUGAGGAUUCAACUGUCAGGAGGAUUUCGGUCCUGACUACCAUUGUCCACUGGCGACAUAGAAUUGAUUUCAGCAUCUGCUCUUGUUGCUCAGUUAAGUGUGUGAAUACCUGGUCUCAGGUUUAUCUUUGCCAGGCAAACUAAUUUCAUGGCCAUAUAAAUAAAACAUGUUUCAAUGAGAAAGGAAGACAGAUGGAGCAAAUGAGGGUCAGAUUUUAUUUUUCUUUUGUUUCUUUUAAUAAAAGUUCCGAGUGACCUUGGAGAACUUGGUCAGAACAGUGUUCAAAAUCUCAAAACUAUCACAAAUCCUGCCAGAAACAAUUCAACCUGUGGGAAAGAAUGGGACUUUUUAUUCCUUUUUAAAAAAUUGUUACUUUUUGUUGUUGUUCCUUUCCAUGGUUUGUAUUGUUAGUAGCAACAAUUAUUGGCGCUACCUUUGAGAUUUUCAACUAUGCUUUAUUAAUGACAUUAAAUGGUUAUAUUCCCUGAUGAAAAAGAAUUAAAAUGCAUUAGACUGAAUGCACCCAGAGGUCCCCUUGGCUCUCAUCUCAUCCUAAAUGCCUCACCCUGAUGCAAGUUGUCUUUAGUGAAAUGGGUUUUUCAUUUAUUUAUUUUUAAAAGCCUACAGUUAACCAGGGGCAAAAAUAGAAUUAGUAUAUACACCGGGAGCAGCAAUGCUUUUCUUUUUUCUUUUGCACUGUAAUUUUUUUUUUAAACAUAAAUACAGCAUAGAACAGAUAUAAUCAAAACAGGUGGGCAGCUACCACCAAUAUAUGGAGUUACAUACAAGUAGACCAUCAGUCAUACAGAAUGAGACAUUAUUGUACUAUAGGAGACCCAAACCCAACAGGCUGAGAGUUAACAGAAGAAAUGAAAACAAACCAAUUGCUCUCAAAUAUAUGAUUAGUAGAUUCACCUCUAGCCACUCUACAUGUUUGUGUGAGCUUAUCUGCUAUUGCUAGGGGCCAUGCCUAUCGCACUCGUUUUGUAUGUUACAGCCAUUCCCCUCUUGCAUUGAUGCUUUUUUUAAACCAAUUUCAGCUCCCCUCCCCACCCUUUGUUGCCUGACAAAACUACAAAGAAAUGUGCAUGCGGGCUUUAACCUCUGCAUUCGUGUGUCCCACACCUCCCAUCAUCUGCCAAGCAGUUUCUCUCAUGCUAGUAUUGCCAUAUUUCAAAAAGCAAAAUUCCUGACACCCUAACCCCACUGAUUUUUACACCUGAAAACCAGGACAGGUCAGAAAUUUUCCUGAUGUAUGGCAAGCCUAUCCCAUACUGCCAUUUGCAGCAGGCGAAACACCAGAAUCUGAGUCAUGCAGAGGUUAGCAGCAAAGCAACCAAUCUGCAGGACAACCCAUGCUUCUCUCAUCCAUAUGCUUCUCAAUGUAUGCUGUUAGCAAGCUGGUAAGCCGGAACUCUCUGACCCUUGUGGUCUUGGGGACAAGGAGGUGCUCACAUUCAGCAUUAAAGCAACCAUCUGUCUUCAGCUUCUUGAUCUGAGUCUCACUGGCUGCUGUAAUAUAACAGCAACCAGUUCUGCCUUUGGGUGUUUGUUGCUGCCGGAAGCCUGAGAGGAACGAGCCUCUUGAUUCUGGCCUCCACAUGUUCAAGACACAUUAGGAAUUAGCCCAUUUGCGUCAGCUGGCUUGGGGUUGAGAUUGCUGCUGCACAGAGCAGGAGCUUUGCUGGCGCUUUAUAGAUGACGGUAAUGAAUGCGUACAAGCUCCAAUGCUUGCAGUUUAAGCUGAGGAAGGAGAAUCCUCUGCUUUCAGCUUAGGAAGGUUUCUGAGUAGCCUCUCUCUUAAAUAAGCACUGGGAAACAAAGCGGUCCUUCGUCACGACAGCAUAAUAUAACCAGGGCUUUGCUUCAAAAUCGGUGAUGGUAAAAAGUUGCCUUAUUUUGAGUCACACCACUGAUCCAUCUAGAUUAGUACUGUCUAUAGCAGCUGGCAGCAGCUCUCUACAGAGUUUCACAAGAAAGGUCAUUUCCGAUCCUAACUGGAGAUCCAAUGAGUGAAGCUAAGACUUUCCACUUGCAAAACUGAUGCCCUACCACUGAGGUGCCACCUCUCCCCUCUGCCAAGGGACACCACUGGAAUAUGUGGAACAACCAUAGCAUACUGUAGAUUACUUUUCGGUGUUCUUUAUUAUUUAAAUUGUGUUUCCGGGUUGAAUUCCACUUAACACAGCUUAUUGUGGCAAUCUGCCCUGUAUCCUUCAGAUACAGGGUGGGAGAUAAAUUUUAAAAUGAAUAAAUAAAUUGCUAAUUGAAGGAAUAUUAAGAAAACAAUUAUAUGCAUGUGUUGUAGAUUAAAACAAUUAAAUGCAUGUAUUUACAUAUGAGGAGGGGGGAAAGCUAUGGGGGAAGCCUAUGUUGUCAUUACAUGAUGCAAGUGUUGCAAACAAGUAUCAGGGUAGAAAGUGAAUUCCUUAUUCUAUUCUGCAUAGAAGGAAAUGCCCUUUUAAAAAAGAUGGCACUUGCCAUCUGCAGCUUGUAUACGUUUACAGUUUGUUUGCAAGCCACUGCACAUAAUUUUAAGUGGGAAAGUGGCAUAUGAACAUUUGAAACAAAAGCAAUUCAAAAAUGUAUUAAAAUUUGCUGGCUGAGGAAUCCAGGGCCUCUUUUUCUUCUUUCAGAAUGGUUUAAUUCCUUAACCUAGCACUGAUUUAUCACCUAGAUGUGGCAUCCCUGAAUGACAGGGUGCCUGCGGCCAUGCGCUGAGUGCCUUUCUCACAUCUCAGGAGUAGCUCAUCUUGUCUUUGGGGAUUAAUUCAUAAAAGGUUUUCAAGCCAGAGGUCAUGUAAGUAUAAAGCCUGGUCAUUCCCAUGUUAGAAAUUCAGCAUUCAACAUAGAAAGCAUUCUUCAAAAGUUCAGUUUGACUAGGCAAAAAUGAGUUCGCCAGUGGUUUCCAAAAUAUAAAGGAAAUUAUUCCUUCCUAGACACCCCAGGUAGAUAAUGUACUCCGUCUUGACAGGUUUCCUACAUAUAACAUCACGCUUCAUGCCCCUUUCCAAUUUUCAAGGGAUGCCUGCAGUAAGCUCAAGGGGACAGUGGUGGACCUACAUUAUGGGGUCCCUUCGCAACCAGCAACAAGGUCUGGGUAACCACUGUUAUCUUCUUCAAUGGGGUUGUUCCAUGACAGAUCACCAUACAUCUAUAUCAUCUGUGCUACUUACUGUAUAACUCUGGGAUUGUUGUGAUAUAUAGAACAACAACAAAAAAAACACUAAUUUGAGUCGUGCCACUCAACUGGGAUCUACCAGACCCUUAAAAAAAUAAUAAUAAUGUGGACUAAAGUUGCUUCUGGGGCCUCUUUGGGAUUAGAGGUCGUGAAACUGAAGCUUCAUCAGUUUCAUAGCAGAUUCACCCUGCAUGGAGAUGUGCAGAUCUCUGAACCAAUUAAAAAAGAUGUAUGGUUCGGUUAUUCAUUGUCCUUGUACAAACACCCAUUGUGAAAAGAAGAGGGGAGGACAGAGGGCCAAGAGGAGAAGUGGUACAACAAUAUAGUCCUCAUACCCUAUACAGUGGUACCUUGGUGGUACCUUGGUUGUCGAACUUAAUCUGUUCUGGGAGUCUGUUCAACUCCCGGAAUGGUUCAAAAACCAAGGUGUGGCUUCCGAUUGGCUGCAGGAGCUUUUGGGGGGAAACCCAGUUCUGUGAAAAUGGGGAGGGGGAGAGACGACUGGGGGGGGGGAAAUAGCCUAAUGAGAACAAAGCAUGCUUAGUGGCUAAGGAAUGCUGCCUGCCUGCCUAGGGGCAUGGGCAGCAUGCAAAAGUAGCAGGGAGGCAGAAUGGAAUGGCAUAUCCUGAAAGGGGGCAUGGAUGGGACCCUGUACGUUUCGUAGACCUGUUCACUGGAGUGUCAUGGUCCCAGAGAAAGCAAAAGACAUCCUGUACUCAGAGAAAUAGAGUGACAGAGGAACUGGUGGGAAGCGUAAUGUUGUGGUAGGAGAAAUACCUGUCACAAUACAGAUCUAAAUUUAGUCAGAAUAACAGUACCUAGGACUGCUCUUUUGUAAGUGAUUAGGAAGUGGAAGCAGCCGUCUCUUGCAGUACAUCCUCUGAGAGCAUGGAGAUGGGGAGGUAUAAACAGCACACAAUGUUCUGUGCAUAUUUGAGAGCUGGGGUUUUUUUUUACCCCCACCCCCUGCUGUCAAUGGCACCAAGAGCCGUGGGAAUAAUGUGCUUUACCUUCUGAAAUAUCACACCUUGGGCACUAGGGGGGCUUUGCUUCCCUUAACGAUGCCUCAACCCGGGCCUGAAGCAAUUUCCCUGAAGUGAUUAAAUUAACCUAGAUUAAUCUCAGGCAACAAAAGGUACUCUGAGAGGUAAUUGAAGGUGCCUGAAGAAUAUGGAGGUGGUGUGGUGAGAUGGCAGGCUCCGGAGGGAGUCGCUGAAGGAAACCCAAGGAAGAAGAGAGCUUGGAAUUGUAUUUGUGCAAUGAAGAUCAUUCCUAAUGAGUUUCUCAAGCUGGCAGGCUGCUGAUUUCCUAGAAUGGAACGUUAACAUGUCUGAGUGACUUUUCACUGCCCUUGCCUGAUGUGAAGAAAGGGCUGCACAAAUGAGAAUAAAAAGCAUCUCUUCUGGAUACGUUAUCUGAUGCUGACACUGUAAGAGAGGCAAUCUUCACAAUCAGAUUGGGCAAGGAAAUUGAUUUGGUCAGGUCCAGCAUGAUUUAUCUCCUGUGUAUGAACACAGCGGCUAGUUUGCUUGUGAGGACAAGCCAGUAUAUAAUACCUUGCUUGCGGGAUUUACAGUGUCUGCCAAUUUGCUACUGGUGCAAGUUAAAGCUGCUGGUGCAAACUUCUUCUCUUCUAUUUAUUCAUACCCCACCUUUUCUCCUUACAGGACUCAAGGUGGCUUACAGAUAAAAACAAGAAUCGCUAAAAAUAUAGAAAAACAACAACCAUUAAAACAAUUAAACAUUAAGAGAAUCAAAACUAUAUACAUAUACAAAAUUUGUUUAAAACCAGAUGGAAAGGAGAAAUAGAGCUGGGUGUCAUCAGCAUACUGGUGACACCAGACCCAAAACUCUGGACAACCUCUCCCAGCAGUUUCAAGUCCCAUCCCAGCAAGGCGGCCCAGAAGGAUGCUCUGGUUGCUGGUAUCAAAAGCAUGUAUUUUAUGUAUUUGUGCUUUUAACUGUUUUUAAUUAUCUUAAAUCACCUUGAAAUGGUAGUUUCAAGGCAAUUAGUUAAUUGAAAUACCAAUAAUAAUAGGAGAGGGUAUCCAUUCUGCUGCUGGGAGGUGGAGAUGGUUGGAUUUUGUCCUAUAUACUUAGUACUCAUUCACACCAGGGUUUUGGUGUGUGUUUGUGGCUUUUAGACUGUGAUCACAAAAGCUCAUAACACAUACCUGCAGUUACACUCGGGGCUGCCUCUUGUGUUUGUUUACUUAAAUAUUUAUAUCCCAUCUUUCGGCCUUGAAGUUUACAAGGUAGAGAAGAACAAGAGUUUUUUUUAAAAAAACCCAUCAAUUAAGGGUUUAGAACAUUCCUCAGUGUGGAUUGCCUACAGCCACCGUGCUAGCAGUAAGCCAGGUCAGGCCUUUCACUGGCUGAGGUGUCCAAGGGGCUCAGAAGGACUCCUUUACUGGCCUGACUCAGCUGUGCCACUGCUCCCUGCCAGCCCUAUGAAGUCUAGAUCCAAAGCAGGGGUAUUGCGUUUCGGGGAAAGCAAGAUGGCAGGUAGCCAGAGUGGAUGGGAGGUUAGCUUUUAACAGGAGCCCUCCAUUAAAAUACCUCCCUGCUUCCAUGGCAGCAGCAGAGGUGGCGGUGGGUGGGAAUACUCUGUUGGCACGUUGGCGUGUGUUCAUUAGCAGGUUGCGGCAUCAUACUGAAGGCCUCCUGAAGGCUGGUGCUGACCCACCUCUCAAGGAAAGUAUGACUACUACCAACACUGCAUUCUUUGAGUGCAUUGGUUUCAUUCCUCCUUAAUUUAUUGCGUUGCUGGUUACGCUGUAUAACUGUAUUUGCAGAUUUUUUUUUUAAGUUUUCCAUGCUGCCCUGAAAUCCAUGUUUGAACAAAGGGCAGUUUUAAAAUGUUCAUUUUAAAAUGAACUAAAUAAAAAUGAGAAACAAUUAAUACAAAAAGCAAUAGAAUGGUUAUAAUGAAAGGCAGUGCAGGGAACAGCAAAACCAUCGUAAGCAGGCAACAUAGCAAUAAAACAAGGGUGCUGGUAGGAGAAUAGCAAUAAGAACACAGGUACAGCAAUGUCUCUCCUUCCCCCUUCAGGUUUUGUAGAAAUGAAAUGCCUCUAGCAAGCCAAUUUGGGCCUGGAAGAACGUUUAAAUAUUUUGUUUUGCUUUAUUUGUUUUACUGAAUUUCUCAGAUUUCACACAAGUACCAUAUAUCAGGCGCUUUUCGCAGUGGAGUUCCCUUACACCAUUUACAACAAAUAGGGCUACAGGAGAAGUGUAUCUACCAGUUUAUAUUCCUUUAAUAAAAGAUUAUUUGAGCAGCUGAGGCUGAUUGAUCCUUCGUGGCUUGUAAGCAGAUCUCAUUAAAACAGGCUGUAAUCCAGAGGCGAUUUUCGGGUCGCGCGAAUGGCUCGGCCACAAUGCAGGAUGAGCCACAACAAUGAUAUAGAACAGAGCACGAGAGAUGAAGGAGCAAAUUGUAGCAGCACACAGGGCACCUCCAAAAUUUGAAAACCUAUGCAUAUGUACCUGGGAGUAGGCACAAAUGAGCACAAUGGGACUUACUCCUGAGUCAACAUGCACAAGAUUGAACUGUUAGUGUGACUAAUUUCAUAGUCUCCCACACUCUUGGCCAAUCUCUAGCUAUGGCAUCGUCUUUCCAGUGUUUAUGAAACACCAGGUGAGCUUUCAUUAAAAGACUGAAUACGAUGUCUUGAAACUCUGCUAGUAUAAGACAUGUAAUGUAAUUUAAAAGUUGGAUCCAUAGAUAUUAUAAUACCUAGCAUUUUGUUGAUUGCUCUUACCACAGUAGACCUUGAAUAGUCAAAUGCUGUGUUGCUGAAAUCCUGGAACCUUUUUAUGUUACAAAUGUUCUGGUAUCUUUUUGGUCCUGCUUGCGUUGAGCUUCCAGAGGGCAUAAUGCGAUGACAUUGGCUGCACUUAAGCAUGGGACUUAUCACACUAGUUUUCCUGAUUAAAAUACUUAUGUCCUGCUCACAUACAGUGGUACCUUGGGUUACAUACGCUUCAGGUUACAUAUGCUUCAGGUUACAGACUCUGCUAACCCAGAAAUAGUGCUUCAGGUUAAGAACUUUGCUUCAGGAUGAGAACAGAAAUCGUGCUCUGGCAGCGCGGCGGCAGCGGGAGGCCCCAUUAGCUAAAGUGGUGCUUCAGGUUAAGAACAGUUUCAGGUUAAGAACGGACCUCCGGAAUGAAUUAAGUACUUAACCCGAGGUACCACUGUACUUUCAACAGGCAUCUGGGUGGCCACUGUGAGAAGAGGAUGCUAGACUAGAUAGGACUUCCCCCCUGAGCUAGUAUGAGUCUUCUGAUGUUCUUAUGUCCUGUGCUAGGAAUGGUAUCUUCUAAAAAACAAACUGUAAAUCACUUUUUACAUUGAACAUGUUACAGAAUUAGUAUUAGUACUGAGAACAAAGUCAAAAUGAAGUGAAAACCAUCUUUCUGUUUAGAUUCUGUUCUGUUUUAAAGUCCUGGGCAAAGACCUCUCUGCCUGGUUUUUCUCAAGGUUUGCCUGUGCAUUGAAUAAUUCAGCAUUUUAAUUAUUAAUUGGUUAAUGUUUGUUACAAAUUCAGAAGAUGAAAAGGGCUAGAUAAGUGCCGAGUGCAGUUGGCUCCCUUAGGGAAGUGGGUCUUAUCAGGAGUGUUCAGUUUUUAUAUGUGGGGAUUGUUCUGGUGUUUUACUAUUAACUGGAUGGCAGCCAUCAGACACAAUUUUAAGAGGAAGCCGAAAGUCUAAGGUUAAAUAAUAAUACGCAACGUUUUCAACAGGCAUAGGAUGGUCUAGGCAAAGAAUGGCUCCAGCAGUGCAAAUGGUGGGGGAAGUAAAUAACCUGCUCCAGUAAAUAGUAAUAAAUUAUCCCUUCCUUUCCCUGCACAUGCUGUGUCCUCCCCAAAUCAGCACCAGAGGGUUUGGGGAACCUCAAAGAACAGAUUUAGGGGAGGAAGAUGGGGGGGGGGGAGAGGAGUUCUGUUGUGCAGGCAGAAAUCCUUGCACUCAUUCUGAUUUGUUUGCAGGGAGAUUGGGUGACAUUAGCUAUUUCAUACCCUCCAAGUGUCCCUAUUUUCCGGUGACAGUCCUGGAAUUACAAAAGUCACCCCAGCUUCUGUUUUGAUCCUGGAAUGUCCCAAUUUCCUUCACCAGUGCUUCCACCAUCAAGCUUGGGGAGGAGGAUGAGCCAGCUUCAUGCUUCAUGCAUCCACAUCUAUUCUUGCCACUUUCUAUAAUUUAUUUAUUGGUGUGUAUUUUUUUUUAAUCUGUUGUUGUUUAGUCGUUUAGUCGUGUCCGACUCUUCGUGACCCCAUGGACCAGAGCACGCCAAAUACCGUAAUAAAAUACCAAUCUACCAAAUAAUAAAAUAAAAUAAAAUAGUCCCUAUUUGCAUCUGAGGAAUUUUGGAGGCUAUGCUAUUUAAUAAGCACUUACAGUGGUACCUCGGCUUAAGGACUUAAUUCGUUCCGGAGGUCCGUUCUUAACCUGAAACUGUUCUUAACCUGAAGCACCACUUUAGCUAAUGGGGCCUCUCGCUGCCGCCGCCACGCGAUUUCUGUUCUCAUCCUGAAGCAAAGUUCUUAACCUGAGGUACUAUUUCUGGGUUAGCAGAGUCUGAAACCUGAAGUGUAUGUAACCUGAAGUGAAUGUAACCUGAGGUACCACUGUACUCUUAUUGGUUUGAAGGGAGGCUACCCAUCGGGGAGGCUAGAAUUCCCUGGGAAGAUGGAUUGACCGUUACACCACUCUGGAAACUGUAGCUCUGUGAGAGGACGGGGAGGGGGCUCUUAACAACUCUGUGCACCCUUAACAAACUACAGUUCCCAGGAUUCUUGGGUGGGGGGAGAGCCACAACUGCUUGAAGUGUUAUGACGUUGCUUAAAAUGUAUGGUGCAGAUUAUUUCCAGUGGCUUUUCUUCCCAGGUGGAAGUGCUCAGAAUUGCAUCCUUCAUCUGUGCUCAGUGUCUUUUCAGCAUAUAUCACAUAAGGGCUGCAUGGAGUGGUUUUUAUCAUUAUUGUUAUUACUACUAUGCCACUGGCUGUGCAAUAAAAUUACUCCAUCAUGUACCUUUCUGCCCUUUUCCUUAAAAAAAAGCUGGCUUAAGUGAGGCAUCUAUUUUCAUUAAGAAGAAAAGGUGGCACAAUGUCAUUACUGAGACAGAAGGUUGAAAGCUGCGCUGUGAAAAAUGUAAAAUGUAUGGGUGCCAGAAGCUCAGAUGGGAGAGAAAAGAUUGUUCACGUUGCAUUGGCAUAUGAGAGCGCUGGAAGUCUUACACUUUACAAAGCGGUCCUGUUGUGGUGGACUGCUGUGUGACCAAAGUGGGUGGUGGGUGGCUUUGCCCCCAUUUUUACCCGUCCUAUUGCAGUCAACGACCUGCUUAGUGCAAAUGUCUGAAUGUGCGAGCUGCCAGAGAGGAGAGUGUGGCCUCUUUGGUCCUCCUCUGCUGCCCUGUUGUGAGCUAAGACAUGGCUUCGCUUAGAGUGCUGUCUGAAAAUAUGGUUCCUCUUUCAUCCAAUUCCAGCACCUGUUUCUCAUCUAAGGUUUAGACCCAUCAUCUCAUCUGAGUUUCUUUUCUUUUUUCCCUCAUUCUCUUGCAGCAAUUUAGAGACGGAGAAGUUCUGCGGUAAGUAGGCCAUUUACUUCCUUGCUAUGAAAAAUGUACUUCUAGGCAUGUUAUUCAGUAAGUGCCCACAAAGCAUGUGGCUUUUGCUCCUCUGUUGAAGUUUAUUCCCCCCCCCCCAAAGAUGGGGCACUAGACAAAAAGGAGGUUUCCUGGUGAUAGAAUACUCCGUACUUCAGGGAAGAGAAGAGAUACUUUGGGGGAGAGAUGUAGCUCAGCAGUGGAGCAUCUUCCUUGCAUGAUGAGGGACCCGGGUUCAAUCCACAGCAUCUCCAGAUAUACCUGAGAGACAGCUUGCCUGAAUGUGUGGGAAGCUGCUGCCAGUCCGUGUAGACAAUACUGAGCUAGAUGGAACCAUAGUCUGACUCAGUAGAAGGCAGCUUCCUGUGUUCCUAUGUACUCUAUGAUACUACUGGCCACUCCCCCCAGCGAUGACAACACAGAUGUAAAUAUUAGUAGAGGCAACAUUUCUUUGAAAAGCAGGCAUGGGACAAAACUGGCAUGCCAUUUUGAAAUCUUCACAAGCUGUUUCUCCUACUGCAGAGUAUUUCUCGGACUACCUUGGAGAAUACAGACAUGUGCUGUCUGCCUUGGAGCAACUCAACACUGCUGUCCUGUCAGCCAUGGAUAAAACCAAACUGGUAGGUGUGCAUUCAUUCUGAUAUGGGCAUGAAUGGAGCCAGUAAUAUAUGUUUUGACACUGACAGCUUUAAUUAGCCUUCAAUCACUCUUUGCAUCCAACUCUUUAUAAUGGAACAUUAGUUCAUAUGUGAAUAUCCCAGGAUCAAUAAAUAGGCAUCCAGUCAAUGAGGCACAUAGUGCAAUUGUAUUCCUAUGUGUAUGGUUCUCAAUGUUCUCAAGAAAAAAGCUGAAGUUUGUAUUUCAUAAACAAAAAUAUAGAUAUAAUGAAUUCAUUUUAUUUUUCUCCAAACUGGAAUAAGGCGUUUAGAGACAGUCCACUUGGGUCACUGUUCUUUCCAGUGCCUCUAAUGUCCGAGGGCUUGUGAAUCACUUUGCCUCAUAUCCAGUAGAAAAAACUUUCUAGGCUUGAUAGAGUGUUUGUGAAUAGAGUUGCCAGUUUACAACCCGAACUUUUUCUACACACCUUUAAAAGUUCCGCAUCUGUAGUUGCAAUCCUAAACACACUUACUAGGGCAUAAGUUCCACUGAAUAAAGUGGGACUUGCAUCUGAUAUAUAUAGGAAUGCACUGUAGGAGAACAGGUGCAGUCAUACCUUCUCCUGCUCUGUUCCUCCAUCAUUCCUGUGUCUCACCCACUCCCACUCCCAAUUUUGCUUUGCAGCAUGGGGGGGUGGUGAGCUCAGCGGAGGAACAGGUCAGUUUGGGUUCUAUCAUUUCCAGCAGAACUUGGAAUGUUCUCAAAGGUAUGAGUGCAACAUGUCUAAAGGGCAUCGUUUGUGGAACCUCCAGGGCUCCAAGUUCCCUUUUCGGGUGUUGACAAUGUUAGGAAAGUUCAGACACUGAUGUUGUUGUCCAUCAUUUUGAAACUCUGAUUCCAUCCUAUUUUCUAGCUAAUUAAGAUGACAUGUUAUGCCUGUUGUUUAUUAUUAUUUGUAAAUAUAUUUACAUUUACAUUUGCUUACAUCUAUUUGCAACAUUAUAUCAUACUUAUUGUGUCCACUCUAGUUAUUUCAUUAGUUUUAUAUUGAUUCCAGUACAGAAUAAAUGGUGUCCAAUUCUCUUGAAUCUUCUUGUUUUCAUCAUCACCAAUAUAUUUCAUGUCUUCUUUAGCCAUUGUUGGGUUGUAUCAAACUUAGUUUUAGUCACAGUAAACCUACUGAAAUUAGUGGACCUAAGCUAGUCAUGUUCAUUAAUUUCAUUAGGUCUACUCUGAGACCCAGUUGCAACAUUGUCAACAUCUGUGAUACCAAGACAUCAGAUCUUUUCUCAUCCUAUGUUUCACGUACCCUUGAAGCAUUGUAACUGGGUUCAUUUGUUUGUGACAUCUCAGUAUUUAUAUGAUAGUAUCACUAAUUUCCCCCCAGUGAUUGAUAUUAUUAUGAAUAACAAUUUUGAUUGUUCUCAGCAAUGAAUUCAGAAGUUGUUGCCUCCUAGGAAAUGGCUGUAGUCAGACUCCACAAAUCCAAAGUGAUUUGCUGAAAAAAAAGUCACUAAUUCCAUAAGGAUAAAAAAAAUUGUUUGAGUUGAGAAUCUGUUUUUCAGGGAUAAUCUGUGAGUGCAAGAUGGGCAUCUAUUUAACUGAAUAUGCUCCUAGCUGAGAAUUAAUCACUGAGCUUAACUGUACAGCAUUUGCUUCAUUUUGCAAGCUCCAUUUCUGUAGCUAAAAGGCAGAAAGUCUUACCAAAACCUAACACUGUGAACCCUCUUAAAACCUUCUGCCAGAGUAUUAUGUUUGCAGUUGAGUGCCUUCCAUGUUAAACCCGAUGUGUGUGAGAAAAUCUUAGAGAAUAAUGAACGAGAAAACUUCCUGGGAAUAGUUUUGUUUUUUCCUCCUUAAAUGUGCAAAACAAUUUCAUUUUUGUGCCUAAAUGCUUUCUCUCAUUUAGGAUGAGGGGAAAUCACAGGGACUUGGCCUUUCAGGUGAAAUGUCAGGUGCACCUAUGCCUAUGCAUGCAUGUGAAAAUAUUUCUGGGUCUUUCAAGGUCAAUAUUUAAUGGUUGAAGAAGAUUCAUAUGGUACUCCUUACCCUCAAGCAUUAUGUCAGCUGUAAAAAAAAAGAAAAGAAAAAGACUGUGAUUGGGUGUGCACACACCUGUUUACUCUGCAUCCAGUGUGCUGCCAUCAUGGGUUUACCAAGAAGUGUACACAAGACAUUAGCCACAAUCCAUAUCUACCCUGAAAUAAUGUGCAUUGAUGCAUUAUUUUUUUCAAACCAGCUUUGCUCUGAAUUGUGAUAAUGAACAAAAUAACUGUGUUUCAAGUCAGUAAUGUCAACAGAGCCUGAAACAGCAAAUAAUUUUUACCAUUUCUUUUUUUUCUGGGUGAAAAUGAGGUUUUAAGUAGACCUGAAAUAUUUCCUAAAACUAGGGUGGAUUUAACUGAGGACCGUGUUCUUUGUGAAGGGCAGAGGUGUUGCCAACUGUUCUUUUCCUCACAGGGCUUCUGCACUAUUGUUUGCAAUGCAGAAGUUCAGUUCAUUGGACUUUUCAUAUCACCUCAUCCCUAUUCUAGAACAACACUUUACCUGCUAAAUUUUUGCCUGUUAAAAGUCUGGGACGGAGAGAGGGAUUACAGGAAGAGAACUGGCAGAGUUGACCCUCCAGAGAGACUUUUUGGAGAAAAGAGGCUGGAAAAUUUCCUUCCAUGAUCUUCCUUCAGUUAACGUAUGAGCCACAUCAAUAUAUGUGCUUGGCUAUGCACUCUUUAAGGAGAUGGGUGUCAAAAAAAUUAAAUCAUCUCAGAAAAUUAAAAGAAAGUUCCUUAGUUGCUAUAAAAAAGCCCAAAUGUUUAGACCAGAAGGUUGCCAAUUAAAUGAAAGAUUCAAAACAGGGUUGCUGACUUUUCUUCUAGAAGAGGUUGUUUAACAGCAGGAUGACAGGCAAAAAUUCAACAGGUGCAGCCCUCCCAGUAUGGAGGUGCUAUAUCUGGGAAAGUAUUAAUAGGCUAAGCUAGCAUCAGCUUCUGCUUGCCUCAGCAGGAGCCUCAGUAGGCAGAGGAAGAGGAGAAAGCGCAUCUUAUUAUGCCAGGCUGUAUGGUUGCAAAGGUUGCUCAAUGUGAAAAGCUCCCAGUGCUGAUGGAGAAGGAAGGAGAGACAUUUGGAUCCUGGAAGGAUUCCAUCCUGGAGAGAAAAUGGCAGGGGCUCAACAAUGCAACAGCAGAUCAAUAAUGUAUGCUGCUAAAGGUCCCAAAUGGGGAGGCAUUAUAUUAGGCUUCCUUCUUCAGGUGGUCCUAGAGUCCUCUAAAGUGAUGCAUCUCAGAUGGAUUUUACCUGAGUUCCCUUCUAUUUGUCAAAAGGGAGUUAAUCCAAACCUUAUUUGAUAUCCUGUCCAUUCAAGGAAGGGCUCUAGCGCAGUGGGUGAGCACCUGCCUUGCACCCAGAAAGUCCCCUGUUCAGUCCCUGGUGUCACCAGGUACAGCUGGGAAAGCCUCACAGCCUGAAAUCUCAGAGAGCCACUGCCAGGCUGUGUAAACAAUACAGAGCUAGAUGGACUAUUGGUCUGGCUCUGUCCAUCCCAUUUCCCGUUCAAUGUCUCUCUCAGAGAUUUACAUUGUUCAAGUUUCUUCACACAUUGUUGCAGCCACUUAUGGAUUAUUCACUAUAGCGGGGCUUUAGAAGGGUACAUCACAUUUAGCCAGAGGGGAGUUGAGCCGUAGGGUAAGUUGCGUCUCACGCUGCUCAAGUGAUGUCAGAAGAACCCUGAGGAUAUGCUGCCUUGUUUGGAGAACCAUCAAGGCUACUCUGAACUUCCACACCUCUCAGGGAAGCUUGAACAAAACAAUGCUAAGACCUAACAGUUCUUUAUUGAUUUACAUGGGGCUGCUUGUCUUCCAGCAAUCCAUUAUGUAAUACAGUGCUGAGACAGCAUUGAUUGCUAAGCAGGAGGUUAUAUUUAUUACCAUGUUCCCAGGAUUUAGAGCAACCUGGUGACUUCUAGAUGUUUUGGACUACAACUCCCAUGAGUCCCUGCUAGCCAUCUGGUUGGCAAAGGCUGAUUUGGAACAAUACCAUCCAGACAAGCUUUGUUAGGGGGAAAUGGAAGGCCUAACUUGAUGUGAGCCAUGACUGGAUCUCCCAGUAUUUAUUAUUAUUAUUAUUAUUUUGGGAGGUCGAUCAAAACACCUAACAGAGUGUCUAAACUGGGAGACAGCCAUUUCUCUGAUCAAAAUGACAUGGAGCUAAUAACCUUGCUGGAGAUGGGAAAGAAAAGAUAUGAGGAACCUGUUUUUCCUUUUUCUUCUCCUGAGGGUGUUUUGAUUGGGGGAAACGGUGCAAGGAAAAGGGUUAGACCCCAAAGCAUCAGGACUCAAAUCUCAUCUGCCCACCCCUGUGUCUGCUUUUAAACUUUCAAAAAGUUAUUGGGAGAUCUGAAUUUCCAUUUGGCCCCAAACUGACUACUUGCAUGUUUAUUGAAUUUUUGCCCAAUCCAGCAAGUAGAGAUAAAUAAUUCUGUGCCAAUCACCCUUCCCAAAGACUUGAACAAAUGAAUGUUGUAUUUAGCUGUUGGUGAAAAUAUGCCAGUACAGGGAAGAGACACAAUCCCAUGAGGAGAAUCUUCCACAAUUGGAGGGGGAGGGGUGCUACCACAUAGAAGGCCCUGAAGCCAUGUACAACUAAAUCUCCAUGGCAGGACAAAAAAAAAAAUUCACACAUGAAAAUGGUUCUUAGUGUCUUCUCUUUGGGGUCUUCAACAUUUAACAAUCCUUUGUCUCUGCUCUCAUGAUUACAGUUCUUCUCCAUAGGAACUGAAAGCAUUCAAACUUAAUAAUACAAGUAGUAUCACUGGAUUCUAUUUUGGACACAAAUGUAUUGGAGAGAUCAUUCAAAGUGCUCAGCAGGAGGGGAGCAUGAUAGAUUUCUGCUGUUUCCUGUGAUUCAAUUCCCCUAUAGUAAUAGGCAUGGCCCAAAGGUCACAUCUAAGCAGGGAGCCUGGUAUUUGAAUGGGGUACCCACUUCUCUGACUUGAUUAAGGCAUAUGUGCACAAAGUGGGCCUAUCUCUAAUCUGACUUUAUGACAACAGACGUUUUGGAUAGACUUGAAAAUAGAAGUGGGGCUGAGAGACAGAAAUGACUGCAGACUAAUAAGGUAGAAAAGCUGAAGUGUAAUAGGACCAAACUAGAUGGAAUGGGCACUGAAGCCUGCUUCUUUUCAGUUGCCCAACCCAUUCACAUAUAAAAUAGAUGACAGCCAGUCAUCCUGGGCUUGGGGCCUGCUGGGGAAAUGGUAGCAAUUGGGCGAGCAAGGCAAAUCAGGACCAUGGUCAGUUCCCAGUGGGCCCUGGUGGCUGAGCUUUGGAAGAAGACAAUUGGGGUGACGCUGGGACCCAGAUGUAAAUGACAUGAUACUUUUUGAAAUAGGAAAAGGAAGCUAUGUUCUGCAAGCAGAAUUCUUUGUGUGAAAUAUCACAUUCAUUAUAUAAUUUCUGGAGAAUGCUGAAGGAAGACACACCUCCAUGCCCUUGCUUUUGACACUUGAGGUACACACACACACACACACACACGUAUGUAUGUAUGUAUGUAUGUCCCACUUUAUUUCUGUGAUUCUAAGUUCGUUUAAAGUGUUUUUUGAUAUUGUGUUUUAAUGUGGCAACCCGCCCUGGGACCUUAGGGUGAAGGGCAGGUAAUGAAUAAAUAAUAACAAGUGCUAAUCACACCAAGUAUAAUUUUUAUUUAUUUAUUUUGUUAGUUACCUAACACAGCAGACUGUCUCUAGGUGCCUUGCAGUUAUGUUUGGUCCUCAGCUAUCAAGUUAGGACGUCUUGUGACAGACAGAUACCGUUUUUUUAAAGAGCCCUCUUUCUUGCAGCUGAUGGGAAAGACCAUGAUUCUGCAAUGCAAUCUUCAUACAAAUAUAAAUCUAGUAGUUACAUAUAUAAGGAGAUUAAUAUAAUAAUAUAAUAUAAUAUAAUAUAAUAUAAUAAUAUAAUAUAAUAUAUAAUUUUGACUUUCUCUGCUAUUGCAGAAGAGCACUACAUUUAUGUUGCAUUUGAGUUAAUGGUUCACUGUUUGAUUUUGUUUUGCUUUCAUUUCUUCAUUUCUCUUAGAAAAUUGGCAACAGGUAUGAAGUUUUAAUGACCAGAUAAGUAGAAUGCAUAAUGUGUAAAGUUGGUCAUGUUGUAAUGAAUGAUACUUCUUUUUCUCUCAAUUUGAUUAUAGAAAUGAUGGGUAUCCGUGCAUUUUUCUCUUCUUGUAUUUCCAUUUCCAUUUGCUAAAGAAAAACCUGUUUCCAUAGAGAGUUUAGGUGCACAAUCAGACCUCCAUUUAUUUAACUCCCAUUGAUUUCAAGGAGAAAGAGCUGAGAGCAGAAAUCAAUAUGACACAAAGCACCGAAUUUUGGCUGGAUACAAAAUACAAUUGCAUUUGGAAAGCCACUGUGCUCUUGCUGUUUUCUCUCUUCCCCAUUAUGCUUUUGCCUUAUCUUAGUCGAAGCAUUUUCUUUGCCUACUUGAAUUUCUCAUGCACAUAAGCUGCCCCAUGCUCUUGAUAGUCUUCUUUGUUCAUCCAAAAGCCAUUGAAAGAGCUGAGUGAGGCCACCAAAGAGCCCCCAAGCCAUGCUGCCUUGCCUCUUGCUGGGGAAGCCAGAAUUUUUAUAGGGUGCCCCCUGCCAUGAAGCAAGGCAUGCAGUUCCUUGCACAUCCUCUCUGGAAAGCCAGGAAACAAUGAGGAGCCUCCUGAUAAUACAACAUUAUGCAUGAGCUCUCCUUGAAACUCAGCUGGAAACUUCUGCAAACUUUGGAAAGCCAAGAUAUGAAGUCCCGGGGAGUUCUGGCUCAACAGAUGUGGCCUGAAGAGUGGCUCUGGGCAGCAAAUACGUUCUUUGUCUAACAUUAACAAGUGCCCAUCAGGGAUCUGAACGCUCACAGGGUCCUGGCAAGCCUUGCCUUGAAGAUCCCUUUCAUAGUCCAUGGACACAUAGCAGUACUGCUUUGUAAGCCGGGCCACCAUCUUUUUAUCCAAGGACCCAAGAAGCUGUGGGUCAUUGGAACUCUCCAGCAGCAGGGCAUGCAUGUGCUUGCAGAGAGCCCUCCCAGCCACGUCUAGUCGGUAGGUGCCUUCCAUCCAGGUUUGCCCAGAGUAGAUCGGAGUGACAUGAGAAACUCCUGCCCCUGCCUCCACAGCCAGUCCAGUGACUCUACCACAGGCGCAGAGGGAGAGGAAUCCUGUGUUGGCCACAUGUAAAGCUGGGACACCAAAGCUCUCAAAAAACACCUCUGCCAUCUUCUCUCUGUUUGUAGUAGGGCAGGAGGGAGAGUCAGUCAUCAGCGUAGGAUGGUCCUCAACAGGCACUCUCAAUCCACAGUAGAAGAGAUGGCUCCACAGAUUCUCCAUAGCCUCCCAGUCCACUAUGAUGCCAUGCCUAACUGGAUGGUCUGAGGAUCUUCUGGAGCUGCCUUUGGCAUGGACACUACAGGAAAUAGAUAGAUGUUUGUCCUGAGUCAUCCCCGGAUCAGUGGGAGGCAAGUAUGUUGUCUUCAUGGAAAUCCUUGGCCUUUCCUCUCCUGCAAAGCCUGAUCGACUGAAGGCACUGCCAUUGUCUACCACAAUCGCAACUUCCCCCAUAGUGUUGCACCUUUCCUCAUGCCCUUUUCUGACUUUGUGGAAGUGGAAUUGCGUUAGCAGAAUUGGAGAGGGAUAAAAGCUCUUGUCACCCUGCCAAAAAACCAAAGCAUAAGUAAAGAAGGAAUGAGGCUGUGAAUUCCCUUGGUAGUCAACUGCUGAAGUGAAAGUAGGAUUCCUGUUGAGCAUCAGAGUCAGGAUAUCUAAGCAAUCUCACAACACAAUUGUUGCUUACAGGAGUAAGUCCCUUUGGGAUCCCUUUUGGUUGCAGCACUGCAGUCCAUAGCGAUCAGAUAAAACAUGGUGCUGCAAUACACCAAGGUUUUGUGUUUCUUCAUAGACUCAAAAUAAAUAACAAGUAAGACAGUAAGGACUGACACGAUCCGAGAACAGGAAGAAGAGACGUGGGAUGAAGAUUGGAAAAAAUUUAUAAAUAAAAACUUUCUAUUUAGGGAACUAGCUUAAAAUGAAUGAAUAUUAGGGAAAAUGUUGGAAUGAAACUAUAUGACUCUAGCAAAAAUGAUAUCAGGAGUUAUGUAUAUUUGAAAACUAAGAUUUAAGCUUUAAGGUAUUUUAGGGUAAGAUAAGGUUAAAUAAACUAAAGUAAUUUGAAUAACAGAAUAUGGGGAAAGAUGGAAAGGAUUUGUUGAGCUAAUUAUUAGGUUAAAUUUUUAAGAUAAAUUUUGUAACAAAAAUUGAGGAAGAUGGAAAGAAUUUGCUGAAAUAACUAAUUGAACUAGAAUGCAAGAAGGGAGGUGUGAGGAGGUCAAUGAAACAAGCAAAUGGAAGUUAUAGAUAUGUAAUUUGGGAUUUGUGUUUUUUUUCCUUUUUUUGUUUUCCUUUUUCCUUUGUAUUUUUUUUGCUGUACUGUUGUAUUGUUGUACUGUUUUUUUCCUCUCUUUUUUAGGUAUUAUUGUGCUGUUUUUAUUUUUUCAUUAUCUUCUAUAAUUCUGAAACUACUAAUAAAUAUUAUUUAAAAAAACAAAAACAAAAUAAAUAACAAGUGACAUGACCAUCGUGACCGCUACUGGUGUAUUGCUGUUUUUGUUAGCACCCUGAACCCUUAAUACUGCAUAGACAAGACUGAACAGAUGUCAAGGACUUACAUAGUGCUGAUAUGUGCACUCAGUAGUAGAAACACAACCUGGUUUGCAUGUGACACUAAGCCAUGGUUUAUAAACCCUGAUUUAACUUAAGCACAGUUAAGCCUGAUUGUCCAUACCUGCACCUCAGCUUAACUUUGGUUUAUGUAUUAACCAAGGUUUGCAGCUGGUUUGUAAACCUUGGUUUAUGUUAACCAUGGCUUAGCUUAACAUGGGAUGCAUUCCAAAGGACAUGGUAUCGUGUCUACUUCAGAAUUCAUGGUUUAUUACAGAUCCCCAAGUGUGCUUACAUAGGAAAGUGUUGUGGAAAUAAAGACAUUGUUAUUAUAAGACACUGAGAUAAAGCCUGUUGCCUGUUCAUUGAAUAUUCAUCCUGAUAUGUUUGCAUGGAGGUUAAAUGUCACUAGCAACUAGUGGCUAUUAUCCCAUGUUUUCCAUUGCACUUUUUUUGUUUUGUUUUUUGGACAUUAUGGCUGUUAGAAAGGUGAUGGGGGAAAAGUGCUAGAAUGUACAGGAUAAGAAACAUUUUUUGUGGAUGAACAGCCCUACGAAAAGGCAUAGCAGACACAUGUGUGCAGUUUGUAGCUGCCCAGUAUGCAUUUCAUGCUUCCCACAGGUCUCACAUCCUGAUAUUCCCACUUAGAUAGUAGGUACCAGCACUUUUCUUGGUUGCACUUAUGGUGCAUCUCCAUUGGUUUUGCAUGGAAAGUGGGUGCCUUCUUGGCAGGGGCGCCAACUUGCCCCACACAUUGAGGGGGUGUGGUCAUGUGACACUGCCCAGCAUGUGCUGGGUGGGGGUGGGACUUUCAGAGGACAAUCUUUGUGCUUGCUAGUUCCAGCCUAUGCCUGGCUCCUGGGCUGUCAGGCGGAGGCUGGGGCGAGCGAAGGCAAAGAUUGCCCUCGCUUGUCCCAGCCCCCACCUGGCUCCUGGGUUCCUGGGCUGCCAGGCAGAGACUGGGGUGCACAGGGGGUGGCAGGGGGUGAUGGCCCCCUCAAUAUUGGAGGAUGCAUCUCCCUGCCCCCAAAAUAUUUGGGGAGCUGGAGCCCCUUGCAUCCCAUAAACCCAGCUUCCUUGCUUCUUGGGAGUUUUAUUUAUUUAAAAUAGCUAUAACUUGCCCUUUAUCCUAAGAUCUCAUGGCAGGGAACAUACAUAAAACACCAUCCAUUUACCAAAAUAAUGAAGAUAAAAUAAACUAGAAUGUCCUCAUGUAGUGCAACAGCGGACGAUCAAUAAUAACCCUUCCUGACAUUGACCAUUGUUGGUUAGCAGAAUCAAUUUCAUACCUUGUCAUAUGUCUCCUCCUGUUUACCUUAGACUCAUCUGAGGAGCCUCUGGAUAUUAGAAAACUUUGGCACGACAAUGGGGAGGUCCUGAAUGAGAUGGCCAAAGAAGGGAAAUGCUCAGCUUUGAUGGGAAUUCUUAGAACCUGCUGUGGUUUCUCUUCCUAACAUGGAUUUCCUUCUCUUGUGACUUCAUUGGGUUCUGUUAUGUGUAGUUCCAUGGCAAUGCAGCAGUGGGUGAUCUGUGGCCCUCCAGGCGUUGCUGAGCCCCAGCUCCCAUUAUGCCCAGGCAACAUUGCCCCACUGAAAAGUUUUUGAAGGGAGUGGGCUCUGCAUUGGUGUCAAAUCCCAGUAGCAUUGGCUAUGUUUAUUCAUUCGGAUUGUACCCCUCCUUUUCUUCACAAAGCUCAGAGCAAUGUUCGUGAGGUUUCCAGGUGGUCUCUCAUCCAGAGCCAAAUCUGCUUAGCUUCAUUUCUGAAACAUCUUCAUGACCUCUCAGACCAUUAAAAUAAACAAAAACUCCACAUGAUUAAAAAUAAGUAUAAAGCCAAUAAAUCCCAGCAGAAUACCAUAAAAUGAAAAUCAGUUAUAAAAAAUGGGGAAAUAACUGGGCAAUUUUACUAUUAUUGAUUUUAAAGUCUCUGUCAGGAGCUAAAAUACACCCUUCCGCAAGGAGGGCAUUCCAUAGACUGGGCUCUGCAAUUGAAAAGGGCCCUAUUCUAUUUACCACCCAUCUAACCUCAAAGGGCAAAGGGACCUAUAGUAGAGCCUUGAAAGAAGGAAGCAUGGAGGAUAUUUAUGUUUUGUGAAGAUUACAGGCUUCUUACACAUGACAUUUUUGCAUAUGUUGUUAUUCAGCGACAUACCUGUCACAACAAUGUGUUUUAUUUUCUGCACUUAUCAUUUUGAAAUGAUUUCCUUUUUAAAAGAACCACAUAGACAAUAUAAGAAUGUAAGAAGAGCCUGCUGGCUCAGGCCAAUGGCCUGUUUAGUUCCAUAUGCUGGUCUUACAGUGGCCAACCAGAUGCCUUUGGGAUCCCUACAAGCAGGACAUAAAUGAAGUAGCCCUCUCUUGCUCCUUGCUCCUGCCAGCUCCGGCAAAUGGCAUAUGGUGGCUUGCCACCUACAGUAGCAAAGGUGCUGUAAUGUGUAUGGGUUGCUCGUGCGUAAGUUGCCGCCUCUCCAGGCUUUGUUGCCUUGCUAAACCUUUCAGUCUGGGCAGCCCUUCACUUCGUGGCUGCCUCAGUCGCUAGCAGAAUCCGUCAGUGGGCGUUUCUUAAAUCUUUUCCAACAUAAAAGUUGUUUGACACCCAGUCUCCUCCUACUCUCUCUGCGCGGAAGUCUUCUGCGCAGGGUGGGCGUGGGUAGCGGGGGACCCGUGCUCUCCCUGCUGGUGUCCGGUGAAGAGUCCUGGAGCCCUCUCGCCGAUUCCCCCAUCAGCCCCUCUUUAUCCCUGGUGUUGCGCUGAUUUGCUUCCCCAUCUGCGGAGCUGCCUCUCUCCCUGCUGGGCCCUUCUCCAGCAUCAUUUGAGAGCCUUCCCUCCGCUUCUAGCUCCGAUGUCAGUUCCCUGACAUCCACCUCCCCCCCAGGACCCCCUCCACCCCCGGCCCGACCUGUUGACCCAACUUCAUCCCUUUCUUCGGCCGACGAUGCGGGGAACCCCCGGAAGGAGCUGUCGCCAUCCUCUGAGGAUUCAAAACCCGCUUCCCACCCGCUCUGAUCCCUUCCCGCGGGGUGGGCCUCCCAGUCUGAUUCUUCGUCCUCUGAAGCCUCUUUUCCCUCCCCUUCGGAGACUGAAAAACCCACAAAAUCCUCUUCAUCGUCUGUGGUUCCAAAUUGCUCCUCCCAGAAUCUCGCUAGUGGUUUGGGUUUGUCUGGGAACAGGUGGUGGAAUUCCUCCACCAGAUACCCGUCAGUGAUUGCCUCCGCGGGAACCCACGUGUUUUCCGACCCGGGUUCUCCCUCCCAAGCCACCAAGUACUCCACCUGGCACCCUCGCCACCUUGAAUCAAGUAUUUCCGUGGCCAAGUUGUGGUGCUCCCUCUCUUCUACCUGCGGGUGUGUGGUGACUUCUCCCUCUCGCCCCGGGAACCCCCUUCCUUCCCUGUACGGUGAGAGUAGGGACCUAUGGAACACCGGGUGUAUCUUCAUGCUGUCUGGCAAUUUGAGCUUGAAUGCCACGGGGUUCACCUGCUGUGUUACCUCAAACGGUCCCAACCGCCUGGGUUGCAACUUCUUGCACCCCCCCCCUUAAAAGGUAACCCUUGGGUUGACAAUCACACCCGAUCUCCCACCCGUAUGGUCUCCCCUUCCCUACGGCGCUUGUCUGCCUGCCUCUUGUAAAUUUCCUUGGCCCGCUCCAAGUUCAUCUUGAGUUGCUGGUGCAGGGCUUCCAUUUCUUCCACAAACUGCUCUGCUGCCGGUACACUCCAACCUUCCUCCCCACUCCCCGGGAAGGCCCUGGGGUGACACCCAUAAUUGGCCAUGAACGGGCUCAUUCCCGUUGACACAUGUUCAGCGUUAUUGUACGCAAAUUCAGCCAGCGCUAGUUUUUCUACCCAAUCGUUCUGCCUCUCGCUGACGUAGCAGCGUAGGUAUUACUGGAGAAUACUGUUCGCUCUUUCUGCUUGCCCGUUGGUUUCCGGGUGUCUCACCGUUGAGAAGCCCACUUCGACCUGCAGCAAGCUCAUGAGCUUCCUCCAGAAACGGGAAGUAAAUUGUUUCCCGCUGUCGGAGAUGACCCUCGAAGGAGCCCCAUGCAACCGGAAGAUGUGAUCUACAAACAACCUGGCUGUUUCCUCUGCCGUGACCGCAUGUGAGCAAGCUAUAAAAUGGCACAUUUUUGUUAGUAGAUCGACCACUACCAUGACUGCUGUCUUCCCCCGGGACUUGGGCAAAUCGGUCAUAAAAUCAAUGGAUACCACCUCCCAAGGUUUCCCCGGCGUGGGUAAGGGUUCCAGUAAUCCUGCGGGGACAGCCCGCUCCCCCUUUGCCCUUUGGCAGCGGUCGCAACCCCGUACAUAUUCCCGUACAUCCUCCCUCACCCUUGGCCACCAGAACUGCCUGGUGACGAGCAUCAUGGUUUUGUGCUGUCCAAAGUGCCCCGAUGUGGGGUUGUCGUGGAGUUGUUUGAGUACCUUUCCCCGUAGGGUCUCCCCGGUACAUACAGCGCCCCCUUAUAGUACAGCACCCCUUCCUUCUCCUCAAACCCUCCUUGGGUUUCUCUUCCGUCUCGGAGUUCCCGGAUUUUAGUUUGUGCGAACACGUCGUUUCUAGUAAGUCCAGCCAGUUCUCGUUGCCCCACCAAGGUUCCCCCCCACACCCAUCGGUCCUCGGGGAUCACGUGUCGUAUCUCCGGUGGCCCCUCUCCUUCCAAGCACUCCGGUUUCCAGGAGAGAGCAUCUGCUCUCACGUUUUCCUCUCCUGGCACGUAUCGGAUUUCGAAGGAAAACUUGGAGAACUCCUGUGCCCAUCGAAUCUGUCUCUGGUUGAGCACUCGUUCGGUCCUCCAGUAUUCCAAGUUCUUGUGAUCUGUACAAACCUGGAUCUUGUGCUGCGCCCCUAUUAGUAGAUGUCGCCAUCGACGAAACGCCGCAUAGAUCGCAAGCAGUUCGCGGUCAUACACCGUAUAGUUUUGCUCCGACUUGUUCAGCUUUCUUGAGAAGAAGGCACACGGUCUCCAUUCCUGCUUGCUCCUCCCUGGCUGCAAAAGAACCGCCCCAAUGGCUCUGUCGGACACGUCGGUCUCUAGCCUCAUGGGUUUCUCCAGAUCCACGUGCAGGAGCUGCUCUUCCGAUGCGAACGCUUUCUUCAGUUUUUCAAAGGAUUGUUGGGCCUCCUCUGUCCAGGCGAACUUCCUCUUGCUACUGAGACAGUCUGUGAUGGGUGCUGUCAAGUGGGCGAAGUUCUUGAUGAACUUCCUGUAGAAGUUGCUGAACCCUAGGAAUCUCUGCAUGUCCUUCCGGGUUUGGGGAGUCUUCCACUCCAGCACUGCCUGCACCUUGCUUGGGUCCAUCGCUAAGCCUUUGUCUGACAACUUGUACCCCAAAAACUCGACUUCUCUGGCGUGAAACUGACAUUUCUCCAGCUUGACCCACAACUGGUGCUUCUGCAGUCUCUUCAGCACUUCCCUGACGUCUCUGACAUGUUGCUUCUCAUUGUCCGAAUAGAUUAAGACGUCGUCCAAGAAGGCUACGCAGUUCUUGUACAGCAGGGACCCCAACAUGUGGUGCAUGAAAGCUUGAAAACAGGCGGAGCCUGACUGUAAUCCAAAGGGCAUAACUAAGUACUCAAAGGCCCCCAAGGGGGGUGAACAUUGUGGUCUUCCAUUCGUCCCCUUCCCUCAUCCUAAUCAAAUUGUAGGCUCCCCUGAGGUCCAGCUUGGUAAAAAUCUUUCCCUGCCUCACCCGUGUUAAAAUGUCGUCAAUCCUGGGCAUUGGGAAGGUCACGGGUUCUGAUACCAAAUUUAACGCCCUGAAAUCUACGACCAAUCUGGGCUAGUUAGUCCCUUUUUUGUCCACAAACAACACCGGACUGCCCCCCACCGCCUUUGAUUCCCUUAUGAACCCCCUCUUCAGGUCCUUGUCAAUAAACUCCCGCAACUCCUUCAUCUCCCUGUCCGACAUGGCAUACAGUUUACCCACCGGUAGCUGCGCCCCAGGGAGCAAGUUGAUUUGGCAGUCAAAGGGCCUAUGUGGGGGUAGUCUAUCUGCCUCCUUCUCGCUGAAGACCUCCUUCAGGUCAGCAUAUUGUGGUGGCACCUCCCCUUUCGGCUCCACAGCUAUCCCAGCCACCCUGGCCACGGUCAUCCUUGGGGUUUCUCCCCCUAGACAGUGUUCCAAGCAGUAAGCGGACCCAAAGGUGACCGUUCUCUGAUGCCAUGCCACCACUGGAUCAUGUUGUGCUAGCCAGCUCAUUCCUAAUAUUAUUGGGGGCCCUGCCAGUGAGGCUACGUGAAAGGCGAUAGUCUCCGUGUGCCUGGAAACCCUCAUUCUCAUUGGUGGGGUCUGGUGCGUCACUUCCCCUCCCAGAAGCUCCCUGCCAUCAAUGGUGGUUACUUGCAAGGGGAAAUCCAGGGGCAGCAGGUGGAGCUGGUGCUCUAGGGCAAAGUCCUUGCUGAAGAAAUUGCAGGAACUGCCUGAAUCCAACAGCCCUUUCACCUUGACUGGGUGCCCAUUUGGGAGUUCUAGCACCACUUCUAUGGCUAUAGCCGCCCUCGGGGGGUCUGGUUUGGGCACUUCUAUUGGUUGCUGGCCUGGCUGCUGUGCCCGCUGAGUGGCAGCCAAGCUUUGGCGUUUCCCUGCUCCUUUACCAUCUCCUCCUCACCCCCUGCAGCUCCCACCAUCCCUUGCCAGGCCUUUCUUUGCGGGCAGACCCUGGCAAAAUGUCCUGGCCGCUGGCAGAGAAAACACUUCUUGGUGGUUUUCCCAUCCUUUCCCUCUCUCUUGCGACCUUCACUGGAGUUUGAAAUCUCCCGCGCGCGCCCCCCAUCUAUUUCCAUGGGCUCCGCCGGCGGGGAGGCUGCCUUGGUAUUUCAGGAAUGCGGUAGUCAUGGUAACGUUGCUCUCUCCCUUCCUGCUUCUCCUGGGCCCGCGCUUCCUGCCUUACACCAAUCGCAAGCACAGCCUUGGUCAGCUGAUCCAUCGACUGCGGGCGGGGUGCACUGGAGCUCGUCCUUCACCGUUGGGGACAACCCCUCCUCGAACAGCAUUUGAAUAGGUUCAGAGUCCAAAUCCCACCUGAGCCGGUAGACUAACAUGGCAAAGUGUGACCAGUAGUCUCUAACUGACUGGUUCCCCUGUUUGCUACCCAUCAGUUCCCGCCGAUUCACACUUUGCUGUACAUCACUGGAAUACAUCGCAUCCAUCGCCUGGAAGAAUUUCCUCAGGUCUUUCAAGGCGGCAUUCUGCGUUGCCAUUAGGGGCCUGAUCCAAUCUCUGGCCCCAUCCUGCAGAUGUCCGACAAUAUAGGCAACCCUUUCCCCAUCGUCUGCAAAAUCAUUCUGUUGCAGUUCCAAAGCGUACUCUAUUUCCGUUCGGAACGCACUGUAGUCCUGGGGUUUCCCUCCAAACUUGUGUACCAGUCCCGGUACCUUCCUUGCUACGGGGAUGGGUCUGACCUGAGCAUCCUGAGACCGCCUUUCGUCCAGCCGCGUCGUCAGCAGAGCCACAUGCUGUUCCAAAUCUCGGUUCCUCUCCACCAGAUUUUGCCCUCCAGCUGCUCCCUCCGUGGCGCCAGCUUCUCCGGUUUUGCGCAUGAUGCUGCCUGCCAGUCGCUGUGCACGAGCGAUGUCAGGGACUGACGGAUUGCUGUCAUGUGUAUGGGUUGCUCGUGCGUAAGUUGCCGCCUCUCCAGGCUUUGUUGCCUUGCUAAACCUUUCAGUCUGGGCAGCCCUUCACUUCGUGGCUGCCUCAGUCGCUAGCAGAAUCCGUCAGUGGGCGUUUCUUAAAUCUUUUCCAACAUAAAAGUUGCUUGACACCCAGUCUCCUCCUACUCUCUCUGCGCGGAAGUCUUCUGCGCAGGGUGGGCGUGGGUAGCGGGGGACCCGUGCUCUCCCUGCUGGUGUCCGGUGAAGAGUCCUGGAGCCCUCUCGCCGAUUCCCCCAUCAGCCCCUCUUUAUCCCUGGUGUUGCGCUGAUUUGCUUCCCCAUCUGCGGAGCUGCCUCUCUCCUUGCUGGGCCCUUCUCCAGCAUCAUUUGAGAGCCUUCCCUCCGCUUCUAGCUCCGAUGUCAGUUCCCUGACAGGUAAUAUGUAACAAUAAUGAAUAGCAGCCACUGAUAGCCUUAUCCACCAUGAAUUUGUCAAAUACCCUUUUAGUUUCUUCAUAUAGGAAAAAUGUGUGAUGAUUUGCAAGACCAUAAGGACUGCCUAGAUGGACAAAGGGUCCACCUAGUCCCCAACAAAGGCCAGCGAGAUGCUUUGGGAAGUUUUCUGGGUAGCAACCAUAAAUUGGUGGUACAGCAAGUGACUAUUGUGCAUAAGGCUCCAUCCCUAGCAUCUCCAGUUAAAGCCAUCAAAUAGCAGAUGAUGGGAAAGACCUCUUCUGCCUGAAACCCUGGAGAGCCACCAUCAGUCAGUAGAUGGUACUAGACUAGAAUGUCAAAUAGUCUGACCUGCUAUAUGGCAAAUUCUGUAUUUCAAGCCCAUAGGCCAGACAUAUUAUAACAGGGGCACCCUGUUGUUUGUCAACAGCAUCCAGAAAAUCAAAUAUAUCCCGCCUCUAACCUUGGAAGUUCUGUUUGACCUAUUAUGGCUAAUAUCCAGUAACGUAAGAAUUCCCAAACUAUAAAAGCCUAUGGAAAUGUGAAUUGAUGGUAUCUGAGCUGAGUAUGGAAGUGGUUUUGGAGCACCGUGCCCGUGUAGUCCCAAGCUACAUACCAAUUUUUUCCAGAAUACAUCGUUAUUUCUCAAAGAAUACUGUAAUGAGUUGACUGGCCCUUCAGAGGAUGAGAGGGAGGCCUGUUCUUAAAGUGCCUGCUAGGACUGGAGCUGAGAAACUCUUAAUCUUUGACGUCCUUGCAGGUACUCUGUAAACAGGUAUAUGAUUCUCCCUCCAAAACACCCAAUAAAGCCACAGGGUGUGUGUGGAAAUGCCUUUCCACUUGCCACUGAAUUCUCCUCAAUUGUUCUGCUGUUUUCAGGCUUUGGAACCCACAACAACCUGAUUCCCUCAUGAGGCACCAACAUGAAGACACCCAAAGGAAGCAAAAUGCUCAUAGCUUAUAGUUAAGCGUGGGAGGUGAAUCAGGGCCUCUCCCUAUUACACAGCACAUUCCACAAUGUUACAACUGUUAGUUCCCAAUCAGCAAUUGCUGGUGCAACAUCUUACAGCUACUUCUCUUCUGGAUUUUUUGGAUGGUGUCUGCUGGGUUUUCUAGGAGGACCAUACCUGUUUCCUAGCUGACAGCCUCAAGGAACCUGUUUAGCUUGCCUCUUACAAAGAUGGGCUUGAUUGCCUGAAUGAUUCUAGCAUGCUCGUGCAUUAAUAUUGUACAAUGAUAAAUAUCCAACCCGGGAACAGAACCUGUGUCCCUCCAGUUGUUGCUGGACUAUAACUCUCAUCAUCCCUGACCAUUUGCCAUGCUGGCGACGCUGGCUGGGGCUGAUGGUAGUCAGAAUACAACAUCUGGAAAACCCAAGGCUCCUCAUCUCUGCCUUAACCCGUUAAGUCUUACUUUAACCUCACAUUGCCCUUGUGAUCGGCACGAUAGCAGCACGUGAGAACAGACCCUUGUUCUCGCCCCACUUUCAAGCACACACUAAAGGUGACCAGCCUUUUUGAGAUGCUCAGGUUGGUUUAUUGCCUUCCUGUGUCCUGGAGGUUUUUGUUUCCGUACCCUUGAUCUGGCAAUGUCUGCUGAUCACAGUCCAGGUGGUCCUCUCACGCCUACUGGAUGUAUGGUGUACCAAUUCUUGAUUUUAUUUUUGGCAACCGUGGAGUCUCCUUCUGCGUUGACCCCUGUCUUUUCAGCCUCAACCAAGAAAAACAUUGUGAGAAUCCUCCGCAGUUGGUGGUCUCCAUCUCCUCCUCCUCGUCGGGCUGCUGAAGGAAACGGCAAUGAGGGGCUGCUGGGACUGUCUCCACGGUAGCCCCUUGGCUCUUGCCGGCCACAAAAAUUUACCCUGCUCCCCAGGGGGAGAGUGAAGAGGGGGAGGACUUUGGAGCCAUGAGACAACUUUCCAAGAGGAGGAAGCAGCACUACCUUGACCUGUAAGCAAAACAGAAUCUUCCUAAUAAAAUGAAACUUUCCUCCCUCAAGCACAAGAAUUCUCCCUGAUCCAUUUCUGCAGCCUGAGUCAAGCACUUGAUUGGACCUCAUAGUCUCAGCUAUUGCCUCCUGACAGAUAUUUAAACACUGUUGGCUUCCUCUCAUGUGAUUCUUGCAGUGGCUACCUUUGAACAGAAGAGUCUCUGGGUGCUGCAGCUGACCCAGAAUGCAACAACAAGGUUGUUAGUGGGCACCAGAGGGACUGUGUUUGAUCUAUCCUGCAGCAUCCUCACUGAGUGCUUUUUUGUUUCCUGGCACAAUUUAAAGUGUUGGCGAUCAACUUUAAAGCCCUAAAUGUCCAAUGUACCUAUGGGAUUGCCACCCAUGGGAAACAGAUGGACGGGGCAUAAAUUAUCAUCUUCUUCUUCUUUCCGUAUCAACCUGCCCUUCUCUGGAGGUGGAGGCACAGUUGAUGACAGCAAGAGAUUGGGCCUUCUAAGUGACUACAGCAAUAUCGCACCUUGUUCUGUGAAUUGUGAUUUGCUAGCUAGCUGGUAAAGACAUUUUAUUCUGGCACAUUUUUGCCUGCUAAGUACUAUGAAGGUCAUUUUUACCUGUUAACACUGCCAUUGUUUUUUAAACAGAUCUUUAAUGUUGCAAUAUAUAUAGUGAUUUUAAAGUUGACUUGUUCCAGAAAUCGCUUCUGUGCAUGCCCAGACACUGAAAAUUGCUUCUGCACAGGCACAAUUUCCGGCGUCUGGACAUGCGCAGAAGUGAUUUCCGGCCCAUGGAGGAUCUCCACGGGAGUGAUCUGGCCCAUGCCCGGUAAGCCUUGCCGACCCCUGCACUAGUGGAACUGAGGAAGCUUAGUCUCAGCUUUUUAUAGUGUUCCCUCUUAAGAUUGAUUGCAUUCAAAAUUUGGGAAAGAAGAGAGACUUGGAGUGAAAGAGGGAAUGUGGUGCUCCAUGAAGAAAUAGUUGCAGGAACAGCAAGGACAAAGCAGCAAAAGUGUGAAACUGCAAAACUAAAUAAAUUGUGUCAUUAGCAUCACAGGAAACGUGUGUGUGUGUGUGUGUGUGUGUGUCUGCGUGUGUGUUGUGCAGAAGAAUCUCUAGGUCUCACUAGCAGGAAAUCCCUGUAAUCUCUAUAACCCAGAGUUAGCUAACCUUCAUUAGGAGCAAAGAUAUGUUACCGUUCAUAUCAGGCCAUUGGCCUGAUCCAGCAGGCUCUUCUUAAUGUUCUUACAUUGUUAGCCACCUCCACAUCUUGUUCAAAUACACCAUUUAAUGAAAUGCUGUGUGAAGGAGGAUUUCCUUUUGUCUGUUGCAAAUCUCUCAUCCUUCAACUUCAUUGGUUGACCAUUACUUUGGAUGGUCAAUAGAUGUCUCUUCUCGAGAGCUGACUGAGAAGAAUUAGGUCCUUUCCACACUUGCCAUUUAUCAUAGCACUGUUGCUAUUUGAUCUGGCUUUUUUAAAGAGUUAAUUUGUAGCUUGAUUGCCUGCACUUUUGCUCAUACGUCACAGUUAUUAGAGAGUGACUUUGAGGUUUUGCUUUCCAAACUAAGGGUGAGUUGUGCCCUCAUGAGAAAAGUGCCACUGCUGUAGUUCUAUCCCUCAAGUACCCUUGUGUCCCUCAGCAAAUGUCAGAGUUAUGAGCGUGAGCACUGAGGUAGCCGUUUCACAGCUUUUAUCAUUUUUAUUUUAAUGCCUGUUGUGCUGGAAUAUUGUGGGAAGAUAGGAGAUUAGAAGAGGAUCUGCAUGUCUGCCUGAACUAUGGUGAACCUUGUUAAUGUGAUGGAAUUUUGUCUGCAGCUAAUAAUUGAAGUCAUGGGCAGUGCAUUGACUCAGUACCAUUGACUCCUUUCACCAUAUACAGGGUGAGUCCUUUAAAAGAGGCCCCAAGGAUACAGAGUACACAUGUUCCACGGGGCCUCUUUUAAAAGACUCACCCUGUAUAUCCCUCCUCUGAACAGAGCUUGCAUGCUGACAGCUCGCAGUGGUCAGAGGGAAGGAAAACAGGCGUCUCUCAACCCUCCCACACAAAAACUGAGACAAUGCUUACAGAAUGCCACACAAAUGCAAAUAUUGAUGAUCCAUUCCAGAUCUUUCACAAAAGUCAAUUUUUUUGUGGUACACAGGGGUGGGGGUAGUACAUCAUUUCAAAAUACUAGCUGAGUAAUAAUGAAGUUGCUCAGCAAUAUGCCAGAAAAGAAACCCUGAUGGAAAGAACAGUUAUGCCACCAUAAAUGAUAAGUGCAAAAAGGCACUCUCCUGAUAUCUGGAAAUCUCUCCAAUAUUUUUGAAGAUUACCAUCACCACUUAUAGAAUGUGACACCACCAACCUACAUGGAGGGGUAUGUGUGAAGGUCCACAGUUAUACAUUUGGGACCAGAAACAAGGCUGAUGUGAAGUCUGAAAAGCCUGAAAAGGUUUUUGAAAUGUCUUUCUUUGGUGCCGAAUGGACAGCAAAGUAGGCCCCGGGUGGCUUUUUCCGGGGAGAGCCUUCCACAGUUGGGAUGGCAGUGCUGAGAAUACUCACUCCCAGAUCUCUUAAGAUGGUGGUGACACUGUGGUCCCUGGGUCUAGUUCACGGGUAGCCAAGAUGAUGCUCUCCAAGUGUUGGUGAGCAAUUACUCCCAUCGGUCCCAGGUAACAUGGUCAAGGAUGAUGGGAAUUGUAGUCCUGUAAUAUCUGGAGGGCAACGCAUUCGCUACCGAUAGUCUUGGCAGCAUUAUCUCUGCAUGUAGAAAUAGCUUGGCAGGAGAGAAACUUUGUGUAGGGGGAGGAUGUGUAUUAUACCCAGUUGUACAAGGCUGCAGUUGUACAAAUAUUCUGGUGUUUUUGGGGGGUGAUGAUAUGGGGGAGCAACUAAUCGACUGGUACUUACAGUGGCCUUGUCUUUUUUCAAGCAGAUUAAAAUUCCCCUUUUGUCCUUGUCCUGGUCUGAAGACUUAUCACACUUAUUUUUCUUAAUUUUCCUGUGGGAGAUGUUAUUCCCCAUCAUGCCACCAGGGUAGUGGCUCUCCUCCUGGAGAAGCAGCUAUGAUAAUGUUGCUACCAGCCAGCCCUGUGGUUGGGAGUUUAACAUCAGGUGCUAUUGUGAUGUCAUCCAAGUUCAUAGGGCAAUCUUACAAUGGCUGAGAGAUAUACAGCUGAGCCCUUGCAGUCACCAGUGGCUGGGAUCUUUCUUCUUCUCUUGCCCUUCGUUCUCUGUCACUGAGCCACAACAACCAGGAAAAAGGAAUAUAUUUGAAUUGAGCAGACCACAUGGAGUUCUCCAGAUGUUAUUGAACUGCAACCCUAUCAACCUCCAUCAAGCAUGGCCAGUGAUAAGAGGUGAUAGGAAUUGUAGUCCAGUGUUUGGAGGGCACUGCAUUGAGUUCCUCUGGUUUAGAAGGUCUGUGUUGGGUCCUGCAUCAUUUCACAGUGUGCUGGUUUUGAUCCUGAAAGCCUUACACAACUUGGGAUCACCAUACCUAAACAACUUCCUGUCUCCACCUGAACCUCUCUGGACCCUGAGAUAAUCAUAUGCAGUCCUUUUCUGUGUGUGCCCUUUGAGAGUGAAUUGGAGGGUGGCAAGAAGAGAAUGGGAAUUCUCUGUAGCAUUCACCCCAUUUAUGGAAAGCUCUCUCGUAAGGAGCUCUGUGUGACACCAACCUUGUCAUUGUUUCAGUGACAGGCAAUGGCAUUUUUGUUUUCUCGGACAUUUGGGAGGCACGAAUGAUAACAGUAUUGUGCUGUUGAAUCUGUUUUUUGUUCUUUAUUUAGGUUUUUGUUGUAUUUUUUUUUUACUGGUUGUAAAUCACUUGAGUGGGAAGUGAUUUAUAAAUUGAAUAAACCUAACCUGAUGUGGCUAGAUCUGACCUAAUCACUGCAUUUUUCUUGCUUUUCGUCUUCUUUGUUGCUUUAUCUCCAUUUAUGAGGGAAAGGGUCUUCCAGAUGUGGUUGGCACCAAAAUGCCAGCCUCCAUUUCUCACCCAUUUAACCUGGAUGUACCCUUUCCAGCAAAAAUAGGAUAAGUUUCUUUUUUAAAAAAAAACCUGUUAACAAUCAUCCAACAUCUAAAUGAUCUCCUUGCAAUAUUAAGCCCCUGUCUAGAAACAUGCAAAGAGACAGAUUCUCCACCCCACUGCAUGAUUUUUUCUCUGAGAUAAUUCUGCAAAGCAGAGAUAGCUGGAAAGUAGAUUCAUCAUGUCUCCAUGAAAUGGAAUUUUGAAAGAAGAAGGAAUGCAGAAGAAAGGGGAAAUUAGCAUAUUUAUGAAGCGAAAAGGAACAUGAGGGGGAAGCUCCUGUGGCCAGAGGAUGUACACUGGAGUUUGCCUUUUGCUAAUCUGUGGUGUGCUGGCUCUUAAUGAAUCAAAAAUCCCUCUUCCUCCCUUUCAAUGGAAAUGGAAGUGCAUUGUUCAGAGCAGCAACCAGGCAGAUGCUGUCAGCUGAUGGAGUAUCUCACAGAAAUUGCACUGGGGUGAUGCUUACCUUGGUAAAAUGGCCCCUCACUUUUUUUUUCUAUCAGCUUAUUGUGUGCAGUUCUGGCAUCUUUCCUGUUCUUUAAUUUAUGAGCCCCAUUUUGGUAUCUAAUUAUUCAUUGCCUCCUUACGUUACUCGGUAAUUUAUCUCCUACACAGAAAUGGUUCUGUCUGCGUCGGCCUUCAUGAUGGCUCCUGUAAUAAAACUUCCCACCACCAGCGAACAGCUGAACUGGGGAUGGCAGACACAAACAGGACAAUGUUUUAGGAUUGGUUUCAGACAACAGUCUUGCUUUUGGUCAACCAAUCGAUUAUAGAAUUUUGUAGCACCUCAAUUAGGCAUAUAGUAUUUUAGGAAAUCUUCGCUACAUUGUUUGCUUCAUGAGGUGUGCUGACCUGUGCGCACCUCUUAAAUCUGGGCUUUGACACUUGAGAUGCAUAUUUUAGGACUCAGCUUAUUCUAAUGAUUGUUGUUGUUGUUUAGUCGUUUAGUUGUGUACAACUCUUCGUGACCCCAUGGACCAGAGCACGCCAGGCACUCCUGUCUUUCACUGCCUCCCACAGUUUGGUCAAACUCACUCUGGUAGCUUCGAGAACACUGUCCAACCAUCUCGUCCUCUGUCGUCCCCUUCUCCUUGUGCCCUCCAUCUUUUCCAACAUCAGGGUCUUUUCCAGGGAGUCUUCUCUUCUCAUGAGGUGGCCAAAGUAUUGGAGCCUCAGCUUCAGGUUCUGUCCUUCCAGUGAGCACUGAGGGCUGAUUUCCUUCAGAAUGGAUAGGUUUGAUCUUCUUGCAGUCCAUGGGACUCUCAAGAGUCUCCUCCAGUGCCAUAAUUCAAAAGCAUCAAUUCUGUAUUUUGUUUUAAACUGUUGUGACCCACCCUAGGACCUAAGGGGAAAGGGUGGGUCAUAAAUUACUAUUUUUAUUAGUAGUAGAAUCAUAGAACUGUAGAGUUGGAAGGGACCCCAAUCCCCUGCAAUGCAGGAAUCUUUUUGCCCAAUGUGGGGCUAUGAGAUUAAGAGUCUCAUGCUGCUGUACCAACUGAGUAGUGUUACAUUUAAUUUAUUGAGGCCUUUAAACCAGAGAUCACAAACCUGUGGCCCUCAAAAUGUGGCUGAAUUACAACUUCCAUCAGCCCCAGCCAGCCUGGCCAAUGGCCAGGGAUGGUGGAAUGUCUUUCAGCAACAUUUACAGGCUUCCAUUGCAUUAGGCCUCCCAUUUGCCACAACCACUCCCAUUUUUACCACUGGAGGGCUCUGUAGAGGUGCAUUCUGCAACUCAUUCCACUCCAGCGGUUCAUUAGAACAACAUGUAACUAAGAGCUUGAAUUUGUGUUUGCUUAUUUCCUCCUCCCUUCCAAUCCAUUUUCCUUUGGUGCCAUGUAUUUUUACAUUGUAACCUCAGGGACAGGGGCUAUCUGGGGGUUUUUUUGUGAUUUGUAAGCUACCCAAGGAAUCCUUUUUGGUUGAAGAGCCGGGUAAAAAAAAAAUUCCCUAACAAAAAUAAAUAAAUAGCUGGCACCACGACUGAGCAACAGACAAAGAAACAGGUUGAACCAAAUUUGUGUGGUUCAGGAAAAAACCAAAAAACUAAUAUAUGUGUUUCAAAGGUCUAGUUUUGUCUGUGCAAGGAAAUGGCAUCAUCAGGAUAUGUCAGGAAAGUCCAGUACUGAGAGCUGGUGUAGUAUUGUGGGCAAGGAGGCUCAUUGAGAAGCCAGGAACUUCCUGCUUCGAAUCUUGCCUCUGCCAUGAACUCAUUGGGUGGGAUCCUUGAGCUAGCCUCUCUCAUACUCACACACACACAAUGUUGUUUUUCUAGAAAAAGAGGUGUUGGAACUCACUAUGAACACCUCCCUCGUUCUCUUAGAAUGGCAACGGUGCCUGAGAGGUCCCAGAACUGAGUUCUGGUGAGUUCUGACUGAAAAAAGCCCUGGGAAUAAUAAUACCAAAUUACUUUUACAGGUAGUCAUGAAAUUUUUUGACUAUUCUGAAAGGCUGCUGCUGCUGCUAUCGCUAGUCUUCCUCUCCAUCUGCUUUGUUGGACUGGCUGUAAAAAGCACACAGCCCAGUCAUUCUUCAGCUUCCAUUUUGUGCUGGCAAAUACAGCGCAAACUUCCACAAAGGGCUUGAUUGCAAUACAAGCAAGGAACCGAGCUCAAGACUUAGCCAAGACUGCACUAUGGCAGGAGUAGAACUUCAGCCCAGCUCUCAUGGAUUAAAGGCCCCUUCUUUAGCCACUGAGUCAUCUGAGUGACCUUUCACAGAGGACAGAUCCCCUUAACAUCCAUCUAAACCUCCAUAGGAAUUAAUCAACUAAUUGCACUAAUAAUGUAAUGCAUUUGGGUCUUCUGGAGAUGGAUUGACUCUCUUGUUCAAAAUCCACCCUGCCAUUUAUGGAUACUUGCCACCACCAGCAUCUUACAGAAUGUACUUCCUUUUAGAGUUUCAGAGUCAGGUGGCAAAUUUCAAUAAGCUAAGAAAUGCAAAAUAAAUGUGGUGCUAUAUCUGUUUAGCUAGAAUCGAAGGCUCAUAUUAUAUCCCCCCCUCAUCCUAAUAAAAUGAGAUAUACGUAACAAACUUUAAUCUCUCUCUUUUUUUGAGGAGUUAAAAGCCAGCAGCAGUUCUGUUUAGCUGAUUGCAGCCUCUGGGAGCUUGUGACCAGGAAGUGUAAAGAGGAUAGAAUAAGAGAACAAGAAGAACUUAUGUUUAAAGAAGACUGGGAAAUGUUUACUGAAUAUAUGCGGAGAAACUGUGUACACUUGAAAACGUUGGCAGCAUUAAGUUAAAUUCAACAGUGUAAAUAAGUCUUGAUGGAUGUAAUAAUGAAAUACUGAAUGGUUUAGUUUAUGUAAAAUAUGCAGAGAUUUGUGAUAUGCAAAAUGAACCAUGGAAGGAGAAAAAAGGAAGUCAUUGAUAUUUUGAGGAUGCUUAAAUGAAUAUUCUAAAUUGUAGAAUUUGGGACCAAGAUACAUGGAUAGUGAGGGAGCUGCUGCAGUGACCUGCAAGACCUGUGCCAUGUUUGUCUCCUUCACUGGAGGUUCUUAAGUAGACGUUGGAUGGCCAUCUGUCAUGGAUGCUGUAGUUGAGAUUCCUGCACUGUAGGGGGUUGGACUAGAUGACCCUUGCGGUCCCUUCCAACUCUAUGAUUCUAUGAAACAGCACUACAUUUAUUUUGCCAUUGCUUCUCUGCUUUAAACAGCACUUGCACUGUCCACUUUAUACCUGUUCAGCACAACCUAUGUUCCAAUAAUCCAAGGAUCCUACAGCUGCUGUUACAUCUAAGUACACCUACAACUGGAUUAAAAGUAUAGUCUCUCGACAGAAACUUUUCUGACAGAUGACUGAAUCCACAAUUAUAUAAUCAGGUCAGGCCUAAUAGAUUUGUGCUCACAACAGCAAUUUAUCUGGAUGGAUGAAGUAGCCAUUUUAUGCGGAUCAUCUUUAUUGUACAGAAAAAUGAAGGGGAACAGAAGCUUCACAAUAUUGCAUUAUUACCUGUGCUCUGGUAGCGUGGCUAAUAAUAUAUAAAUCCCUUUGUUCCAUUGUGUGUGAAAACAGAGGCUCUUCAUUCGCAGCGUCGCUUGGUGGAUAAAGCACUUCUUAUUUAUUCAUUUUCAUUAUCGUCGAACAAAGCCCACUGGUAUAUAUAUAUAUAUAUAUAUAUAUAUAUAUAUAAUCUUAAACUUAAUUGCAGCAGGGAAGGUAACACUUCAAAAAAAAGUAACAAACAAAUGUGCCUGCUAAUAUUUCAAAGAUCUAUUGACUAUAUGCUCCUGGUUUAAUUUUAUGUGAGAAUGCUUUGAGCAUUUUUUGAUUUGUAAUUAUAAUCCCCCCCAAAAAACCCCCACAAUAACAGGGCAGAGCUUCUGUUUGUGUGGCCCCCUCUCCUCAUUUAUGGAGAGUAAUCCUUAUCUCAAUGCAUUUCUUUCUCUUUGUUACUGAGGGUAUUGAAAACUCCCCUUUAUAUUUAUGCAUUUGGAAUUCCUUGGAUAAAAGAUGUUAGAGUGCAGCAGCGGCACGAUACUGACUGCGUCUUCCCCGCAAGGCUCUGAACUUGCAUCAGAGCUCAGGUUCCUUCUGCAGGGUGGUUUCCUUGGUGAACGCAGCUGGAUGGUGGAAAGAAGAGUUUCCACGGGGCAUUGAACAGAGCAAGAGCAAUGGUAGCAAUUCUGGGGAAAGAUUGUUCAGAAGUAUUUUGCUGUGUCCCCCAACCCCCUGCCCUCACUCCUCCAGGUAUAUGAGAGCUCCUCCAAAAUGGAACAGUUUGUGACCCGCUUCUUACUUCGCGAGACGAUGAACCAGCUGCAGUCCCUCCAGGUCUCACUGGAAUGUGCUGCAGACACCAUUGAAGAACAGGCUGGCCGAGAAAGGUACAAGAAAUGGCUGGGGGAGUGGGGAAGAGAUGUAACGGCGCCACCAAAAUCUGAGGAGAAAGGCUCUCUGGGCAUGCCACUUCAUGUGAUAAUGGCCUCAGAGCACUCCCUUCCUUCCUCCCUCCCUUCCUUCCUUCCUUCCUUCCUUCCUUCCUUCCUUCCUUUUCUCCUCGUCUCAAACCAGAGGGAUAGGCUCCAUCCACAUGUGGAACUUUGCUACUGAUAUUUUAUCUGCCCACAAAGUCAAUAGGGACAGUGGCAGGACUGGAGUGGAUUGUGCAGUCUACAUCCAUCAUCCCAUUCUGGCCCAGGGUUUCUCCCAGUCCCCACCAUUUCUGGGAGCAGUUCCUGCAUUUCUUGCCUGGUUGAAUGCUGCAGUGCUGUUCUGGAAGUCAGAGGAGCUGUCACAUAGACAUUCAGUUGCAGAGACAGGAAUAAUACGUAAUUGCCACCAGGGAGAAGCAACCCACAGGAACUGAGAGGAACCAAUAUUUCACUCUUAUUAGAUCUGAUCUCCCAAAGCGGAUACCACUUUUCGUAUCCUUGAAGUUUUCAGAAUUACUAGUAAAUAAUACAAUGCUUUAGAAAAAGCCCCUACAGAUUUUAGACCAAGAGUGUGCUUAGGGUAUGUCUCCUUUGUGCUCCUGCCAUGAAGAAUGAGGGGCCUUGUGUGCAGAAACUCACACAGCAGAAGUGACUCUUAGGCAUGCAUUGCUGGCUAUGAUUCUCUUUAGAACUCAUAUAACCCCUGUUUUAAAACAGCUGCUUUGGGUGACAGUUCAAUUCCAGGCUCAGUUUAAGGUGUUGAUACUAUGUUUAAACCCCUAAAUGACUUAGGCCCCUAAUAUCUGAAAGACUACUUCUUUCCCUACAGUCCCCCCUGGGUAUUAAGAACAGCAGAGGAGGCCCUAUUGGUUCCACCUCCUUUGGAGGGGUUUUUUUGGGGGGGGUGUCCUGGGAGAAGACAUUCUCUAUGGCAGCUGUGUGUGUCUGCCACCUUCAUCACACAGUUUUUGGUGAAUGCUGAAGAUACAUCUCUUUACCCUAUCUAUAAUUUAACUGUUUUUAAUAUUGAAUUUUAAAUUGUUGCAACCUGAACUGGGACCUGAUGGUGAAGGGCAGGUAAUACAUUGAAAAAAAUAAUAAGAUUGUCAUCAUCAUAUUUUGUGCUUUUCAGGAACGAUGUUACCAAAUCAGAAGCUUUUGUUGGUCCACGCACUGCUAAAAGAUGUGGCCGUAGAGCUCAGAAGAACAUCUGCUUGUCUCCGACAGAUCCUUAUUCAGGGAUGCUCACCACAGGUACUGGCAGGUUCCCCAUCCCUCUUGUCAGACUUCACAUUGGUAUGAGGCUGGCUGCUUCACUGCCAGAAGAAGAGGGGUGGCUUCUGGAAAAAAAUAGGGUAUAAAAUGUCUGAAUGCAGUAACAAAGUCUUGUACAAAUUCCCUGGCCCCCGUCAACAAUGGCCUGGUGCACACAGCUGUAGACAUCACCUGGUUUCUCAUCACUUGAGCGUUAUUGACAUUAUUAUUAUUAUUAUUAUUAUUAUUAUUAUUAUUAUUACUAUAUCCCACCCAUCUAGCCACUCUGGGCUGCUUACAGCACAUAUAAAAACAUAGUAAAACAUGUUUACAUGUUUACUCCCAUGUAGAGUGCUCAUAUCUAGCAGCAGAGCAGGACCAUGCUUCUAGUUGCACCCCCUCCCCACCCCACCGUUGCAUCAUCUUCCUACCACCAGACCUUCAGCAUCUUGAGCACAGAGGUCUCACGCAUGUAAUAGAGGCCCCUGAUGCAAAUGAAACAUUUGACCACUCAUGCAUAAGGACUCCACGCAUCCAGAACAGGACUUGAAGCACAGCCCCACUCCUGUUGCUACAUGUUAGUGUCCUCCAUGUGAACGAACACAUGAACAGGGCCUUGAUUAUUCAAUGAUCUGGCGGCUCGGUGUGUGCUGUGUUUCGAAAAAAGCAUGGUCAUGAAAGGUUAUAUGGAAAUUCUAGGUACAGAGUUUGAUACAUGGGGGCUUAUUCAUGGAAGUCACCAUUUGAUGCUGAAGUCAGGGCAUGCGAGGGACACGAAUUAUUUAUUUACCUAUUUUAAUAAUUUAUACAGCACUUUCUAAGUGGUGUACACGAGGGAUACAAGAGGUACACCAAAAGGUAGGCACACUUAAUGCCUUCAUAAGAAGAAACACUGGGCCUUUCUUUCUAAUUAAUUGCUGCAAAUCAGGACCUAAGUAGACCUUAGACUGUACUAGAGCACUAAGAUCAGAGACAAGCCUCUGCUGCUGCUGCCUUUAACUAUCCUUUUACAGGCAGAGGAGAAUCUCCAAUCUUAGUGCUAAUCUCCACAGCACCAGGACUGGAGACAAGCCCCCUGCUUGCUCUUUGAUAAUAAAAAGCAGCAACGAUAAUGGCUUAUCUCUAACCUUAGCACUGUGCAGUCAGGUGACUGACAGGUAGGUGGCCACACCCAGUUAUCAAAAUAGCCCACGAGGCCAGGCUACUUCUAGGUCAGGCCUUCCAGCCUGAUCCUUUUCCCCACCCCACCCUACAAGGAACUGUCUCCAGCCCACAUCUCCCAAGUGAUGUCAAGUAAAAGAAACACCUGACGUGAUAUCAUCACUUUCUGCAUUCUCCACCCUUUCAAGGGUCGGGGAAUGCUGGGUGUGACAAUGUCACACCAUGCAAGUGGCAACCACUCAGUCCAUGUAACAUCUACUUAGGCCCUGAGGCAUCGUUCCAACAACAAGCCUGGAAGUAGCUUGAAAGCCCAUUUCUGAUCUGUGAGCCAACACAGGCCAGGGCUCUCCCAUGUUACAUUUUUCACCACAACACCAGCAGUGUAAGAAAGUACAUUCACAAAUGAAAACCUGUCAGAAGUGGUCGUAGCUAUUUUCCAGGCAGAGGUACUGUCUGUGUUGCAGCACAGAGCACAUUAUUCUUUAAACAUUUGCAACCACAAGGAAAUCAUUAUGGGGAGGGGAGAGAGAGAGAGAGAGAGAGAGAGAGAGAGAGAAUGGAAUAUUGCCUUCCUUUGUGGGCUGGAGUGGGCAAUGCCACAGGGUCAAGGAGGAAUAACAAGCAAAUAGACCAGCCUUAUUUGUGCUAAAAUGAAGGAGUGAAGGUUUGCCAUGCCAUCCAUCAGCCGACACUACAGAAGUACUCCCUAUCCGCUGAACUACAGGCAGGAGGAGACUUUGCAUGAUUUCAGCUCCUUCUUCUCCCUUUUUCCCAUUGCAUCCAGGUGUUUGUGUGGAAACUGACAGCCAGUGGACAGCUGAGAUCGACCAACUACAGCAGCUUAUUGACAAACUGGAAUGUAAGGUGGGCCAAAAGAUGGAACUGGUAGUAACAAUACAUGAUGGAGAUUCUGUGUAGAACAGAGAUGCAUUUUCCCAAGAUCCUGGCUGCUUCUCAGGGCAUUUGGAUCUGGUCCAAAAUACAACUUAGUUCGCUUUAAUAUCAUCUCCUGUUGGGGCAGUUCAGGUUUUCCCUAGACAUAUCUGACUGAAUUCUCCAUCCUUUGACCAGAGAAUCUUUGAGCAUAAAACCCUGUAAUCAGGCAUCACUUUCCCAGCCUCUCAAAGUCAACUUGCCUACUGACAAGGGUUUGGAAGAUUUGAUUUAUUUUUAUCCAUUAGGCCCCACCUUUGUACCUUUUCUUAGUAGAUUAUGCUUUAAACCCAUCUUUAAGCCAGUUUUAAAUUGUCAGUUUUAAACUGUCACAAUUACCAGUCAAGGGACCCUAAGAUAUGUAAUUAUAGUAAGGCGGGGGGCGGGGUACAGAAGCCAAGUGUCAAUAGAAAUAUUGCAACCUUUCUUUUAAGGUUUAUUGCAUUAACCAAAGCAACCGAUACUAACCAACCAAGUCUGAAAGGCUUAUAUGUGGUGGGCCCCAUUUUGUGACUCUGAUGUGUUUCAAAUAUAUGUACAUGCAUUGCCUGCCUAAUACAUUAUGAGUUGGAGAUCCAGACAUUGCUCCUGCUGGUAGAAGAGGGUAGGUGACUCCUGGCCACCCCCCUGUAACCCACAGCACCACCUCCCACACUGUUUCAGAGGCUUGGGUGAACCCUGGAGGACUGAGUGACUUGGCAAAUGUUGCCUCCCUCCACCUCCCAGCAAAAUCCUUCUGUUGAACCACAAAGGCUGAAAGGAGCCUUUCUGUCUGUGGAAGGUGUAUUCUGGAUCCAACCCAGAGUCUGUUCAAUGUACAGCAUCAUAUAUAUUUCAAAACAAAGUGGCAGUAAAAUCCUAAAUAAAGUUCUGUCCUUAAACAAAAUGGUUUUCUUGUGCCCUUUCCGGGAUAUUCCCAGGGCGAAGACAAAGGAAUAAAAGUUUUUAUAGAAUUGCUUAUGGUGCCAGGAGUCCCUUGUCUCCAGUCAUGUAUAAAGAAUGCUUUAUACUUCAGAGGGAGGUGACGCAUUCUCACAGCUUAUAUUAAGGUCCAUAUUCUUUCUGCUGAAAUUGAACCUAGCCAAAACCCUAGAAUGAAACAGAGAACUAAGGAGCAUCUCUAGAGGGUGUUUACUGUGAAAUAUUCCAGUACAGUAGCUGUGUUAGCCUGUUGCAAAAGGGAAAAAGAGGGGGGAAGGGGAAAGAAGGCCUUGUGGUAUCUUAAAGACUAACAAAUUCAUUAUGGCAUAAGCUCAGUGAAGUCAACCGUUGUCCACAAAAGCUUAUGCCACACAAUACAUAAAUGCAUAUAUUAACAUGUCAGAAAAUUUUGUUCUUUCCACUUUCCAGUCUUUCUGGGGAAGGACCAUAUCUUAGUAGCAGAACAUCUGCUUUGCAUGCAGAAGGUGCCAGGUACAAUCCCCAGCAUCUACAGGUAUGGCUGGGAAUGUCUCCUGCCUGAAAUCCCAGACAGCUGCUGCCAGUCAGUGUAUACUCAGUGCAUACUGAGUGAGAUGGGCCAGUGAUCUGACUCAGUAUAAGGCAGGCUUCCUAGGCUCCUAUGACAUAGGUUCCUAUAUACCAUUUGACUCACUUCCUCGGGUUUUUUACUGUUCCGCCUAUGAAAGAAGAUGGGACUUCUGCUGAUGAGAUAAUGAAAUAUUCUCCUCAUUACCUUGUAGCUGAUUCAUAUAUGCACGCUUGUCAUUUGCAGCUGAAAGUGUGAACUGCCUCUGUUGAAAAUCAUUGUGUCCGGAGAUAGGAAAGUUCUGCCUAUGGUGUGUGGUCUCUUAAGAGUGUUCCAUACGUAUGAAAUACCAUCUGAUGUAACCCUGAUUCCUACACAUUACACUCACCCGUAACACAUUCUGUGAGACAUCAAAUAACCAACUGCUAAAACUCCCACUGGUUUAUGUCUGGAUACCAAUAAAAAUGGCUGGUUUUGCUUCUGGGAAGAGCUCAAAAGCACAAAGGCUAGACCCUAAAGGGAGUGGGGUUCCAAUUCUUCUCAUAUAUAUUGCAUCAGGCCAACUUACCAGGUUUUUUGCUCUGACAUACUUCUAUGCAGUGCUUUUUUCUAAAAAAAAAUGUUUAGGGGUACUCUCAUUUUGACUCAAGAAAAUAACCAUUUUAUAGUCAAAUCGGAAAAAAAUAAAUACAGUAAUUGGACAAAAGUACAAAGAUUCACAAAAUGUUUAGGGGUAUGCGUAUCCCUGAGUACCCCCAGAAAGAAAGCACUACUUCUAUGGCAGCCAAGUCGUGGUUUGUAGCAACUGUGAAUGCUGGCAAAAAAAAGGCAGUCAUUAAGUCAAUUAUACAUUUCACACUUUCACAUUCAUUGUUCUCCUUUUGCAAUAAUUGUGCAUUUCUGUCUACUCAGAGUCCAAGGCUGGAACCUCUGAAAGAUGAUGUGGUCUGCAAAGGAAGAGAUUCUUCUGUAAGUUUAAUUGUGACCGCUCCGUUUAUUUGAUAAUCAAAAUGAGCAAAUCCCUCAGCCAAUGUGCUUGGGAUACUAUUAAUAUACUGGUGGAUACAAAAGAAGAUGAUUUAAUGACCAGAUGGAGUAAAGGACAGGGCUCCUAUGCCUUUGAGAGCUGCAUAGAGGAAGGAAUUUUAGAAAGAGCAGCUUUUUAUAUCACAGGGCUACAAGAGUGAGAAAAGUUGCCUCCACCAGAUCUUUCUCUUCUGCCCAGGGCUGUCAGUGGUGUUGCGGUCUAGUUCUCUAGUACUUGUGAUCACUCAGCAAGGGAAGCUGCUAGUUCCAGCUUGUGACGACAUGUUUAUAUGGCAGCCUCUGCAGAAGUUUGAUCAAAACUGACCUUUCUAAAGCUGUCAACCUUUGAGAAAAUAUGUGUCAUUACAAAAGGGGACUCCAGACUGUAUUUUGCUGGAAGGGCUCAAGCACAUUCCAGGAAAGGCACAAUUACAGUGGAUUAAAGCAUUCUGUUGCUUCAGUACAACAAAUUCACAUUAAGAAAUAAAUAAAUGGGCUUUUUGCCUUUAGGAUAGCGAUGGUGAAAUGCAUUGGAAAGCAUGGGAAUGAACAAAUGAGUAAUGGGGAGACAUCUAAAUGCCCCACAAACACAUCAGGAUGGAUGCAGGGUGAAUAUUCAUUGUAGUAUAACCUCUCUGCAACCAAACCAGAACAAAUGUGUAAUAAAUACCAAAAACAAUUCAGCCUCCAUGUAAGUUGCAUGCAAGUAAAUCAGGACGAAUGCUCAAUAAAUGGGUUGUCUGAAGGAACCCAACAAAAAUUGCAGAAGCCACAGUGUGUCUUUAAAUGAGCAGGUUUUCACAUGAGUUUUGAACUAAAACCAUACCUAAAGUGGGUAAGUCAUCCCCCAGGAACAAUUGUGUCGUUCCGAGAACUUUGCUCACUUUGCAAGAGCCAGUGUGGUGUAGUGGUUAAGAGCGGUAGUCUUGCAAUCUGGGAAACCGGGUUCGUAUCUCCGCUCCUCCACAUGCAGCUGCUGGGUGACCUUGGGCUAGUCACACUUCUCUGAAGUCUCUCAGCCCCACUCACCUCACAGAGUGUUUGUUGUGGGGGAGGAAGGGAAAGGAGAAUGUUAGCCGCUUUGAGACUCCUGAAGGGGAGUGAAAGGCGGGAUAUCAAAUCCAAACUCUUCUUCUUCUUCUUCAUUCGUGGAGCUUAAUCAAUGUAUGAUCACAGGAAGGGCUCCAAAACAUCUGCCAUAGCCUUUGCAGAAAAUAAAGGAAAGGAUGGAUGGAUGCAUGGAUGGAUGGGCCGGCCAAGUACAUGCUAAAAAGUGUUCUGUGCCAGUUAGAGAUAUGCUGCAUAUAACGGGGAGCUAUAGUACACUGUCAGUGCUUCUGAGAGCUCUUGUUAUCUGCAUGCUCUGGAUCAAGACUGCUGGAGGGCACCAUGCUAGGGAUGGUUGCUUCUUAAGCAAUAAUACACACAUCUUCCUGAACUAUCUUUCUCUCUGUUACUCUCUGUUUGUCACUGGUUUCUUCCAUAAACUUGCCAAAUCAAUAUAAGUGGGUGUUGCAGAACCUGUUUGGGUGGGUGUGUUUCUAAGUGGAAUGCAGUCCUUAGAUACAAAGGGCUGCCUUUGAUCACAGGGGUAUUGCAUGUAGCAUACUGGAACUGGGUCUAUCACCCCUCACCAUCUCUCUUCCCCCUCCUGCCUCUGCCACUUUCUGCAGCACAUCCUGGUGGCACAGAGACAGAUCUCAGUGGCAGACAGUGGAUUAGAGGCGUUCCGCCAAGCUCUCCAAUCCUACACAGAAAUCACAGCCGGACAGAGCAGCUGCCUACAGUAAGUCUUCCAGAUGUUGACUUUCAUAGGCUGUUUGGAUGAGAAAUGUUGUUAAGAACAGCAAUUGUGGCUUUUGUCGAACUCUCCAUCUUCAGGCUAUUAAUUUUAACUCACUCUCCCAAACAGCUUAGUGGUAUUAUUUAGAACAAAGAUACAGGGUUGCUUUAUAGUUAAUCCUGGGGAAAAAAUAAUCUAUGAACUAAAUUGCCCACCUAACAUCCCCCAUAAAGUAGAUGAAUGCUGCACUACAAAAUACAGACUCAUUACAGGGAAAUAUUAUUACUCUUUUUCUGUACAGAUGGCAAAACAAACAGAAGCACAGAAAGAAAAUUGCACACUCAGAUGAUUGUGAAUGCAGACUCUCCCCCCUUUCCUAGUUUUGUAAUUAUUUUUGCUGUUGGAAAAUGCAUUAAGUAAUUGGAAAUGUAUUAGUAACUGCCUGUAUUUUACUUCCAAAUACUGGGGAAAAAACAAAAGCAUUCAUCAUUGAAACAGUGAGAAAGGAAGAGUCAGCAGAUUAAGUUACUGAAUUAAUGAACAUACAGUAAUACUAAUAAUAAACAACUUUGGGAAGGUAUUAGCGUUAAUCAAUUAUCUUCGUGGGAAAGUUGGCACAAUUUCAUUGUUUGCUGGAAUUGGCUGUGUGGUGGCAGUUCUUCAAGGCAGGAUAUGGUCUGGAGGAGCAUUAGACUAUGACCUUGCUGGGUCUGAAACUAUAGGAGAACCAAAACACAGUCAUCUUUCAGAAGUUACACUUAUACAAACUUUUCUCUGCAGUUCUCCAACCAAAUAAUGUUUGGAGAAAUGCAUAUAUUUGGGGGAAAGCAUGCAUAGAAAUGAAUAUGUUAGUGAAAAUAACAGGUAGUUGCUAGGAAAAAUGUGUACAUUAGCCAAAACUGCACACACAAAAAAUGUUUAUUAGGAGAAAGGCACACCUAAAAUGCUGAAGCAUUUUAAUGAGAAUAUUCAAAAAAUGAAAUUUGCAAAAAGCUGCAGAAAUGCGGAGAACCGAAUCUAAGAUUGGAAAAAUGAGAAACUGGGAGAUCCGAAAUAAACAAAUCCUUUGAUCCCCAAUCACCAGCAGCCUCCAAAACAUUAAACCAAUUUAUGUGUGCCAUGACCUCAUCACAGUCACCCACCCACAUUCCACAUCCUUGGUAGCUCCCAAUGUUUGGAAGGAAACUUGACACAGGGCUACUAUUUUUGACAGCAAGUAUAACACCCAGUUCCACUCAGAAGUGGUUCUGUGAACAGGUCCUAUUUAGUAGAGUUUGAGGCUAGUAUCAAUUCUUGUGAGUGAAGAAUAUCGGCAUGUCCAGCAAUUUCAUUAAAGUCAAGGUGACGUGGAAGGUCACAGCAUCAGAUAAAAAAAUCAAUGUCUGCUAGUCUGCCGAAUGCAGGCUGUGCAAAAAAUGGGGCUGUCACAACAUGCCAAAUGAUCCUUUGAAUAGCACUGGCAGUUCUUAAACAUCCUUGUGAAGAUGGUUCAAGAGCUAGGCUGGCUGUGAAUCCUGGGGUCAGAGACUAUACACUGUCUGACAUGUAGCAAUAACAUUUUCCCUCAUGGCCUGUCUUCUUUUCCUGUAGUGUGUCUGCCCACAAACUGUCGAGCGAUGCCUGCUUCAUCCUCUAUGAGUUUUGGCAAGAUGUGGCUUCAUGGAGAAGGUUGGUGGCUCCUGACAAUUCAUGCAGUAUUUGUGGGGAGACGGAGUGGCGGGGGGAGGCCUCAAAGCGGAUGUCCAGUUAGCAUGGGCCAGUACUCAGGGAUGAUGGGAGUUGUAGUUCAGCAACAUCUGAAAGGCACCACAUUGGCUACUCCUAAUCUCAGAAGUCACCCAUAGAAGAAGAGGUUCCAUAAGACUUGCCUCUUGUUACCACCUGAUAUAGAGAUAGAGAUAGAGAUAGAGAUAGAGAUAGAGAUAGAGAUAGAGAUAGAGAUAGAGAUAGAGAUAGAGAUAGAGAUAGAGAUACCGUCCCAACUCUCCCCAUUUCUUUGCAGCCACCUGCAAUCAAACUACAGUAAGAAGUUUCAGCGUGCCAUCAUUGACUUAUUGGACUCUCCAGAACUUUUGACCACCAUGCUCUUUCCAGGUUGAGUACUGAUUGAUGUAGAUUUGCAAUUUUGCUUCCAAUUUUGCUUUUAUUGCUUUUUUUUUUUUUUUAAGUGCAUCAGACCUAGAGAUGAGAAGGCCUGGAAAAAACCGGAAAAAUGGGGAGGGGACCAGUUUCCCUCCUUUUUCUCCAAACUUAAAAAACGGCUUUGGAAAAGGGAGAAAAACUGGUUAUUUCCCCAAUUUUUCCGGGGUUUUUUCCCCAGGCCUUCCCAUCUCUAAUCAGGACCUCUUAACAUUACAUCAGAAACAGGCCACAUAGUGUGUCUCUAUUCUGAUCUAAAAUUUAUUUGGCAUUUCAGAGCUGUGUUCCAUACAUCAUGGUCCUUAGAAUAAGGUGUAGUUAUUCUUGCAAAAUAAAUUCUUAAAAAUUAUUAGACUAAAUUGUAGCCCAGUCUGUCCAUUUGAGCAGGGCUGGUCCAAGCCAAUUUGGCACCAUAAUAGUGCCUUGCCCUCUGCAACAGGGAAGAAGGGGUGGGGGGAGAUCUAUAUCAGGAACAAAUGAGGAUGGGAAAGAAAGAUGGACAUUGGGUUCUCCUGCCCCAGUGGACCCUGCUGCCUAAGGCGGUCACCUCACCAUGCCUCAUGGGUGGGCCGGUCCUGCAUUUGAGUUUUGUGAACCCCUUGUUUUUGUUUCCUCAGCUUGCUGGUGGAUCAUGAACAAUAACUGAUCUCCCCAUGGCAUUCCCUCAAGGCAGCCAGCAUGUGGAUGGAGCAAGCAUUCUCUUCGAAAGACAGCCUUCCUUCCAGGGUUGUCCUCCCACCCUCUUCAGUGUUGCUUUUCUCAUCUAUAUUAAUGUGGAAUGCUUUUACCUUCUUUCCUUCUGCAGCUUUGGGAAUGGGGCGGCACUUUGGAAUGCACCCUGCAGUCCUUCCUGAACGUCGUCUUCCUGCCACCUCCUACCAUUUUGACAUUAGGAGUUUCACCCAGAAUAAUGCCAUAGCCUUGCUAGCCUCUUUGACGAUAAGAACAGCCUAUUGUUUUGGAUUGUUGGUGCUACAACAUUCAGUUUGACCAUCCGGCAGAGUAUGAUGUACCUCCACUGUUGGAGGCAGUACUGCUAUGAAUUCCAGUUGCUGGGAAUGACAGGUAGGAAGAGUGCUGGUGCACUCGGGUCCUACUUGUGGGGCUUCCCAUAGGCAUCUGAUUGUCCACCCACCAUAUGAACAUGGGCCUUUGGCCCAAUCUAGCACGCUCUUCCUGCAUUCUUAGGAUGGUGCCACAAAGGGAGCACAAUUCAUACAGAAUGUUGUGGAGAUGUGAGGCCAUAACUCUGAGGUGCAAGGCCAAUAUUGGAGCUGUGUAUUGUCAUCCCACAAAGCUUUGGGGAUAAAUUAAUGAGAAGACAGAACAAUUUUUAGGUCAGCUGUAACCAGCUUUUUCCUGCCCUGUGCCUGAGGUCAUUGCAGAGUGCUUAGGAAACUUUGAUCAAGGAGGGUAAAAUUAGAAGAUUCUCCAGUAAGGAUCAAUGUUUUGCAUUAGGGGCUGUGUGCAUUUUGUGAUCCUGCAGAAGUGAAACAACAACAACAGUACAUACAUACAUACAUACAUACAUACAGCCAGCCCGGUCUGACCUUUGAGAACUAGGUGUCAUAUCUGCAAUGUUCAGUUCAAGUUAAAUGGCAGCCCCUGACCUUUUCCAAAUCUGCCUUACUUGUUAAUACGAUCUUUCUGAGCAUCACUUCCUCAAUUUAUUGAUGCAUUUAUAGUACCCUUGACAGUGUGUUCCUUACUAACAAGCUUAAAGAAAGGUGGUCCAGCUCCUAGUGCUAAAGAAGGAAUGUCUGAGAGGCAAAUAGGUCAUAAUUAGCAUCAGAGCCAGAACAGACGUGUUUUGUCAUCUAUGGUAUCACAGUACCAUGAGUAGCUGACAGAGGAAAUUUUGCUCUCUUGUGUUCUUUGUUUCAAGAUAGACAUUUUGCUCAGAAUCUCACCAAUAUACAUGCAGCAAAGGAGUAUGACCAGUGCUUUUUUUCUAGAAAAAAUGGUGCCAGAACUCACCAUGAACUCCUCCUUUGUUCUCCUAAAAUGGCAAUGGCACCCACCUGAGAGGUGCCAAAACUGAGUUCCAGUGAGUUCCAGCUGAAGAAAGCCCUGAGUAUGACUUAGGCGGCUGUGAUCCUACAAACACUUAUCCGAGAGAAAGUCCCAUUGAACUCCAAAGCAGGUGGCACUGUGGGUUAAACCACAGAGCCUAGGACUUGCCGAUCAGAAGGUCGGCAGUUUGAAUCCCCGUGACAGGGUGAGCUCCCGUUGCUCGGUCCCUGCUCCUGUCAACCUAGCAGUUCGAAAGCACGUCAAAGUGCAAGUAGAUAAAUAGGUACCACUCCGGUGGGAAGGUAAAUGGCUUUGGUCCGCCAGAAGCGGCUUAGUCAUGCUGGCCACAUGACCUGGAAGCAGUCUGUGGACAAACGCCGGCUCCCUCGGCCAAUAAAGCAAGAUGAGUGCCACAACCCCAGGGUCGGUCACGACUGGACCUAUGGUCAGGUGUCUCUUUACCUAUACAUGAAUAGAAUUGCACUGUAAUCUUAUGCAUACUUUCCUUGGAGAAAGCCCCAGUGGGGUUUCAGUAAACAUGUUGAAUUGAACUCUUAAUCUUAAAAAGAGAUAUCCACUGGGGUGCCCUCCAGAUGUUGUGAACUACAACUCCCAUCAGCCCCAGCUAGCAUGGCCAAUGGUCAGGGAUGAUGGGAGUUGUAUUCCCCAGCACUGAGGUAAGGGGAGACCCACCAGAUUGGCUAUCCCUGAUCUAAAACUAGCCUCAACUACCUUUUUGGCUUUGAGAAUAUUCGCAAAGAAACAUUAGGAAUAUAGAUGAGCAUCACCAACAGAAUUUUAAUUAUCCUCCUAAAAAUAGAAAACUUGGUGAAAACAGUGUCUCUUGGUGGGUGGGUGUGUUAAUUUUAUGUAUUUACUGAAUUUCAAGAUUGCUCUUCUUUAUCCAUAGCAAUCACAAGGCCAUUUCCCACCAAUUUCUCCAACUAUCUUAACACACAUGGUCAAUAAUAAAAGCACAUUUUCAUCUCAAAACACAGCAGUGUAGAGUAAUAACCCAGGGUUUUGAACAACUAAAUUAUCCUCCAUCAACAGAGUCCUAUAUAAAACACUCAAUACUGUCCUUUCACAUUGAUUUUUCAGGUGGCUUGCAAGACUGCAAAUAAUAUAAAACAUAACAAAAAAAGAGAAGAAAAACAACAUCAUAAAGCAACAAUUAAAAGCAUCAUAGGACCAGCUCAGUUUUUAAAAAGCUGGCAUUUGAAACAUGGUCCUGAAAUGUCUGUCUUUCACACAUCAUCUUAUUAUAAUCUGCAAAGAAAAACAAAGCGUCAGGGCUGAAGAGUUAAACACUCCCCUCCAUCCUCUCUAUUUCUUCUCUGCUUCAAAGUACUUUGCAAAGGUGAAGGGGUUGGUCAAAUGGGUGUGACAUAUGGCUGUGGUUUGUCCCUAAGCAGUGGUGCCUUGAUGGUGGCUGCUGCCCCUGGGCAGAAGAAAUUUGCUCCACCCAUUCAAUAAUAAAUCCUACAUGUCUACUCAGAAAUAAUUCCUGCUAGAUGGAAUGUGGUUUGCUCUCAUGUAAAAGGUAAACGUAAAGGGACCCCUGACAAUUAAGUCCAGUCACAGAUAAGUGGGGCUAUAACUGUGUUGAAUCCUAAAUAGGAUCAAUCUGGGCUAGCUUCCUCCUCCACGCAGCUUUGGUGGCAGGAGAGAGAAGCAGACCGCCUGAUAAACACAAUAAUCCUCUUCCCUCCCCCCCUCCCCUCUCUCUCUCUCUCUCUCUCUCUCUCUCACACACACACACACACACACACACACACACACAGCUCCCCCCACCAACUCAACAGUGUUGCAGCUUGGAUGAAAAUAAUCUACUGGAGUUUCAAAGCAAAUUUUAAAAAGCAUUUGGACUUGGGGAAAGGGAGCGUGUAACUUGCUAUAUUUUAUUUUGGGGGAACCUCAUGAACAGGAGACAAACUUUCUAGAAGGCACAGGUGUGUGUGUGCAGGGAAGUGAAACUAUGGGUCAUGUUGCAGUCAUCAACUUUAAAGCCCAAUUGAAAUGAAUGGCAUGUGAAAAAUGCUUAAUUUUGGCUGGAUCAUGUCCCGUGAUUUAUACCAUGGGGCAGAGAUAACUGAAACUGCAGUCUAUUCAGCAUAGUGGACAUCAAAAAGGGAGGGAAAUAAUCAGGGGGAGGCUAAAUGCAGAGGUUAGAGAUUUAUUUUCUUUGAUGGGGCUGCUCCUUCAUGCUGCUCCAUGCUAUUCUCUAGGUCAGGGGUCAGCAAACUUUUUCAGCAGGGGGCCAGUCCUCUGUCCAUCAGACCUUGUGUGGGGCCGGACUUUAUUUUUUUUGGGGGGGGGGGAAUAAACGAAUUCCUAUGCCCCACAAAUAACCCAGGGAUGCAUUUUAAAUAAAUGGACACAUUCUACUCAUGUAAGAAGACACUGAUUCCCGGACCGUCUGCGGGCCGGAUUGAGAAGGCGAUUGGGUGGAUCCGGCCCCCGGGCCUUAGUUUGCCUACCCAUGCUCUAGGUCUUACUUCUAAGUAGACAUGCAAAUGAUCUGGCUACUCUCUUACAAUCUGCAGUAUGUGGGGAAUAACUGUGACCUACUUUACCAGGGUGCUGUAAAAAGGUAAGAGACUGAGAUGAAGUGUGUGGAGCAUUAGAAAUGAUAAUGUAAACAUAGAAAGCAUCACCUUCCUAGAGAAGAGAAACAAAGUCUGACCUGUCAGCUCAAAAGCAUGGGGGAAAGGAGAAAGGCCAGGCCUGCUGCUGCUGCCAUGUACAAGCAUCCUCCAGCAUGUUGUACUUGGUGGGACAGCACUAUAGGAUCUCAUCUCUCAAACGAAAGCAAUUUAGCUCACAUGUGCAGUGGCUGCUCAGCAUGAAAUAUCCCAGCAUGGAAUGAAUCUCAGGUAAUUUAUGUCACCCAGUCAGUGCAUGCAAGCUGAAUUGCAAUCGCUCCUAUUCAGGAGCCUGCGGUGCAUAUCUUCCCAUGAAUCCCAAACUGACUAGCCUAGGAGCAGGGUGGUCUGCCGGACAAUGAUGCAAACAAACAUGGCCUCCUCAAAUUUGUCCCCCAGUGCAACUGCCUGAUUUCCCCUCCUGCAAAUACUGGUAUGUCUCUGUCCCUAAGGGAAAAAAUGAUUCACAGAAAGCCCUCCUGCUCCUCUCUUGUGGUUCUAGAUGGCGGACCACUGCCAACAGGCAGCUCAGCAAAAUUUAUUCUGCUAUGAAUAAAGUGAACCUGAAACAAAAGCAACAACAACAAAGAAGAACAGAAAAUUGCACGCUUUUCAAAUCAAGACAUUGAUUUCUCUGAAGUGGCACUUUGCCAUCUGUAGCGCGUUCUGUUCUGUGAAUAUUUUUUUCCAGUAAAAUAAGGAGUCGUUUUCAAAACGAGAGAGGGAGAGAGAGAAGCAGCUUCAUUUAUUUUACUAAUGCCUAGUUAUUUAGUAUUCCUUUUGUGUAUAUUCAAGGCUCUGCCUGUAUUCAGUAACUGACACAUGGCUGUGUUAUCCGGUUUUCCUUAUCUCUUAAUAAACAAUUCCACACU